GUUGUCAAACGAGUGUAUUUGGCAGAGGAGCAGUCCUGGACCUCUAACCAACAAUCCAACAAAUCUUCAAAAAGUUCUUCAAACUGUUUUUUGCUUGCCACUCACGGGGAGACAUCAUGUUGAGCAAAGAUCUUCCAGAUAUUGAGGUAAAUUACUCUGUCUGUUGCUAAAACACGUUUAAUUUACUUUUUAAGUGUAUUUUUCAUUCUAAAGCAAAGUAGUUUAUACUCUUGUCAUAGAUAAAUCCACCUCGGAAUAAGUAUUUAAGGUAAUAAUUUGAAUGAUGGUACCAAGCUGUAUUAAGAGUUAUGCAAGGAUUAAGACAAGAUUAUAUGUUUUCUGAAUUCUCUGGAUUCUUUAGAAGAUUUAAGUGGUUGUACACUUGAUCAUUACUGAGUUUCUGAAUAUAUACACCGUUCGUCAUAAUUACCCCAGCAGCAGAGGUUUGUUAUUGAAAGAGGGUGGUUUAAAAGAAGUCCUCAUUGGUUUUGUGCACCCAUUUGAAAAGUCCAAUGUAGAAAAAAAUACUUAAAUAAAGUCCAAAAUAAAAAAGGCAAAAAAUCCAGCAAAACAGGUCAACUAGCAUUAUUUAUGGCCUGGGGUUAUUAAGAGUAGGAACUAGCCCCUCCUGCUUAUGACUCAACACUAAUCUGGUUAUCACAAGAAUCUUCAAUUCUGGAAGUGCUGUAUUAAUCUUUUAUCUUUCUAUAGUCUAAUAAUAAUAGGGCACAGAGGAGUAGGAUUAUAGGAGGUUGUAGGCUGUGAUGAACAGGUGGCGUCUGGUUAGGUUUUUUAAAUCAUAGCAAAUAUCUGAUUCAAUCUGAAGAAAUGUGAAUAAUUUCCUGUUUACUGAACAGUAUUAAGACUGGCAACUCACCAUCCUCACUCAUAGAUACUCAAGAAGUCUUUCAUGAGCUGUAAAAAUGUAAUUUGUAGGGAGAAUCCAAAAGAAAUUUCCCAUUGCAAGAUUUUUACAAAUAUUUUGAGUUAUAUGUGAAGUUUUUUGUUUGUUUUUUACUUAUUACAAGUAUUCAACAAGAGGGACCGUGAUUUUUGUGGUUCUGGAAGAAGUUCUUUAGGGUUAAAGAAAGUAACCCUUAUAUGUGGGGUUUAAAGGAAGUGGAUAUAUAGAAGACUGGAGGGAUCCAAUGGCAGACUAUCUCUCUUGAGCUCCCCUGCUUAAUGACAGAGCAAUAUGGAACAAUGGAAAUUGUGCACUCAGUCUUUUUAAACCAAAGUAAAUGUGUGAUCAUAACAUCACUUUGAAUCAUUUGACAGGUUCUGCCACUUGAUCAUGUUGCAGCAAUGGAGAAUACAAGAGUAAAAACAUGCUUGAAGUCCUGAUAUAGCUUUAUGGUCUUAGGCAACAGGCCAUGUUGUACAACCUGUAGAUAAUUAAUGGUCCAAGUACAGUUUUUGUUUUGCACGUGCAGAGAUGGGUCGAUAGGCUGAUGUUCUAAGUUUAUUUUAGAUAAUCUGCCCCCCCCCCCCCCUUUUUUUACAUGGAAUCUGUGUACAACUUGAAUCAAAGCCUAACGAAGUAAAAACUUGAGCUGUAAAAGUUUAACCCCAGCCAAUGUAGCUCUGUAAAACAGAAUUACAUAUAUAUUUAAAUAUACUUAAGGUUUUACUAUUUCAUAUCUAUCUAUCUAUCUAUCUAUCUAUCUAUCUAUCUAUCUGUAAAUCCAUAAAUCCAUCUUCGGAUGUAUCAUGAAAUCAAAAUGCAUUUUUUAGGCCGAGAAAGAACAGUGUUAUGGAUAGCCAGUCAUUUUAAUGAUCACCACUUUUAUGUAUUUCUGCAGCAGGUUAGGUAACCUUAGUACGCUGACCUGACAGGUCAUCUUAUCACCUUGACCUUUCACCUCAAAACAAACACUCUAUAAAGAAUUUUUUUUUUUUUUUUUUUUCAGCAAGUCUCUGUUUGUGCAUGGGUCAGGAACACGUGCAUUAACAACAUGAUUCUUUCCAUGAUCCAUGUCUGGAUUAGAAGUUAAAUACAAAUAGUAAAAAUUUGCAUUUAUGGUACUGGAGGUAAAAAACCUCAGAACCUCAGACUGUAUUUCUAUUUUUAUCCUGUUAUCCAAAUAUCAUUUUAUAUAUAUAUAUAUAUAUACAUAUACAUAUACAUAUACAUAUAUAUAUAUAUAUAUAUAUAUACAUAUAUAAAUAAAUCACAGGAAAUUGUGAUAAAUGUAAAUAAAAACAGAAUACAAAUCCUUUUCAAUCUAUAUUCAAGUGAGAGAGAGAGAGAGAGACAGAGAGAGAGAGAUUCCUAUCCAUGUCUGGAACCUAUGGCAGUAAUUGACAAAAACCUGAUUUGAUCUGAAAUAUAAACCAGUGUGUCAGAAAAGGGGUAUCAUAUCUUGAGAAAACACCAAAUGCCUUUAAAGAUUAGUUGCUAGAAAUACACAUUUUAAUUAUGACUAUUCCUGGCUAUUAUAGCUAAUAUUUUCAGGUGACGGAUAAUCAGGUUGCAGAACCUAUUUUUGUAACAGUCUUAAAAUCUUCUUAAGAAAAGAAAUCUAUUGAUAAUACUUGUAAGAGUCUAAGAUUGGAAGCAUUUUACAAAUGUGCUGAUCCAUUCUAUCUUAUUUCAGAGCAUCUUGGCUCUGAAUCCAAGGGUGAAGACUCACGCUCAAAUCAUGUCUACAGCAAACAAGAAGAAAGAAAAGAAGCAUUGGAAGAGAAACCCUGAGAAGAGCUGUGAUGUAUGACAUACAAAACAGAUUAUUAACCAUCUUUCAACCAUUACUCAGCUAUUUUCUUAAUUUUAUUUCUGUCUUUCAGUCUUGUAUUAAGUUAGAGAACAACUUUGAUGAUAUCAAACAUACCACACUCAGUGAACGUGGCGCUCUACGAGAAGCCCUGAGGUGAGAAAAAUUCUUUCUUUUCAAGGUGAAAAUCAAUGGGCCAAACAUCCAUAUAGAUCUCACAAACAUAACUAGAAGAAAAAUGCAUUUUAUUUGCAGACAAUGUGUGGAAAUGCUGAAAGUUGCAUUGCAAAUUGCUAAUUACUGCAGAAUAGUUUAUACCAGGCAUCACCAAAUGGCGGACCUUGGUCCGGAUCCGGACCGUGUGAGGGUCCCGACCGGACCCAUGACCAAUCUCUGAUAAAGUCACGAGAACAGAAAUUUUCCAUGGAGCAUAUCUCCGACGGUCGCGGGCGCUGAUACUCUAGUUAAAUGGCAAUAGCUUCACUCAGUUGAGCCAAUCAAAACUUUUGUCUACCCUGCACAGCCAGCGCACCAGAGCAGAGAGGAAGAGACAGUGCUAAGAGAGCGUGGCUUCAUCAAAAGUGAGAAAAGUUGAUGAGGAAAACUGUUGUUUUAAAGAUGAAUGGAUGGAGAAAUUUAUGUUCAUUCUUCCAGCAGACAGGUCAAAAUCAGUGUGCCUCACAUGUUCCGAAAACAUCGCAUUAGUUGAAAGUAGCAACCUGAAGCGCCAGUACGAAACAAUGCACAGCUGUUUGGAGCAAAGUUAUCCCCCAAGGUCCGAGCUGAGAGCACGCAAAAUAACCAAGCUCCUUGCCCAAUGUGACAGGUCUACUUAUUAUGUCGCUUACUUCACUGGCAGGGCAGUCACAUGCCCAUUUCUGUCAUUAAGAGAAAUAAAAAAAAAAAUUAAAAAAAAGAAUAAUCAAAAAUGAAAAGAUGGUGUCCCAACUUGUCCCAACUUAUUUUAAGUUUAUUUUAAGCCUUCAGUUCUUUAGGGUGGGACCUCUUCAAUUUAAAAGAAAAUGAGGUUUUAGGCUCUGUUUGCACUUAAUAUCAUUCUGAUGUUUUUGUUUUCUUUAAUCUUAAAUAAAGGCCUUAAAUUUAUUUGACUGUGAAUUUUUUAAUGGUAAAACUGCUGUCUGUUUACUACAUAAUUGCACUCUGUUAAAAGUUAAAAAUAUAAUUGAAACCGUAUGAAAAUGUGAACAUAAGGUAGACACAAUCAUAACACUCCAGCUGGACUUCAGUUCGGGCCUUUUAUUCAGAGGAAAUUUCAGAAGUGGACCUCAGUGACUUUUAAUCGAAUAAACCUGGUUUAUACUGUUUGUGAGAAAACUGCUUAAAAGCUGUGGUCGUCCAAGUUGAAGUUGCAUUAAUAAUUGUAGUCAUGUCAGAAAUGGUGUCAGUAGCAGAAGUGUUGUGAUGAUACAGUAAACUAGUUUCAUUAGUGUCCAGUAGCAAGACAGACAAGGGAAAGUUUACCCGGGGUUUUAUUGGAAUUGAGUUGAAGGUGGAAAUUAAAACAAGCACCCAUUGUCUAACUGGCAAAACUUGAUCCAGCAGACUUAUACACAGGAAUUUAACAGAAGCUAUUUAUUGAGGCAGGCGCAUAAAGGUGAAGGGAUGAGGCUGGUAGAUGAAGGCACUAGAAAUGAAGGGGUAGAGCACAGGGUUAGUCCAUUGGUGAAAUGACCAGAAAUCGUGCCAUAACUCACAAGUCAGGAGUUUAGAGAGCCAAGCUACCUCUGACGAAGCAGAGGCAAUCUGUUAGCUUGCCGUGAAUCAAGGAGGGGUAUUAAAGGGAUAUUCCGGCAUAAAAUUAAUUUAGGGUCACUCACGCUGUAACACCAAAUUAGACACCCCUUGAGAGAUGAAUAGUGCCGACCUCUUGCUUCUCUAGUUAUACCAACUUUAGUAAGACUGCAGGAUAGCAAUACACAGCGGUCUGAGGAGCCAUAAACAAACCUCAACCAAAAUGCCAAUCUAUAGCCACAAAUAAUGCUCAGAACAGCACCUAACUUCAUCAACAGUACAUACAGGGUCCUAGCCACAGCACUAGCCACCACACAAUUUUUAACUUUGCCUAAUUUCGAUAGCAAAGAGACUACACACAACUCAACUACUCUCAUCCAGCAGCCGUAUCAUUUAUUAUCAUUUCUUCCUGGAAAUGCAGUCAGACUAAGGUGCUAAGGCAGAAGAACUACCGCGUCUGCAGUGCAAAAUGAUUAAUAUGGUGAUUAUGACUUCAAGGAAAUAAAGAAAUAAUCAUAAAUGUUCUUCCUUGAGCUGUGUCAGCCCGCUGCCGUCAGUUUAGACCCGUCUGAGGUCUCGCUGCAAACAAGUGGUUGCUGAAAGAGAGUGGGUGAGUUGUGUUAAGUCUCUUUGCUAAAGAAAUAAGGAAAAGUUAAAAAAAAUGUUAGGUGGCUAGUACUGUGGUUAGAACCCUAUAUGUACUGUUGAUGAAGUUAGGUGCCCAGCAUUAUUUGUGGCUAUAGAGUGGUGUUUUGGUUGAAGUUUGUUUAUGGCUCCUCAGACCGCUGUGUAUUGCUAUCUUGUGGUCGUUACUGAAGAUGGUAUAACUAAAGAAGCAAGCAGUUGGCAACAUUCAUCUCUCGUAACUGUUACGGUGUGUUUGAACCUAAAUUGAUUUUACGCUGGAAUAUCCCUUUAAGCUGCUGCUGAUUGUGGCUUGAUGGGCUGCAGUUGUGCCUGAUGAGAGCCUCAAACCAGAAAAACCAUACCUCCAGCCUCUGAAACUAAAGGAACAAAAAACACAAAGCCAACAAAAUCACUUAAGCUACAAACAACAAAUAUUCAACUAAAGAGAAGUACAAAAAAUAGACCUUUCCAGUUCUUUGCGCUAAAUUCCAGGCUGGACUUCCUGCUUACAUCAAGGUGCAUUCUGGGUAAUUAAGUCCUUUUACCAGCUCAACGCUUUAGUCAUGAAAUCAUGCUCCUACACCUCUAGUCAUUGAUUGACAUGAAAUGAACAAGACUCAAAUUAAGUCCUUCUCUUUUAACCUUAUAUUCCAAAUAAUUUUUUCUUUGAUGACUUAUUAUCUAAGUAGCUUAUUUAACACCUAACUUUUUCUCUAUUAAGUCAAGUUACAGCAUAAACACAGUGAGUCCAGAUCAUGACAUGUGUUCAGACUAGCUACUUUCCACAUCUGUUUUAAUUACAAAAGCAUUUAAAGAAAGUUAAAUGAUUCCAAAGGUGUAAAUGGCAGCAAUGUGAUAAGAAAUAGAGCCCGUCUCCUGAGGUAGUUGAUUAGUAAUUGAAUAGUUAAAUUCAAGGUCCAACAAAGGGUCCUCCCUUUGUUGGACUCAGUUCCACUUUGGCUUUGUCCAAAGGCGGACAUUGAUCUAUCUAUUAAAAAAAAAAUCAAUGGUUCUGCAGUUGACUUUAUAAAUUUAGUCUGAUUCUAACAAAGUCCAUUGGAAGGCAGAUGAUGUAAAAAGAAGCGAGGGUCACAGGAAUACUCCCUCUUUGUUUUGGGUGCUACUCAAGCCACAAAUUCAACUCUGUCUGGUUGUCAGUACAAACGCAGAUGGCGUAGCACAUACCAGAAGGUCGUAAAGACAUUUCCAAAUAUCCAAACACCACAGUCUGUAUAAAGAAUAUAAUUAUGCAUUGUAAUAAUAAAUAGAAUUAUUAUUAUUAUUAUUAUUACUGUAGGUUGAUAAGGGAUAAGGAAUAAGGCAUAUAUAUAUUUGUGGAGCCACAGGCAUGAAUAGGAGCAGUGUGAAUCUGUGCUCGAUUACUCUUCCUCACAGACAUAAAUGAUGUAAUGGUUGUGCAACGCUGAACUGAAAUUAUUAUUAUUUUUUUUUUAAAUUAAAUUAAAGGAAAAAAGGGAGUUGAAUUUUCGUGUAGGUCAAAUACAAUUUCAGAGCAGAUAAGCAGAUAAAAUAAGUUUCAAAACAUAAAUUUCAAUAUCAAAUCAUUCUUUUCAACUUCAAUGUAAUUAUUCAAUUUCAGUUUCUAGUGUCCUUAAUCUCAGCCCAUAAAAUCACAUUUUUACUGGCAAUGCUAAAAUAUCUCUGCUGGAAUUUACCAGUGUGGUUAUUUGCCUCCUCCUCCAAGACCUUCAACUCCAUGGCUUCAAACUUAAUUUUUUGUUUAUGGCUACUCUGCUCUCACAAACGCUCCAUGAUGACACCCAGUGGUGCAUGCAAAAUCCUUAUUUAAAGAGGUCGGUCUGCAACACUUUCGUGCCUGUUAUCAAUUGCACACGCAAUCACACUAGGUCACCAGUAUAUCUAGCAUCUAGUAUGUGCAAUUGUUUAGUUUGCACUUGCAAUUUAGCGUUCCUUAUUUACAAUCUUGGUUGAUCAGACCCUUGGGGCUCUAUUUUCGUGCCUCGCUGGAGAGGUGCCGCAAGCGCGGCGUAAGUCAGGUCCGCCGCGCCGACAAGGCGUUCCCAAACACAUUUUGGUAUUUUGGUGAGCAGCGCAGCCCGGCGUAAGUAUCCCCCCUCCCUAACUCAGCUCCUCCCAGCGGCGUAAGUCGUAGCGAGGGAGGAGAGCGGGCGUGGAGUGGGUUUAACACAGCCGAGACCUGUUUUCACCAAUCACAUAAGCUCCUCUCCUUGCCUUUAAAUCCGCCACAGGCAAGGCGUAUUAUCACUUUCGUGAAGUAGUCAAAGAGAUCAAGAGAUGUCUGAAGACAGUAAUGCCACAAGAUGGCGACAGAAGGCAGCUCCUCAACAAGUGUCACUGUAAGUGCUGCAUUGGGCGUCCUCCACACUGUCUCAUAUGAGCACAGAUGGAUUUGGUGUGUGUAAUGUUGGACCCACUGGUAAGACAAACACCCUUUUCCACAAAUAAAGACACUCACAUAAAGUUGCAUAUAUUCAAACCUCACGUGACAAAGGUGGGUUGUGCGCACAGAUCACAACAUAAACUCCAAAAAUGGCAUUAAAAUUGGAACCAUCUGUGCGUAAAUGACGCAUCGUGCUCCAUGGCCUGGCUCUUUCUUUCAUAGAUGUUGUCAUAUAAAAUAAAUUUGCCUCACAAAACUGAAUAUUAUAAUAUCCGUAUGUCGGCUUAAAGUAGAUAAUGCAUCUGAUCCCUGAAACAAAUAAUCUGUUCAGCCGCCGCAGCAGCAGGACGGAGAGAGGACACAGAGACGUGUCCAGGUCGAGCUGCACGAGAAAUAAGAGAAGAGGAAGAAAGAAAAGGAGGGAGACGAAUUACAUAUCUUGUUAACUUCAUCAUGUGUGUCUAUUUACUAGACAUUUAAUUUAAUUUAAUGCGGUUUCAGCUGUGUUGAUUCGGUCAGGUUGUGUGUCCAAACGCGUGCCAAACCCGCUCAUCAGAUCAGAUAUAGAUCAGAAUAUAUCUAUAUAGAUCUAAAUGUAUGCGCUGACUCAGAUUAAUAGUUGUUGAUGAUUAUUUAUUGCACUGAAAUGUGCCUGACACUGUGGAAACCUGCCGGUGAGGCAUCAGUGACGUAUGCUGAUACCAAACCAAAUACCAAAAUACCUCUCGACCAGCUGCGCUCCGUACUGCGCUGAAAGCUGACCAGGUUUGAAUCGGCGAGCUUUCAGCGCACUUUACACGCCGGUGGCGAGCACGAAAAUGUCACUGCGCCCGCUGAUUCUGUCGACACCUCCCCCUGCCACGCCACCACGCCCAGCUUGGUGGAUCUCGGUUCGCCUCCGUGCGCCUCAGUCCACGAAAAUACCAAACUGGCUGUACGCCGGGCUGUGCCAGACGAAAAUACAACUGCGCGGGGCUCGCCGCCUUCCGUUGCCUCACCAGCGUACACGAAAAUAGAGCCCUUGGCGUUUUAUGGUAUACCUAAAAGCAGGACUGUAAUGAUUCUCAGUUAAAUACUUUGCUAUUUUGGUUCAGAGUGAACAUUUGGAUCAUUGUCUCAACGUUUUGUAAUGAAAUAAAUUGAUCCCUGACGAUCAAAACAUUUCUGCUGAAAAGUCUAUUUUUCCAUAUUUUGCUUAUGCCAUUUUUAAUUCAAUAAACUCCUAAAUGCCAUUUGUAAUUCUCAGGGACAUGCAUUCAAGCCAACCUUAAUAUGACUUAUAAGGACUUUUAUGAUUAACGUCAUGUUUUUCAGUUCUAUAGAGUAAAAAUCCCACCUUGUCCAGCACCUGGUUUAUAACUGAGAAGCUGUUAGGUCCGUAAAAAGCUUUAGCUCAACCUCAUGUCCUGCAUGAGAAUGUAGUAAUGCUGCAGUACCAUAACUUCAAGUAUCAGCACACAAUGACAGUUAGGCCGAAACUUGUAGAGAAGUAUGGAGUUGGUUUUAUGAGAUUUUCCAUGUUUGGUGUUUAGUUGGACAGUAAGGAAGGCACUGUGGCAGUAAAUGCAUGCUAAUAUUUUUUGGUUUUUGUAUUACUCUUUCAUGAUACUGCUAUCAGGUUUUGUUUUUCUGGUGCCUUGGACCACUGACAUUUUGGUUUAAGUCUCAUAUAAAGUAAAAUCUUUGUAUAGGUGUCUAAAAUGUGCAGAUGCUCCCUGUCAGAAGAGCUGCCCGACUAACCUGGACAUCAAGUCCUUUAUUACAAGUAUCUCCAAUAAGGUACUGUCAAAGAAAUACGCACCAAUAUGCACCCAUGCAUACAAUUGUCAAUACAUUUAAAUGGUAUUCAUGAACAAGAGAAAGUUGAACAACAAUAAAUGAAAAAUAAAAUACUUAAGUGAUUGUAACUUCUAUCUAUCUGGAAUAUUAUCAUUGCCUUUACUUUUGUUUGUGUCUCUACUUGUGUGUUUACACCAGAACUACUAUGGGGCAGCCCGAGCAAUCCUCUCAGACAACCCUCUGGGUUUGACUUGUGGAAUGGUUUGUCCCACGUCAGAGCUGUGUGUGGGGGGUUGCAACUUGUAUGCAUCAGAAGAGGGACCUAUUAACAUCGGAGGACUCCAGCAGUUUGCUACAGAGGUAAAACAUUCAAAAUUACCCCUAAAUUUCAACAUUUUCAUUUGAGCUGUUCUCUCCUGCAGUUGGAAAUCCUAAGGACAUAUGACAGAACCACUAUUUAGCCCUAGUGGUUGCUCCUUGUUUGAGGUUAAUGAGAAACCAACUGCUAUUUAUUAAGAUAUUUUUGGCCCAGUGAGUAAACUUGUGUGUCCACCGGAACCUCACAAAAAAAUUGGUAUGAGUAUUGAAUUUCCCUUUGUGGAUCAAUCAAGUUCUUUCUUCUUCUUCUGCUGUAAUCAGUUGACUUAUGAGCAUGUUCAACCAAUUGUUCAUUUGGUAAGGUACAGAAAAAACAUAAAUUGUAUUUGGAAAAUGGAAUUUCUAAAGAAAUCUUGCUGUGAAUGCUGCCCGCUCAAUGAGCUUGGGCGAAACUGCAAAUGGUAGUUAAUCUUAGUUAGAUUUAGAAUAGAGAAUGAAAAAGCUUGCCCAAAACUGCUACGAUGAAACUUCUAGUGCUGAAAAAUAAUGAAUAAAAGGGAGCUCAGAUAAAUUAGACUUGCCAAAGAAAAGCUUGUGCUAAUCUAUUUUGGAGAUGUGAACCAGUAUAAAUUGUAGUUAAUGAUGCCAGGAUUUGAAAAAUUUGGACAGGGUUAAACAAGAAGGAAUAAACUAUUGGACAAAUGCUUUGUAAAUAUGGAGGCAGCAUAUGUUUCAAAGGUAAGACCACCAAUAGGCACUUCAGAUCAUGAUGUGGAUCAUCUUGUACCUGCUUAUAAAUCUAAAUUGAAAAACUCCAAACCAGAGAAUACAGUAAUGAAAGUGUGGUCACCUGAUAACACUGAAAAACUGAAAGCAUCAUUUGACUGUACUAUGUGGGAGGAGUUCCAUCAUGACUCACUGGAUGAAACAACAACAGUAACAACAAACUAUAUAGAGCUACAUAUGUGUACAGUCAGUGAUACCAACUGGGGAAAUAAAAAUAUAUCCAAGUAACAAGACAUUCAUAACAAAAGAGGUUAAACACAUAAUAACCUGUGAAAGAUUGCUUUUGAAAAAAUAAGGACAUUGGAGGACUUAAACAGGUAGAAAAAGAUUUAAAGAGUAAAAGGCAAAUUGUAAACAGGCUGAAAUUAGAGGAGGAGGCCUACAGAAGCAAAAGCAGAAAAAAGUGCAGGGAGACAAUGAAAGCUAUGUCUAGGCUGUCAACCACCCACAAAGCUCUAGUGGUAGACAAUGAUCUAGAAUUUGCAAACCACCUGAAUGUUUUUUUUUCAGGGGUUUGAAAAAGGAAAUGAUAAAGAUGGGGCUGCUGAGUUAACUAAAACCGUUUUACCAUCUGAGACAGAUAGGAUUGAUGUUUCUGUUGAGCAGGUGAGAAAUAUCUCUGAACGUUUAAAUCAGUGGAAGGUCACAGGUCCAGAUAAUCUUAGUGCAUAUAUAUUUUUUUAAAAAUUACUGAUGAGUUAGCUCCUCUGUGGCAGCCAGCCUAUUUACAAGUGCUCAUUGAACAAGAGUAGUAUUUCUCUCAUGUAGAGAAAUGUCUUUGAAAUGUCCAAAGCAACCAUGUGACCAUUAUCCUGUUGCCUUGACUCUGGUUGUAAUGAAGGCCUUGGAAAGAAUUGUAGUUCAGCAGCUGAGUGAAUCCAUGCCUGACAAACUUGACAGGCAGCAAUUUGUAUACAAGCACAAUCAAAGCACAGAAGAUGCUGUGAUGACCCUGAUGCACCUUAUUCUGAAACAUCUUGACAAGCCUAAAACUACAGCUAGAGCUCUUUUACUAGAUUUCACAUCAGCCUUUAAAUACAAUCCAGCCGGAGCUCAUAUUGACCAAGAUGGUUGAGAAGGAAGUAAAUCUCUAUUUAAUUCACUGGUACCACGCAUUCUUCAGAAAUAGAGUAUAGAGGGUCAAAGUUAACCAGACAUAUUUAACUCCUACACUUACUAACAUUAGAGCGCUCCAGGGCUGUGUAAGCUCUCCAUUUGUUUUCACACCUUACACUGAUGAUUGUAGAAAUAAUGGACCAAAUGCAUUCAUCCUGAAGUUCUCUGACGAUACUGUAUGCUUGUCUUUGCUUGGAACCAAAGACAACCCCAGUAUUCAUCAAGCUUAUACGGAUCAUCUGGUGGAGUGUUGUGAGAAGGACUCACUUAUCAAAGAACACAAAAGAAGUCAUAUCUUGCCUCACUAAUUAACUAUUCCAGGAUUUUUAGGCUUCAUUUGUACACAUGUACACACAGCUUUGCUGUCUACUACUUAACGAGUUGGGUUCUCGUAUUAAACUUGUUCAAGCUCCUAUGAGUAGUUUUGUUUGGUUAUGAAACACAAGUACACAGUGAUGCAUCUUUAUGAUGGCCAAAAGCAAGUGAGACCAUUGACAACAAGACUGAACAUUUCUAUAUCAUCACCCCAUUAAAAUAAUGGCCUAAAUAAUUUUUUGACGAAAACAAGUUCUUGGCCUAAACCAUCUCUAAAUCAUAUCAAGAUAUGAUAUAGGCCAAAAACUCAUUUUUGUCAAAAAAUGACUUAGGCCAUUAUUUUGAUAGGGUGAUGAUAUGGUACUAUUCAAUACACAACAGAAAUUACUAACUUUAUUAUAUUCACAGUGAGUGAUACAUUUCACAACAAAAAAGAACUCAGAGUAGGAGAUUUCUUAUCAAUAAACACCUCUCUCAAAAGUAUAAGAUGAUAUCAGCAAUAAAUGGGGCCUUUACUUAGUCCACCAGGGGUGCUAAAUUCAGCACAGACAGAAAGUUCCUCACAAGAGCUUUAUAGCGCUGUUAAGGCAAAAGUGGUACAGAAAACUGAAAGUAUGAGAGAUGUGUUUUCUACUGUUUGAAAUUAAUCUCUGGAGACAGACUGAGGACUUAUCUUCAAGUUUAAUCAUUCAUGACUAGCACAUCUCUGAUCAUGGCCUGGGGCCUGUUCUACGAAGCAAGUUCAACCUAGCAAGGUAGCCUUGGAGGUACCUCGCUCAACUACCUCGCGGUAGCCAGCGGUCUCGCUACACAGUUUUACGACGCUGGUUAUCAACCUCGUAAGUUGAUCCAGCUUUGUAAUGAGCACGUGCAUGCAUGUAAGGCAGAGCCCGACGCAUCUGACCAAUCUCGAACAUGGACCAGUCUGGAGCGUCAGAGCAGGCAGGAGAGUGAAGGACCGCAGACUUUACAAACGAGGAGCAGGAGACGAUCAUGAGAAAGUAUCAGGAAUUCAAAGCUAUCAUAAACCUCAAAAGCAACACCGUCGCCGCUACAAAAGCACGGAAGGAAUGCUGAUAGAAAAGUAAUCUUUGAUGCCAUUAUCACCCUGAAAUAGCACUGUUCAACAUGCGCUUUUGACUAAGGUGACCAGACGUCCCCAAUUUCCAGGGACAGUCCCCGAAUUGGAUGAUCUGUCCCCGGCUAAAGCUGUCCCCGAAAAUGUCCCCGAUUUAAGCGUUUCAUGAAUGAGAACAAAAAUGUUGCAUGUGGGCUAGAACAACGGUUAUUACAGUAGGUAGGAAGCACAAGUUAGCAGUCCUGAACAACAGUAUUUACGGGGGUUAUUACAAGGGGCGUCCGCUGCUACUAAAUAGUGGAUAUAGAGAUGUUGUCUGUGAUCAUGCAGCCCAUGCCCAUUCCUUUCCAAGAUGAAUUCAUUCAUUUGUUCAUUCCUAUCGUGUUUACAUGUUUUGUGUGAUAUGUCGGCCAUAUGAGCCUUUCAUAAAGGUGGUCAUUCGGAAAAGGAAGUGGGUCUGUGCGGUCCCUGAAAACUCUCGCGUGCCGGAGUGCUCCUCGGACAAUGCGAGCACCGAGGUCUAUAGGAUCCUCCAAGAACGGACAAGCCAUUCUUCAAGAGCGCUCACUGGUCAGUGUGCGAGGUUUUUACACUCAGUGAGUUCAAUCUGGAACUUAACCAGCCCCGGAGCAGGUUAGCCGUUCAGCGUAUGUUGCCAUGGAGACUCGCCUCGCUAAGAAGUGAACCCGUGUCGUAGAACAGGAAACCCCGAACUUACCCUCGAAGUUACCUUACUAAGCAGUAAUCCUGCUUCGUAGAACAGGCCCCAGGUCAUUAUUUAUCCCAGAGGUGAUACAGAGAAUGGCAUAAGAAAAUGCUGAAGAUGACAGAGAUUUACAAAGAUUGCACGUUGACAGAACUUCUUUGAAAAAAGUGAACAUGAGUAAAAUAAAUACAUAAGUGUUUGUCAUUUUAAAGAGUAUUCAAGUGGGUAAGUGCAUUUGUGUUUAUUUUCUUAGGUAUUUAGUAAGAUGGGCAUCCCUCAGAUCAGAAACCCUGAGCUCCCACCAGCCAAUGAAAUGCCUGAGGUUUACCACAGCCCCAUAGCUCUAAUUGGUUGUGGUCCAGCAUCGAUCAGCUGUGCUUCUUUCUUGGCUCGUCUUGGAUAUGAUAAUAUCACCAUCUUUGAGAAACAGAAGUACACUGGAGGACUAAGGUAACAUAUCACUAACAUCCAGCUAUAAAUCAUAAAACACUGGCCUAAACUUGUAAAAAAAAUAUCUAAACAUGAAGUGUGAAUCUUCCUGCUCUUGAUUCUUUUCUCAAGAAAAAUAACAAGACCACUACAUAUUUGACUGGCACACUGGCACUCUCAGACAGCUCAUGUGAUGAUUGACAGGCAAGAAGUUACAGUGUACUUUGUGUCAAACAAAAAUGCUUUGAUUUGGCGCUACCAUCUCAGAAUGUAAGCAUGUGAGGAUUUUACUGUACUUUUCUAUGGUAAAAUACAGUCAAUCAGAUCUGAUUUCCCCCAUACCCAACGUAACACUUUAACCACCCAAGGGUCAUUGUUUUUCAGGAAGCAUUGGAGAAGUCUGUCCUGGUUGAUGCUGAAAUGCUGACCACAUUUAUCUUAAGACCAACAACCUGUUCAUUGGAUCUUAUUCCCACAUCCCUUUUUAAAACAAUUUAUGACUCCUUUAAAUCUAAGUAAGAUUGUACCUAAAGAUUGCUCUUCACAGUAAAAGCAAACUUUCAUAAUGCAAGAAAAUAAAGCAACCAGGACACAAUACAGAAAAAAAUAAUAAUAAUUAAUAAUUAUAAUAUAAUUAAAUAAUUAUAUUGAAUUUGACAAUAAGUCAGUACUGGGAGCUCGAGCUCAAGAAUAUAUGUAAGCUUCCCCUGCCAGUUCCAAAUCAGGGCAAUCAGGCACACACACACACACACACACACACACACACACACACACGCUUGGCCCUGCUCUCUGAUGAUCACCUCACCAGAGUCAGAGGAGCAAAAACUGAGGCUAUGUACACACAUAGCCUGGUAUUUUAAUAAACAAAUAUCCAACCCCCUCAGCUUUAAAAAAAAAGUCACGUACACACAUCAUCAUUUUAAAAUAAAAUCCCAUCCACACGAAACCGCAUUAGUUGUCACGAAGGUGAAGUUGAACAAACAGAGAAAAGACCCAAUUGCACAACAAAAAAUAACUAAAAUAACAUUAACUUCCUUGCAAAAAGGUCCAACAAAGUAUUCAAAAUCCAACAAAGGCACUGGGGGAAAAAACACAAGGAGACACUGAGGACACUGACAUUCAGACACACAGACAUACAACACCCACAAUAAACCAACAAAGAAACUGGAGAACCAGGGGCCAUUUUCAAAUAUGCCUACUUUACUAGCAGUACGUACUGAUUUUCCCAAAAUGUAGUAUGCAGUAGGCAAACAAAUGUGAAAUUUGCAGUAUGCCAAAAAUAACCGGAUGAUGUACUGAUUUGGGAAAAUUUCACAGUAUGCAUCGGACCAGUCUGCUUCGCCUACUGUUACCCACAAUGCAUAGCGCCUGAGCAGAAUAGCAGGGAUCGGUGAAACUUUUCACCCAAGCAUUAAUUUUCCAAGGGACAGCCAAAAGAUUUCUUCUUUUGACAUCCUGUCUUCUCCUCCUUCCUUCAGUAUUAUUUGUGUAAACCACUGACAAGAAUGCCAUGUUUUGUUACUAUACUGUACAGUUUUUAUCCUCUAUUUUCAUCGCCUCAAAUUUUCCUGCUUCUCCUCAUCCCUUAUACUGUACUGUACAUUACUGUACGUGAUGUUUACCACACACAGCACAUGCCAUCAGCAAUGUUUACAUCACACAACUGGCCAGUAGUGAUGGGCCCGGCAGUUCUUUAAGAUGUACUGAAUCACUGGAAUCCAUUCACUAAAAAGAUCCGUUCACCAAAUCACUGAAUCAUUUAGCAGGAGAAGCCCCAAACUCCUGAACCGAUACACAGCUGAACAUUUCAGGAUUCAGUUCAAUUUAUAGCUUUUGGGACCGGGAGACAAGAGUGUUUGGCUGUGUUGCUUUGGCAAACAGGUUUGUAAAAAUUAACUUUUCAUAAGUCAUGAUGUUUUACGUGUACUGUCCAAUGGUAUGCUAUUUAUCAGAUCUGCUCGGUAAACUGGGGUCAGUGAGUGAUUUGUUGACUGAACGUUUAGAAGAAUUCACACUGAACAUGCACCUUUCCCUCACAAACCGCUGCAAUGAUAGGAUGCUGAAAGUUUAAUGCACUACUUGUUACAUACUGUGUCCUAUUGUAUGCAAGUUGUUGUGGUAGCAAUUUAGCAGUGAAAAAAAGGUAGCUUUGUCUGACAAAAAUGAUUCCAGAGAGUGGAGUUCAAUGUGUGAUUCGUUCACCAAGUGAUUCAGGUGUUGGUGCAUGUGAUCCCUCAGGCUGCUGGCCUUAUGCUGUCUCUCACUUCAGCUCAACUGAAGUGAGAAACAAAUGACUCAGUCAAGGAAGUGAUUCGGUUCAGUACUGAAGAAGAGCAAUCUGAACUCCAACAUUUUUAACAAUUACCGACCUGAAUCCAACUUACCAUUUUUAACUAAAAUCUUGGAAAAACUUUUUCUUCAGCUAGUAAAUGUCUUUUAAAUACAAAGAGCAUUUUUGGGAAGUGCCAAUCUGGUUUUGAGAGGAACCACAGUACUCAGACAGCCGUCUAAAAGAUUUUGAAUGACAUCAAGUGCAAUUUAGAUAAUCACAAACUCCCAGUAUUAGUUCUGCUGGAUCUAAACGCUGCCUUUCAUACAGUAGACCAUCACAUUUUAUUAAACAGGCUGAAGCACCUGGUCCGCUUCUCAGGCACUGUUUUUAACCGGUUCAUCUCUUAUCUCACUGAUGGACAAUUUUUGUAAGUAUGGAUACAUGUUCCUCAAGAACCCACAAAAUUAUGUGUGGGGUUCCUCAGGGGACAAUUUUAGGUCCAUUUUUUUUUAUUCUCUAUGGGCAUCCCCUGGGGGACAUCUUCAUCAGCUUCCACAGUUAUGCUGAUGAUACACAACUGUACACAGAGCCGGAUUAACCAUGAGGCAUAGUGAGGCUGAAGCCUCAGGGCGUUUGGCUAUGGGGGGGCCACUCAGCCCCCAGCAGAAGCUGCUAUGACGCUGAUGAGCUGCGCGCCUGCGCCCGGUGUAAGGAGGAUGCAGCACACGGCAACAGCAGCAGGUUAAUUAGAGAGAGCGACGCGAAGUUUUCGCCAUGUCUGGCAGCGGAGGAAAAAACCGAGAAAGUGGCUAUGCCAGAAGAAAAAAAAAAUAAAGAGAAGGAGAAGCGAGAGGCUAAGCUCCGGGAAAGCAUGCCUCGUCUGACCACCUACUUCACAACAAAAACUUUGCUAGCGACGGCGUCGGCCCCUCCGGGUGCCGGGGACUCGUCUCCCUCCUCCCCCUCCUCCGAAUCGGACGCUGAGGCGAAUAUCCGACGCGGCCAAAGUAAGUAAUAUGGCCAUGUUCUAAUUAGCAUAUAGCCUAUAUUUGCGUCAUCAUAUAUUUAUAUAUUGAGACUGACUAACCUACUUAUUUAUCAGAAAAUGAGGGCCUCGCUCAUGACGGUGUGAUUGACUCAACCGAGGGACCACCCAGCACAUCUGCUUGUGUAGCAGCUGUCACAGAACCACCAGAGAGAGACAAUGGUAGUGACAUUGAUGUUGAGGAGCCAGCAGCAGGUACAGCAGACAAUGGGGCAAUCUACAGCAAAGACCCUGGGUGCUGGCCUGCUGUGGUUGAUGAGGAAGCCAGACAUUAUUGGAUUAAGACUGGACCAGUGGCAUGCCAAAACAGAGACAGUGACUUUAAGAAAUCUGAAAGAGUGUACAAACACCAGAAACGGUGCUUUUCAAAGAGGUUCUUCAAUAGGAACCUGGUCAAUAGAGAGAUUGUUCCACGUGAGUGGCUGUUAUAUUCUCCUGUAAAGGGGGCAGCUUUUUGCUUUGCAUGUAAGCUAUUUGGCAAGGUCCCAACUACGUUUUCUGGGAGUGAUGGCUUUAGCAAUUGGAAAAAUGCCAGUAGGACAAUUGAACAGCACGAACAGUCAGAACAUCACAGACAGUGCAUGGUAACAUGGUUGUCAAAAUCAUCUGAAACUGGUGGAAUUGAUUUGAGCUUAAAAGAACAGAUAGCUGCUGAGUGUCACUAUUGGGAGGAGGUCCUAAAAAGAGUUGUUGCCACUGUGAAAUUUCUGUCAGAACAAGGGCUAGCCUUCAGAGGUGACACAGAAACCUUUGGCUGUCCACAUAAUGGAAAUUACAUGGGUUGCCUUGAGCUCAUAGCUUGUUUUGAUCCCUUUUUGAGAGAACACAUUGCCCGCUUUGGAAACAGAGGGAGGGGGAAUCCUUCCUAUUUGUCUAGCACAAUAUGUGAUGAGUUUGUUCAGUUAAUAGGUGAAAAGGUUUUGUCAGAGAUUGUCAAUCUAGUAAAACUGGCUAAAUACUUUUCAAUCAGUGUAGACUCGACACCAGAUGUGUCUCAUAUUGAUCAACUGACAUUUAUUAUGCGCUACGUGUCUCCAGAGGGCCAAGUCGAAGAACGGUUCCUAGAAUUCCUUCCAAUAACAAGCCAUGUGGGUGAAUCACUUUUCAAUGCUGUGAUGGGAGUGUUGAAUGAAUUGGGCAUUGACAUCCAAAACUGUCGUGGUCAGUGUUACGACAAUGCAAGUAAUAUGUCUGGCAUAUACAAGGGUGUACAAGCUCGCAUACGCCAAAUAAAUCCCCUUGCAGAGUGGGUCCCCUGCGCAGCGCAUUCUCUAAAUUUGGUGGGAGUCAAUGCUGUUAACUGCUGCAUGGAAUCAAAUGAUUUCUUCAGUCUUGUUCAGAACCUGUUUAAUUUCUGUUCUGCAUCACCAUCACGAUGGGAAAUCAUCAGCAGUAACCUUGGCCAAAAUGAGAAUAGAAGAAUUGAACACCUCAAAUCUCUGUCAGACACUAGAUGGUCAGCACAUGCAGCGGCAACAAGGGCUUUGACCCUCAAUUAUGCAAACAUCCACCAAUCAUUGGUGCAGUUGUCGGGAGAGGAAACACAAAAUGUAUCUACCCAAAAUGAAGCAAAGGCUCUGCCAAAUAACAUGAAAAAAUUAGAGAAUGCGAUUCUGUGUCAAUUCUGGGAUUGUGUGUUACAAAGGGUUGAUAAAGUAAGUGUCCACUUGCAAGCUGUCGAUCUAGAUCUCAUGAAUGCAGAUACCUUGAUUUCCUCAUUAAGUGACUUUAUUGGGACACUUAGAGAUGACUUUGCACGAUUUGAAACUGCAGCAGCUCUUUUUUUUCUUGAGUACCAUCAAAACAGAUUCUGAACAGAAACUAAGGUCAGCAGCUAUGCGAUUGCAAGAAAAAUAUGCUGGAGAUUUGAAUUUGGAUUUUCCUGAUGAGAUUGUGCAGUUUCAAAGCUUCUGCAGGAAUGAAGACACCAUGUCAUCAAAGCAGUUAAUGCAAUUUAUUCGUAGUAGAAGCUUGCAAAGUGUAUUCCCAAACGUAGACAUAGCACUGCGACUAUAUCUCACAUUGCCCAUCACCAAUGCUUCAGGAGAGCAGUCCUUUAGCAAGCUGGCAUUGGUUAAGAGUCGUUUGCGGUCAACGAUGGUACAAGACAGAUUAUGCAAUCUUACUCACAUGUCCCUUUCAUCUGACAUUGUCAGAAAAAUGGACUUUACAGAUACAGUGAAGGAUUUCGCAGUACGCAAAGCCAGGAAGAAAGCAUUUUAGUUAUGAGGCCUUGCUCUACUGGGCUACUGUGGUUUUGUUAAAGUGAUAGCGGUGAGAUAGCGGUGAUUUUAUGUUUAAUGCCUUGCACUUUUAUUUAUAAUGCCGCACUGUUUUUGACUUUAUUAUUGUUUUUGUAUUGGUUUCUCUGGCAUAUCUGUAUUUUAUUUAUUGCACUGAUGGCAUUGUAUAACCAUAACAGGCCUUUAUACCAUGCCUUGCACUUUUAUUUAUAAUGCCGCACUGUUUUUGACUUUAUUAUUGUUUUUGUAUUGGUUUCUCAGUCAAAAAGUUAACUGUACACCAGCCUCUGUGCUUUCCUUGAAGACUUUUUUCACUACCUCUUGUUGAAUUGAAUUCAGACACACAGUUGUAUUAACCCAGUGGUUUGGCUGGAGGUGGUGGCUAGUGGAACCGUUAAAUAACCACCCAUAACUGCAGUAAUUUCCACAAAAUGACCAAUAAAAACUGCCAAUUUUUGACACGCGCGGGACAGAGGGGGGCCUUUAGGUUUGCUUAGCCUCAGGGGCCACAGAAGGUUUAAUCCGGGCCUGACUGUACAUGGUUGUGUUUCCUGAUGACAGCGGCCAAUUGGUGCCCUUUUAAUUUACAUUUUAGACAAUAAGUCUUUGUGUAAUUUCAAGGUGGCUGGUUAUAGGUUGUUAGAACAUGUAUCUUUGUUACUUACCUGUUUAGUUUAGUUUUGGUUAGCCAGUAUCUGAUUGGUGGAAUACAUCUCUAGGAUGCUCCUGAACACAUCAUCAGUGAUGUAACCUGGGGUCCUCGGGUGUUUCGGGUCUCUCAACAUCAGACACCCUUGCCCAGGCGACCCAGCCAUGGUUGAUCAGACCCGGCUUGUGUUCAGGUGGCAUUUGCUACUCCCUAUGGUUCACCUCUCCUGAUCCAGAGCCAUCUGGAGGCUUUCUCUGCUUCCUCCGUGAUGUUCUUGAUGGCUCUUUUCCUCGCCAUCCCGGUGAUACCCAGUGCACUCAAGGUUUUAUAGAGUGAUUGGCCCACAAAACCUCUGCAGCCAACCUCGAUGGGCAUACACUUCGCCUUCCAGCCUUGCUUGCGGCAGUCUAUGACCAGCUCCUCGUACUUGGUCCUCUUUCUCUCAUGGGCCUCGUCCAGUCUGUCCUCCCAUGGCACUGUCAGCUCCAUCAGGAUGAUGUUCUCUGUCUCCUCUGAGACCAGGAGGAUGUCUGGCCUCAGGGUGGUCAUGACAAUGUGCUGGGGGAACUUCAGCUGCUUCUCCAGGUCAACAGACAGCUGCCAGUCUUUCGCAGUUGCCAGUAGUUCUGGUGGGUUCCUGGCUCCUGCUGUUUUUCCCGGGCACUCUCCAGCCUUCACAAAGGCGAUUUUCUGGGUGGUGGAGCAGGACCGUCUACUGCCGCUGAUUCCCAUGCUGAUGGCUUCCACGAUGGGUUUCAGGACCUGGUUGUGGCGCCAGGUGUAUCGCCCCUGACCAAGAGCUACUGGGCAGCAGCUCAGGAUGUGCUCCAGCGUGCCUCUGCCUCGGCACUGCGGGCAGUUGGGAGACUCCGUCUUGCCCCAGAUGGAGAGGUUUGAUGGGCUAAGCAGGAUGUCGUAAACUGCCUGGACAAGGAACCUAAUGCGCUGCGGCUCAGCCCGCCACAGCUCUGUCCAUGUGACUUUCCGGUCAAUGGCCUGCUCCCACCUUGUUCAGGCACCCUGCUGCCUCUGGCUGAUAGCUCAUGCCUCUUAGCAUGUAGCUAAGGUUCAAAGCUAAAUUUAGCUUUGUAGCUUAGCUCUUAGCAUUAGCAUUUAGCUUAGCAAUAAUGUUUCAUUUGUAUAACGUAAAUUUAAUAUUUUCUUAUUAGAGUUGUUUACAGCACCUUGUUAAUCUGUGCAUUUUUUCUCUUUAUUAUAGUUUUUACUCUGAAUUCAACCAGUGGUGAAUAAAAAAGAGAUCAACUGAGACCUGACUCAUCAUUUGAAUUGGAGAUUGACUGACUGUCAAACUGUGUUAGCACAUGUAGGGAGAACAGUUACAGUCCUGAAGGCCUGAAAGAGACACUUUUACUAAAACUAAAAGAUUUGAAAGUGUCCGAAUUUGUAAAGAACCAGGGUGUAAUUUUUAACUCUGAGCUCAGUUUUAUUCCACACAUCAAAAACAUUGCAAGGGUAGGUUUUUACCACCUAAGGAAUAUAGCCAGAGUCCACAAGUUUCUCUCCCAGGCCAGCACAGAGUUGCUGAUGGUUGAGUUGAGAGGAAUGGGUCGUAGAAACCCAUAUCCGGGUGUUUUCACCCCAAGGGUCGUUAACCUGAAUGGGUCGUUAACAACCCCUGUCAUGUGACCACAUGACUCAUGCCACCUGGGUUAUGUGGUCCAAGGUGUGAAUGUUUGUGGAGCUUCCUGGUUAGAGAGCUGAGAACUGCAUUGUAAGUGCCAGAGUGAUUGUGCCUGAGUCCACCCCCUCUGUUCAGAGGUUUCUCCAGUCUGGUAAAGUUGGCUUCUUUAACUCCUCAUUCAAACCAUUUGUCUUCUCUAGCCCACAUCUAUACAUUGCUGUCCUUGAAGGAGUGACCGGUGUCCUUUAAGUGAAGGUGGACAGCUGAGUCCUAACCUGAGGAAGUGGCUCUCCUGUGUUGAGCCAUGUGCUUGUGAAGCAGUUGUUUAGCUUCCCCAAGGUACAGGUCCGAACAUUCCUCACUGCACUGGACAGCAUACAUCACAUUACUCUGUUUAUGUCUCUGUGUUUUGUCCUAGGGAUGGACUAGCUUCUGCCUUAGGGUGUUACGAGGCUUGAAAUGAACAGGAAUAUGGUUUUUGCCAAAGAUCCUCUUGAUUUUUUUCUGACAGGCCUGCAACAUACGGGAAUACAGUACUCUUGCGUCUCUCCUCCUUUUCAUGUUCAGUGUUAUUUUUCUUUCUGUUCUUCACAAAGGCCCACUUAGGAUAUCCAUAUAUUGUCAGGGCAUUUUUGAUGUGCUUCUGUUCCUUUUCCUUACAUUCUUUCUUUGUGGGAAUGUUCUCAGCCCGGUGGUUGAGUGUUCUGAAAACACCCAGCUUGUGCUGCAGAGGAUGGUGGGAAUCAAAAAGUAAAUAUUGAUCCAUGUGUGUGGGUUUCCUGUACACUUCAACGUUGAGGCACCCAUCUGCCUCCAAGUGUACAGCACAAUCCAAGAGGGCCAAAAUGUUGUCCCUGACAUCUUCACGGGUGAACUUGAUGUUGCUGUCCACUGUGUUGAUAUGGUCUGUGAAGGCCUCUACUUCAUGUGUUUUGAUCUUAACCCAGGUGUCAUCCACAUAUCUGAACCAGUGGCUAGGUGCUUCUCCUUUGAAGGAGGUUAGGGCCUUUCUCUCUACCUCUUCCAUGUACAGUUUUGCCACUACUGAAGAAACCAGGGAGCCCAUGGCACAUCCAUGUUUCUUUCUGUGAUGACACUCUCUGAACUAGAAAUAGGUGGUGCUGAGGCAGAUGUGGUCGGGGUUAAGUUAGUUCUGACCUCCAGUGUGCGGUCCUGUAAGAGGUGUUGUCUUACUGCUUGGACUUCCUCUGUUGUAGGAAUACUCGUGAAAAGUGAUGUCACAUCAUAGGAAACCAUGGUUUCAUCUGGGUCCAGCCUGAUGUCCUUGAUUUUUUCAGCAAAGUCCUGUGAGUUUUUGAUGUGGUGAGUGGUGUGGCCAACAAGAGGAGCAAGGAUGGGGACCAAAUGUUUUGCCACUUUGUAUGUGACUGAGUUAAUGCUGAUGAUGAUGGGUCUAAGGGGGGCCCCUUCCUUGUGUAUUUUAGGUAAUCCGUAAAUGCACGGGACUGCUUCCCCUGGGUAAAGCCAGUAAUAGAGUGGGCGGCCAAUAACUCAAUCCUUUUCCAGCUGUUGAAGUACACUGAUAACUCUUUUUUUCGUAGCUGUUGGUAGGAUCCAGUUUUAUAGUUCCAUAGCUGGCAGUUUCACUGAGAAGGCUUGUUAUCUUGUCAUGGUAAUCCCUGGUGUUGAGCACAACAGUGCAUUUCCCCGUAUCUGCAGGCACGAUGGUGAUGUUUUCAUCUUUUCGCAGUGAUGCCAAGGCUCUUCUUUCCUGCAUGGUCAGGUUGGAAGGAGGUGUUUUGCAUUCGAGAGAGCAGCUGUUACCUUCAACCUAAGUUGCUCUGCCUCUGUGACCAUCAGAUUGUUGUUACGGAUAGCUGACUCCGCGGCUGGGAUUAGGCCAACCACCGGGAUCUGUUCUGGGGUAACUGCAAAAUUUAAUCCUUAAAGUGGGUGAAGAACUUGUCAGACAGGGUCAUAUCAACCCUCAUGGACCCUGAGGUCCUCUGGUACAGGCCUUUUAACCAUACCCAGAGUUGAAACAAAAAACACAAGGGGAGGUGGCAUUCAGUUUCUAUGGCCCCUGCCAGAGAGCCUCAGGACUGCAGAGACUGUUAUGCUUUUAAGAAGAGGCUCAAGACUCACCUUUUUAACCAGGCUUUUCACUGAUUGCCUUUCCUUAUUUAGGGCCCGAGCGUAGCUGCUAAGCAGCUGCGAGAGCCCUAUUAUUCCCCAAGUGGUUUUUAGGGCCCGAGCGUAGCUGCUAAGCAGCUGCGAGAGCCCUAUUAUUCCCCAAGUGGUUUUUCUUUGUUUCUUUAGGGCCCGAGCGUAGCUGCUAAGCAGCUGCGAGAGCCCUCUUGUUAGGGCCCGAGCCAGCUGCAGAGCAGCCGGGCGUAGGCCCUAUUAUUCCCCAAGUGGUUUUUCUUUGUUUCUUUCUUUCUUUCUUUCUUUCUUCUUUUUCCUCCCCUUUGAACUGGAAAAUGGCCCACUUCCCACUGGCGAAAACUCAUGAAAUUUGGCAGGACGACCGGGCCUGGUGAAAAAUUCGAUAUUCUGAAGUCGCCCAAACAAUAAAAUGCAAAAUGGCUCCAUAGCGCCCCCUAAGGUGGAAAUUCACACUAUUGACUGUCACGCCUGUACGCUUUGUCAUAUUGACACAAAAAUUGACACACAUAUGUAUCUCAAUAAGAUCUACAAAAAAGUCAGUGCGGCCGUAUCUGUCAAAAUUACGGUUAAAGGGUUAUUUCGCAUUUUUUGCCGAUCCGCACACAUUGGAAUUUCGCUAACUCCUCCGAAGGCUUUCGUUCCACCGGCACCACAUUUGCUCAGGCCAAUCUACACCCCGUGGCCAUUAAAAGUUAUCAAAAUCAUGACGCUGCACCCCAAGGUUUAGGUUCUAGGGGGCGCCAAAGAUAACACUAAAAUCCACAUAUUUAAAAGUCUUAUAACUUUUUAUUUUUGUCCUCACUGGCCUCCAAGUUUUCUAGGAUGAUGCAAUGUCCAGCCAUCAACACAUUUGUGAAGGAAUUUUUACUCCCCAAAAGAGCGCCCCCCCAUGGCAGGAGAAAAAAAGUCCAUUUUUUCUUGUCCCCUAAGGUGAAAAUACACAUUGUUGAGUGUCACGCCUAUACGCUUUGUCAAAAUGACACAAAAAUUGACACACACAUGUAACUCAAUAAGAUCUACAAAAAAGUCAGUGCGCGCGUAUCUGUCAAAUGUACAGUUAAAGGGUUAUUCCGCAUUUUUUGCCGAUCCGCACACAUUGGAAUUUCGCUAACUCCUCCGAAGGCUUUCGUUCCACCGGCACCACAUUUGCUCAGGCCAAUCUACACCCCAUGGCCAUUAAAAGUUAUUCAAAUCAUGAUGCUGCACCCCAUGGUUUAGGUUCUAGGGGGCGCCAAAUAUAACCCAAAAAUCCACAUUCUUAAAUGUUUUAUAACUUUUUAUUUCUGUCCUCACUGGCCUCCAAGUUUUCUAGGAUGAUGCAAUGUCCAGCCAUCAACACAUUUGUGAAGGAAUUUUUACUCCCCAAAAGAGCGCCCCCCCCAUGGUAGGAGAAAAAAGGCAAUUUUUUCUUGUCUCCUUACAUAAAAAUACACAUUGUUGAGUGUCACGCCUGAACGCUUUGUCAUAUUGACACAAAAUUUGACAAUCAUAUGUAUCUCAAUUAGAUCUACGAAAAAGUCAAAGAGCGCGUAUCUGUAUAAUGUACGGUUAAAGGGCUAUUUUGCAUUUUUUGCCGAUUCGCACACAUUGGAAUGUGGCUAUCUCCUCCUAAGGCUUUCGUCCCACCGAUACCAAAUUUGCUCAGGGCAAUCUACACCCCAUGCCCAUUCAAAGUUGUAAAAAUCAUGACGCUGCACCCCACGGUUUACGUUCUAGGGGGCGCCAAAGAUGACCCAAAAAUCCACAUUCUUAAAAGUCAUUUUGGCCACUGCAGGAGUACAGAGUACUGCAGUUCUAGGGGGCGCCAAAGAUGACCCAAAAAUCCACAUUCUUAAAAGUCUUUUUGGCCACUGCAGGAGUACAGAGUACUGCAGGAUACACACACAUAUACACACACGCCAACACACACACACACACACACACACACACACACACACACACACACACACACUCAGAGUCUGUUUUUUAGCACCUGCAAAAACAUGCUGUUUACAUAUUUGACAAGAAUGCAGAGGCUUCCUUUUGCCCCUGAAAAAAAUCAAAUUUCAAACACAACUUGACUGUUCAUUUCUCCAAAAGACAACCAUGAAGCUCCAUUUCAAACCUGAAGCAGAUAGUUGGUGCAUGUGUACAGUAACCUGAGGGGAGUGAGGUGACUAUUUCUGAGGAGAACAUGAGCAGUGAAGAUUCACCUUGGAGCUAGAACAGUGACGUGCACAUGAUUAUACAGGGGCAGGGGCUCCAGUCAUUUAUACAAUAUGGAAAUUAAUGUGAAAUUAAACCACAAAUAUGUGUGAUGAACUGUUUUUAAAACUUAAACUUCAAAUAAAAAUUGUAAACUUCAAAACAUAUGCAAAUUUUUAACAAAGAACAUAGUAAUUUACCUCUAUUUACAUCAAAAUGCAGGCAAUGGCCCAGGCGUUCUUUGUAAAAUUAUUUACAAAACACUGUAUAGUCUCACAAAUGUCACUUUUUAUUUAUGCCACUACAAAAAAACAUGAUGUAAAUGAUGCAUGAUGUAAAACAUGAUGUAAAAAACUUGUGUAGAUCCUCCUCUAUGUCAGUCCAUGUGUAAUUUUUCCAUAAUUCUUUGUUUUUUGCAGCAUUUUUGUUAGUGUAACUGCAGAUUGUGCUGACAGUGUCUAUGGCACAAAAAAAAAAAAACUGAAAAUGCCUCAACAUGAACCCCUGGUGGUCUCUGAGGGUGAAACCUGCUAACUGCUGCAGCUCUGUCAGCUUCAGUCUCCCAUGCAGAGCUCUGAGUGCAUGUGUGGCUCUGCACCCUUAGCAGCGUUGCUAACUCCUCAGUAUGGAAAGCCUGCUUCAUGUCAGAGUCUCUAAACUCCAGAAGAAGUCGAUAAAAGUCACUUUCUUUCUAAAAAAAAGUCGUUAGGGUGUCUGAAAAGUCAUUGAAUCUAACAACAAAGUCGCUAGGUUUGCAACUACGUGUCCCAGACUGCAUCCCUGCUGAGAGUCCCUCCCUCCCUUCUCAUGUUGCAGGAAGAACGUAAGCGCCCGCCCCUUGUCAAUCAGUCACCAUAUAAUUUUGGAUUGGUUGUUGUGGUGAAGUUUUCCACCAAUAGGAGAGAUGUUGUGGUGUGUUUUUUUUUUCUUUUGGCAAGCCUUUUCCGCCUGUAAGACCUGUCGCUAAUGUCUGCAUGCUAUGUUUUCCUGUCUCAUACAGCGCGAUCGAGCGCCGAACGUGAUCAAAAUAAGCAGAAAAAAAGUAUCGCGGACAUAAUUUAUCAUAACUCUGGUUUUAUUUGGCCUAUCAACACAAUUUAAAAACUGGUAUAUAGGUUGAGGUCCUCACUUUUGAGAUAAGUUGAAACGGAGAGUCAACGAGGCUCCGUCUUGCAGCUACAUCCGGUUAAAUAUGUCAUGUGACUUGAACGCACACAUAGACACACACACACUCACACACACACACACACACACACACACACACACACACACACACACACACACACACUCAGAGUCUGGUUUUUAGCACCUGCAAAAACAUGCUAUUUACAUAUUUGACAAGAAUGCAGAGGCUCCUUUGCCCCUGAAAAAAAUCAAAUUUCAAACACAACUUGACUGCUCAUUUCUCCAAAAGACAACCAUGAAGCUCCAUCCAAACCUGAAGCAGGCAGUUGGUGCAUGUGUACAGUAACCUGAGGGGAGUGAGGUGAGUGCUUCUGAGGAGAACAUGAGCAGUGAAGAUUCACAUUGGAGCUAGAACAGAGACAUGCACAUGAUUAUACAGGGGCAGGGGCUCAAGUUUUUUCCAGUCGUUUAUACAAUAUGGAAAUUAAUGUGAAAUUAAAACACAAAGUAUUAAUAGAAAGGUAAUGACUGUCCUGUGUAGGUGACAGUGAUAUCCAAUAGGCUAGGCACUCACGAGGCUGGCUAUGGCAAGUGUAAGUGAAAGCAACACACACUGGCAGGAAGAACAGCAAACGCCGAUGAAGGAAAAGGGUCUUCGCAGUGAUGGGCGUUACCAGAGAGGGCGAUGGCCAGAGGACACAAAUGGGACGGGGAGGCAGCACGUUGGGGGGGGGACGCGACACGGCUCGGGCCCGCCAGUGCCCCAACGGGGUCCUAGUUCUUUAGGGCCCGAGCGUAGCUGCUAAGCAGCUGCGAGAGCCCUCUUGUUCCUGUAGUUUCCUUCUUUUGUUAUUAUUAGGGCCCGAGCCAGCUGCAGAGCAGCCGGGCGUAGGCCCUAUUAUUCCCCAAGUGGUUUUUCUUUGUUUCUUUCUUUCUUUUUAGGGCCCGAGCGUAGCUGCUAAGCAGCUGCGAGAGCCCUCUUGUUCCUGAUGGAUUCUUCUUUCGUUAUUUUUCCUCCGCUUUAAACUGGAAAAUGGCCCACUUCCCACUGGCGAAAACUCAGGAAAUUUGGCAGGACGACCGGGCCUGGUGAAAAAUUCGAUAUUCUGAAGUCGCCCAAACAAAAAAAUGAAAAAUGGCUCCAUAGCGCCCCCUAUGGUGAAAACUCACCUGACGCCUGUACGCUUUGUCAAAAUGACACAAAAUUUGACACACAUGUGUAUCUCAAUAAGAUCUACAAAAAAGUCAGUGCGGGCGUAUCUGUCAAAUGUACGGUUAAAGGGUUAUUUUGCAUUUUUUGCCGAUCCGCACACAUUGGAAUUUCGCUAACUCCUCCAAAGGCUUUCGUUCCACCGGCAACAAAUUUGCUCAGGACAAUCUACACCCCAUGGCCAUUAAAAGUUGUACAAAUCAUGACGCUGCACCCCACGGUUUACAUUCUAGGGGGCGCCAAAGAUAACCCAAAAAUCCACAGUCUUAAAAGUCUUAUAACUUUUUAUUUUUGUCCUCACUGGCCUCCAAGUUUUCUAGGAUGAUGCAAUGUCCAGCCAUCAACACAUUUGUGAAGAAAUUUUUACUCCCCAAAAGAGCGCCCCCCCAUGGCAGGAGAAAAAAGUCCAUUUUUUCUUGUCCCCUAAGGUGAAAAUACACAUUGUUGAGUGUCAUGCCUGAACGCUUUGUCAUAUUGACACAAAAUUUGACACACACGUGUAUCUCAAUAAGAUCUACGAAAAAGUCAAAGAGCGCGUAUCUGUAUAAUGUACGGUUAAAGGGCUAUUUCGCAUUUUUUGCCGAUCCGCACACAUUGGAAUUUCGCUAACUCCUCCGAAGGCUUUCGUUCCACCGAUACCAAAUUUGCUCAGGCCAAUCUACACCCCAUGCCCAUUCAAAGUUGUAAAAAUCAUGACGCUGCACCCCACGGUUUACGUUCUAGGGGGCGCCAAAGAUGACCCAAAAAUCCACAUUCUUAAAAGUCAUUUUGGCCACUGCAGGAGUACAGAGUACUGCAGUUCUAGGGGGCGCCAAAGAUGACCCAAAAAUCCACAUUCUUAAAAGUCUUUUUGGCCACUGCAGGAGUACAGAGUACUGCAGGAUACACACACAUAUACACACACGCCAACAUACACACACACACACACACACACACACACACACACACACACACACAGACACACACACACACUCAGAGUCUGUUUUUUAGCACCUGCAAAAACAUGCUGUUUACAUAUUUGACAAGAAUGCAGAGGCUUCCUUUUGCCCCUGAAAAAAAUCAAAUUUCAAACACAACUUGACUGUUCAUUUCUCCAAAAGACAACCAUGAAGCUCCAUUUCAAACCUGAAGCAGAUAGUUGGUGCAUGUGUACAGUAACCUGAGGGGAGUGAGGUGACUAUUUCUGAGGAGAACAUGAGCAGUGAAGAUUCACCUUGGAGCUAGAACAGGGACGUGCACAUGAUUAUACAGGGGCAGGGGCUCAAGUUUUUUCCAGUCAUUUAUACAAUAUGGAAAUUAAUGUGAAAUUAAACCACAAAUAUGUGUGAUGAACUGUUUUUAAAACUUAAACUUCAAAUAAAAAUUGUAAACUUCAAAACAUAUGCAAACUUUUAACAAAGAACAUAGUAAUUUACCUCUAUUUACAUCAAAAUGCGGGCAAUGGCCCAGGCGUUCUUUGUAAAAUUAUUUACAAAACACUGUAUAGUCUCACAAAUGUCACUUUUUAUUUAUGCCACUACAAAAAAACAUGAUGUAAAUGAUGCAUGAUGUAAAACAUGAUGUAAAAAACUUGUGUAGAUCCUCCUCUAUGUCAGUCCAUGUGUAAUUUUUCCAUAAUUAGGGCCCGAGCGUAGCUGCUAAGCAGCUGCGAGAGCCCUCUUGUUAGGGCCCGAGCGUAGCUGCUAAGCAGCUGCGAGAGCCCUAUUAUUCCCCAAGGGGUUUUUCUUUGUUUCUUUCUUUCUUCUUUUUCCUCCCCUUUGAACUGGAAAAUGGCCCACUUCCCACUGGCAAAAACUCAUGAAAUUUGGCAGGAUGACCGGGCCUGGUGAAAAAUUUGAUAUUCCGAAGUCGCCCAAACAAUAAAAUGCAAAAUGGCUCCAUAGCGCCCCCUAAGGUGAAAAUUCACACUAUUGACUGUCACGCCUUUACGCUUUGUCAAAAUGACACAAAAAUUGACAAACAUAUGUAUCUCAAUAAGAUCUACAAAAAAGUCAGUGCGGGCGUAUCUGUCAAAUGUACGGUUAAAGGGCUAUUUCGCAUUUUUUGCCGAUUCGCACACAUUGGAAUGUGGCUAACUCCUCCUAAGGCUUUCUUCCCACCGACACCAAAUUUGCUCAAGCCGAUCUACAUCCCAUGGCCAUUCAAAGUUGUAAAAAUCAUGCCGCUGCACCCCAUGGUUUACGUUCUAGGGGGCGCCAAAGAUGACCCAAAUAUCCACAUUCUUAAAAGAAUCCACAUCCCCCCCCCCCCCCAAGGCAGGAGAAAAAGUCCAGUUAACCCUGCCCAUCGCUCAAUGGCUCAAUCGCAUUGCUCUCCCGGCAACACCGUAAGGAGGAGCAACUUGCCAUUUGGAUAUAUCCUAGCUGUGUUUGUGCCCUCACUCAUGGUCCAGACUUUUUUCAAAUAGGACAUGUAGUUUGUCUGUAGCGGCCGUUUUGGUAGAAACUGCGCCUCCCAUUCAUUAUAAUGGGAAAUGACCACAGACAAGUGCGCACACCAUCUUUGGACCUUGAGUGUGAUGCAAUCGGGAGGGGGAGGCGGUCGCGCUGGGGGCGGCGCGACGCGGCUCGGGCCCGACAGUGCCCCACCGGGGCCCUAGUUUCUUUUUCCUCCCCUUUGAACUGGAAAAUGGCCCACUUCCCACUGGCGAAAACUCAUGAAAUUUGGCAGGACGACCGGGCCUGGUGAAAAAUUUGAUAUUCUGAAGUCGCCAAAACAAUAAAAUGCAAAAUGGCUCCAUAGCGCCCCCUAAGGUGAAAAUUCACACUAUUCACUGUCACGACUGUACGCUUUGUCAUAUUGACACAAAAAUUGACACACAUAUGUAUCUCAAUAAGAUCUACAAAAAAGUCAGUGCGGCCGUAUCUGUCAAAAUUACGGUUAAAGGGUUAUUUCGCAUUUUUUGCCGAUCCGCACACAUUGGAAUUUCGCUAACUCCUCCGAAGGCUUUCGUUCCACCUGCACCACAUUUGCUCAGGCCAAUCUACACCCCGUGGCCAUUAAAAGUUAUCAAAAUCAUGACGCUGCACCCCAAGGUUUAGGUUCUAGGGGGCGCCAAAGAUAACACUAAAAUCCACAUAUUUAAAAGUCUUAUAACUUUUUAUUUUUGUCCUCACUGGCCUCCAAGUUUUCUAGGAUGAUGCAAUGUCCAGCCAUCAACACAUUUGUGAAGGAAUUUUUACUCCCCAAAAGAGCGCCCCCCAUGGCAGGAGAAAAAAGUCCAUUUUUUCUUGUCCCCUAAGGUGAAAAUACACAUUGUUGAGUGUCACGCCUAUACGCUUUGUCAAAAUGACACAAAAAUUGACACACACAUGUAACUCAAUAAGAUCUACGAAAAAGUCAAUGCGCGCGUAUCUGUCAAAUGUACGGUUAAAGGGUUAUUCCGCAUUUUUUUGCCGAUCCGCACACAUUGGAAUGUGGCUAACUCCUCCUAAGGCUUUCGUUCCACCGGCACCACAUUUGCUCAGGCCAAUCUACACCCCAUGGCCAUUAAAAGUUAUUCAAAUCAUGACGCUGCACCCCACGGUUUAGGUUCUAGGGGGCGCCAAAGACAACCCUAAAAUCCACAUAUUUAAAAGUCUUAUAACUUUUUAUUUUUGUCCUCACUGGCCUCCAAGUUUUCUAGGAUGAUGCAAUGUCCAGCCAUCAACACAUUUGUGAAGGAAUUUUUACUCCCCAAAAGAGCGCCCCCCCAUGGCAGGAGAAAAAAGUCCAUUUUUUCUUGUCCCCUAAGGUGAAAAUACAUAUUGUUGAGAUUCACGCCUAUACGCUUUGUCAUAUUGACACAAAAUUUGACAAUCACGUGCCUUGCCUGGUAUCAUUUUUUUUCAGCACAACCUCACCUGUGCGAAUUUACAGUUAUUUUAUCAUGUUGACAUACUGAAUUUACACAAUGGACCCAAAUUCACACACAAAACAUAAAAUCCGAGUGGAAAAAAGUAACAUUUUUACUGUGAAAACCACAAAUAUGUGUGAUGAACUGUUUUUAAAACUUAAACUUCAAAUAAAAAUUGUAAACUUCAAAACAUAUGCAAAUUUUUAACAAAGAACAUAGUGAUUUACCUCUAUUUACAUCAAAAUGCAGGCAAUGGCCCAGGCGUUCUUUGUAAAAUUAUUUACAAAACACUGUAUAGUCUCACAAAUGUCACUUUUUAUUUAUGCCACUACAAAAAAACAUGAUGUAAAUGAUGCAUGAUGUAAAACAUGAUGUAAAAAACUUGUGUAGAUCCUCCUCUAUGUCAGUCCAUGUGUAAUUUUUCCAUAAUUCUUUGUUUUUUGCAGCAUUUUUGUUAGUGUAACUGCAGAUUGUGCUGACAGUGUCUAUGGCACAAAAAAAAAAAAAUUAAAAUGCCUCAACAUGAACCCCUGGUGGUCUCUGAGGGUGAAACCUGCUAACUGCUGCAGCUCUGUCAGCUUCAGUCUCCCAUGCAGAGCUCUGAGCGCAUGUGUGGCUCUGCACCCUUAGCAGCGUUGCUAACUCCUCAGUAAGGAAAGCCUGCUUCAUGUCAGAGUCUCUAAACUCCAGAAGAAGUCGAUAAAAGUCCCUUUCUUUCUAAAAAAAAGUCGUUAGGGGGUCUGAAAAGUCAUUGAAUCUAACAACAAAGUCGCUAGGUUUGCAACUACGUGUCCCAGACUGCAUCCCUGCUGAGAGUCCCUCCCUCCCUUCUCAUGUUGCAGGAAGAACGUAAGCGCCCUCCCCUUGUCAAUCAGUCACCAUAUAAUUUUGGAUUGGUUGUUGUGGUGAAGUUUUCCACCAAUAGGAGAGAUGUUGUGGUGUGUUUUUUUUUUCUUUUGGCAAGCCUUUUCCGCCUGUAAGACCUGUCGCUAAUGUCUGCAUGCUAUGUUUUCCUGUCUCAUACAGCGCGAUCGAGCGCCGAACGUGAUCAAAAUAAGCAGAAAAAAAGUAUCGCGGACAUAAUUUAUCAUAACUCUGGUUUUAUUUGGCCUAUCAACACAAUUUAAAAACUGGUAUAUAGGUUGAGGUCCUCACUUUUGAGAUAAGUUGAAACGGAGAGUCAACGAGGCUCCGUCUUGCAGCUACAUCCGGUUAAAUAUGUCAUGUGACUUGAACGCACACACAGACACACACACACGCACACACACACACACACACACACACACACACUCAGAGUCUGGUUUUUAGCACCUGCAAAAACAUGCUAUUUACAUAUUUGACAAGAAUGCAGAGGCUCCUUUUGCCCCUGAAAAAAAUCAAAUUUCAAACACAACUUGACUGGUCAUUUCUCCAAAAGACAACCAUGAAGCUCCAUCCAAACCUGAAGCAGGCAGUUGGUGCAUGUGUACAGUAACCUGAGGGGAGUGAGGUGAGUGCUUCUGAGGAGAACAUGAGCAGUGAAGAUUCACCUUAGAGCUAGAACAGAGACAUGCACAUGAUUAUACAGGGGCAGGGGCUCAAGUUUUUUCCAGUCAUUUAUACAAUAUGGAAAUUAAUGUGAAAUUAAAACACAAAGUAUUAAUAGAAAGGUAAUGACUGUCCUGUGUAGGUGACAGUGAUAUCCAAUAGGCUAGGCACUCACGAGGCUGGCUGUGGCAAGUGUAAGUGAAAGCAACACGCACUGGCAGGAAGAACAGCAAACGCCGAUGAAGGAAAAGGGUCUUUGCAGUGAUGGGCGUUACCAGAGAGGGCGAUGGCCAGAGGACGCGAAUGGGACGGGGAGGCAGCAUGUUGGGGGGGGGACGCGACACGGCUCGGGCCCGCCAGUGCCCCAGCGGGGUCCUAGUUAUUUUUCCUCCCCUUUGAACUGGAAAAUGGCCCACUUCCCACUGGCGAAAACUCAUGAAAUUUGGCAGGACGACCGGGCCUGGUGAAAAAUUUGAUAUUCCGAAGUCGCCCAAACAAGAAAAUGCAAAAUGGCUCCAUAGCGCCCCCUAAGGUGAAAAUUCACACUAUUCACUGUCACGCCUGUACGCUUUGUCAAAAUGACACAAAAAUUGACACACACAUGUAUCUCAAUAAGAUCUACAAAAAAGUCAGUGCGGCCGUAUCUGUCAAAUGUACGGUUAAAGGGUUAUUUCGCAUUUUUUGCCGAUCCGCACACAUUGGAAUUUCGCUAACUCCUCCGAAGGCUUUCGUUCCACCGGCACCACAUUUGCUCAGGCCAAUCUACACCCCAUGGCCAUUAAAAGUUAUUCAAAUCAUGACGCUGCACCCCACGGUUUAGGUUCUAGGGGGCGCCAAAGAUAACCCUAAGAUCCACAUAUUUAAAAGUCUUAUAACUUUUUAUUUUUGCCCUCACUGGCCUCCAAGUUUUCUAGGAUGAUGCAAUGUCCAGCCAUCAACACAUUUGUGAAGGAAUUUUUACUCCCCAAAAGAGCGCCCCCCCAUGGCAGGAGAAAAAAGUCCAUUUUUUCUUGUCCCCUAAGGUGAAAAUACACAUUGUUGAGUGUAACACCUGUACGCUUUGGCAAAAUGACACAAAAAUUGACACACACAUGUAUCUCAAUAAGAUCUACGAAAAAGUCAAUGCGCGCGUAUCUGUCAAAUGUACGGUUAAAGGGUUAUUCCGCAUUUUUUGCCGAUCCGCACACAUUGGAAUUUCGCUAACUCCUCCGAAGGCUUUCGUUCCACCGGCACCACAUUUGCUCAGGCCAAUCUACACCCCAUGGCCAUUAAAAGUUAUUCAAAUCAUGACGCUGCACCCCACGGUUUAGGUUCUAGGGGGCGCCAAAGAUAACCCUAAAAUCCACAUAUUUAAAAGUCUUAUAACUUUUUAUUUUUGUCCCCACUGGCCUCCAAGUUUUCUAGGAUGAUGCAAUGUCCAGCCAUCAACACAUUUGUGAAGGAAUUUUUACUCGGCAAAAGAGCGCCCCCCAUGGCAGGAGAAAAAAGUCAAUUUUUUCUUGUCCACUAAGGUGAAAAUACACAUUGUUGAGUGCUACGCCUGUAUGUUUUGUCGUAUUGACACAAAAUUUUACAUACACGUGUAUUUCAAUAAGAUCUUCGAAAAAGUCAAUGGCCACGUAUCUGUAAAAUGUACAGUUAAAGGGUUAUUUCGCAUUUUUUGCAGAUUCGCACACAUUGGAAUUUCGCUAAUUCCUCCGAAGGCUUUCGUUCCACCGGCACCACAUUUGCUCAGGCCAAUCUACACCCCAUGGCCAUUAAAAGUUAUUCAAAUCAUGACGCUGCACCCCACGGUUUAGGUUCUAGGGGGCGCCAAAUAUAACCCUAAAAUCCACAUAUUUAAAAGUCUUAUAACUUUUUAUUUUUGUCCUCACUGGCCUCCAUGUUUUCUAGGAUGAUGCAAUGUCCAGCCAUCAACACAUUUGUGAAGGAGUUUUUUCUCUUUAAAAGAGCGCCCCCCCAUGGCAGGAGAAUAAAGUCAAGUUUUUCCUGUUCAUCAUUCAAUGGCUCAAACGCACUGCUCUCUCGGCAAAAGCGAAAGGAGGAGCAACUUGCCAUUUGGAUAUAUCUUAGCUGUGUUUGUGCCCUCACUCAUGGUCCAGACUUUUUUCAAAUAGGACAUGGAGUUUUUCUGCAGCGAGCGUUUUGGUAGAAACUGCGCCUCCCGUUCAUUAUAAUGGUAAAUGACCACAAACAAGUGCGCACACCAUCUUUGGACCUUGAGUGUGACGCGAUCGGGUGGGGGAGGCGGUCGCGCUGGGGGCGGCGUGACACGGCUCGGGCCCGCCAGUGCCCCAACGGGGCCCUAGUUCUUUCUUUCUUUCUUCUUUUUCCUCCCCUUUGAACUGGAAAAUGGCCCACUUCCCACUGGCGAAAACUCAUGAAAUUUGGCAGGACGACCGGGCCUGGUGAAAAAUUCGAUAUUCUGAAGUCGCCCAAACAAUAAAAUGCAAAAUGGCUCCAUAGCACCCCCUAAGGUGAAAAUUCACACUAUUGACUGUCACGCCUGUACGCUUUGUCAUAUUGACACAAAAAUUGACACACAUAUGUAUCUCAAUAAGAUCUACAAAAAAGUCAGUGCGGCCGUAUCUGUCAAAAUUACGGUUAAAGGGUUAUUUCGCAUUUUUUGCCGAUCCGCACACAUUGGAAUUUCGCUAACUCCUCCGAAGGCUUUCGUUCCACCGGCACCACAUUUGCUCAGGCCAAUCUACACCCCGUGGCCAUUAAAAGUUAUCAAAAUCAUGACGCUGCACCCCAAGGUUUAGGUUCUAGGGGGCGCCAAAGAUAACACUAAAAUCCACAUAUUUAAAAGUCUUAUAACUUUUUAUUUUUGUCCUCACUGGCCUCCAAGUUUUCUAGGAUGAUGCAAUGUCCAGCCAUCAACACAUUUGUGAAGGAAUUUUUACUCCCCAAAAGAGCGCCCCCCAUGGCAGGAGAAAAAAGUCCAUUUUUUCUUGUCCCCUAAGGUGAAAAUACACAUUGUUGAGUGUCACGCCUAUACACUUUGUCAAAAUGACACAAAAAUUGACACACACAUGUAACUCAAUAAGAUCUACAAAAAAGUCAAUGCGCGCGUAUCUGUCAAAUGUACAGUUAAAGGGUUAUUCCGCAUUUUUUGCCAAUACGCACACAUUGGAAUUUCGCUAACUCCUCCGAAGGCUUUCGUUCCACCGGCACCACAUUUGCUCAGGCCAAUCUACACCCCAUGGCCAUUAAAAGUUAUUCAAAUCAUGAUGCUGCACCCCACGGUUUAGGUUCUAGGGGGCGCCAAAAAUAACCCAAAAAUCCACAUUCUUAAAUGUUUUAUAACUUUUUAUAUUUGUCCUCACUGGCCUCCAAGUUUUCUAGGAUGAUGCAAUGUCCAGCCAUCAACACAUUUGUGAAGGAAUUUUUACUCCCCAAAAGAGCGCCCCCCAUGGUAGGAGAAAAAAGUCAAUUUUUUCUUGUCCCCUUACAUGAAAAUACACAUUGUUGAGUGUCACGCCUGAACGCUUUGACAUAUUGACACAAAAAUUGACAAUCAUGUGUAUCUCAAUUAGAUCUACGAAAAAGUCAAAGAGCGCGUAUCUGUAUAAUGUACGGUUAAAGGGCUAUUUUGCAUUUUUUGCCGAUUCGCACACAUUGGAAUGUGGCUAUCUCCUCCUAAGGCUUUGGUCCCACCGAUACCAAAUUUGCUCAGGGCAAUCUACACCCCAUGCCCAUUCAAAGUUGUAAAAAUCAUGACGCUGCACCCCACGGUUUACGUUCUAGGGGGCGCCAAAGAUGACCCAAAAAUCCACAUUCUUAAAAGUCAUUUUGGCCACUGCAGGAGUACAGAGUACUGCAGUUCUAGGGGGCGCCAAAGAUGACCCAAAAAUCUACAUUCUUAAAAGUCUUUUUGGCCACUGCAGGAGUACAGAGUACUGCAGGAUACACACACAUAUACACACACGCCAACAUACACACACACACACACACACACACACACACACACACACACACACACACACACACACUCAGAGUCUGUUUUUUAGCACCUGCAAAAACAUGCUGUUUACAUAUUUGACAAGAAUGCAGAGGCUUCCUUUUGCCCCUGAAAAAAAUCAAAUUUCAAACACAACUUGACUGUUCAUUUCUCCAAAAGACAACCAUGAAGCUCCAUUUCAAACCUGAAGCAGAUAGUUGGUGCAUGUGUACAGUAACCUGAGGGGAGUGAGGUGACUAUUUCUGAGGAGAACAUGAGCAGUGAAGAUUCACCUUGGAGCUAGAACAGGGACGUGCACAUGAUUAUACAGGGGCAGGGGCUCAAGUUUUUUCCAGUCAUUUAUACAAUAUGGAAAUUAAUGUGAAAUUAAACCACAAAUAUGUGUGAUGAACUGUUUUUAAAACUUAAACUUCAAAUAAAAAUUGUAAACUUCAAAACAUAUGCAAAUUUUUAACAAAGAACAUAGUAAUUUACCUCUAUUUACAUCAAAAUGCAGGCAAUGGCCCAGGUGUUCUUUGUAAAAUUAUUUACAAAACACUGUAUAGUCUCACAAAUGUCACUUUUUAUUUAUGCCACUACAAAAAAACAUGAUGUAAAUGAUGCAUGAUGUAAAACAUGAUGUAAAAAACUUGUGUAGAUCCUCCUCUAUGUUAGUCCAUGUGUAAUUUUUCCAUAAUUCUUUGUUUUUUGCAGCAUUUUUGUUAGUGUAACUGCAGAUUGUGCUGACAGUGUCUAUGGCAAAAAAAAAAAAAAACUGAAAAUGCCUCAACAUGAACCCCUGGUGGUCUCUGAGGGUGAAACCUGCUAACUGCUGCAGCUCUGUCAGCUUCAGUCUCCCAUGCAGAGCUCGGAGCGCAUGUGUGGCUCUGCACCCUUAGCAGCGUUGCUAACUCCUCAGUAAGGAAAGCCUGCUUCAUGUCAGAGUCUCUAAACUCCAGAAGAAGUCGAUAAAAGUCCCUUUCUUUCUAAAAAAAAGUCGUUAGGGGGUCUGAAAAGUCAUUGAAGUCGCUAGGUUUGCAACUACAUGUCCCAGACUGCAUCCCUGCUGAGAGUCCCUCCCUCCCUUCUCAUAUUGCAGGAAGAACGUAAGCGCCCGCCCCUUGUCAAUCAGUCACCAUAUAAUUUUGGAUUGGUUGUUGUGGUGAAGUUUUCCACCAAUAGGAGAGAUGUUGUGGUGUGUUUUUUUUUUUCCUUUGGCAAGCCUUUUCCGCCUGUAAGACCUGUCGCUAAUGUCUGCAUGCUAUGUUUUCCUGUCUCAUACAGCGCGAUCGAGCGCCGAACGUGAUCAAAAUAAGCAGAAAACAAGUAUCGCGGACAUAAUUUAUCAUAACUCUGGUUUUAUUUGGCCUAUCAACACAAUUUAAAAACUGGUAUAUAGGUUGAGGUCCUCACUUUUGAGAUAAGUUGAAACGGAGAGUCAACGAGGCUCCGUCUUGCAGCUACAUCCGGUUAAAUAUGUCAUGUGACUUGAACGCACACACACACACACACACACACAGACACACACACACACGCACACACACACACUCAGAGUCUGGUUUUUAGCACCUGCAAAAACAUGCUAUUUACAUAUUUGACAAGAAUGCAGAGGCUCCUUUUGCCCCUGAAAAAAAUCAAAUUUCAAACACAACUUGACUGGUCAUUUCUCCAAAAGACAACCAUGAAGCUCCAUCCAAACCUGAAGCAGGCAGUUGGUGCAUGUGUACAGUAACCUGAGGGGAGUGAGGUGACUGCUUCUGAGGAGAACAUGAGCAGUGAAGAUUCACCUUAGAGCUAGAACAGAGACGUGCACAUGAUUAUACAGGGGCAGGGGCUCAAGUUUUUUCCAGUUGUUUAUACAAUAUGGAAAUUAAUGUGAAAUUAAAAAACAAAGUAUUAAUAGAAAGGUAAUGACUGUCCUGUGUAGGUGACAGUGAUAUCCAAUAGGCUAGGCACUCACGAGGCUGGCUGUGGCAAGUGUAAGUGAAAGCAACACGCACUGGCAGGAAGAACAGCAAACGCCGAUGAAGGAAAAGGGUCUUUGCAGUGAUGGGCGUUACCAGAGAGGGCGAUGGCCAGAGGACACAAAUGGGACGGGGAGGCAGCGCGUUGGGGGGGGGACGCGACACAGCUCGGGCCCGCCAGUGCCCCAACGGGGUCCUAGUUCUCUUAUUGCUACUGUUCAUUUUAAUCAAAGUUCUUAUUGUCUAUUUUGUGUAUAUUUAUUAAUUGUAUUUGUCUUCUCAUUGAUGUUAUUUCACUAUUACUCUCAAUAAUACUGUCUCGCAAAGAAGUGUGAUGAGGAACAGGCUGAGAGAAUGUGGGGUGAAGGAGAUAACACUGUGGGGCUUACUGAACAUGGCAGAUAAGACACAGGGGAAGAUCAUGAUACAGUAUCUAAGGGAUACAGUAUCCCAAGUUCAGUACAGAUUUGGUACAUGAAUUACAAUGUGAGAGAUUACAUACCCAAACCAAUCAGAUGCUUUGUUUGUCAAAGAAUGGGACACAUUGCUAAAGAUUGGAAAGAAAAACUAUGGUGUGCCAGAUGUGGAGGGCAACACGAGUAUGGAAAAUGCGAAACAGAUGCUUAAGUGAAAUGCUGUAACUGUGGAGGAGAUUACAGUGCAACAUAUGGAGGAUGCAUGGAGCAGAAAGAAGCUAGGGAAGUUCAGAGGGUCAAAAUAAUAGAGAAGGUGUCAUUUGCAGAAACUGUACGGAUGUCAGUGAAAAAGGACAGAGGGAUACAAGAACAAGCUCUCAAGAAAACCAGACCCAAGUACAAGCGCCCUAUGUAUCAGAGCAAAGUAAAUGUACACAUAAAUGUAAAGUGAAUGACAAUACCAUGGUAGUGAAAAAAGAGAACUUUGUGGCUUGUAUUUGCCAUGCCAUAAAUGUUGCAAUGAACUUGAAAAAGAAAAGUGGUAAAAUUAAGUCAAUUGUAGAGGCAGCAGGAAAAUUCCUUGACAUGAAAGAAAUUAAAGCAGAUCAGAUACAUAAAAUGUUGACAACAAAAGAAGCAUCAGAAAACAGAAAAGACGUGGUUUGGUACACUAAUGAUGGUUCUACACAUACUUCAGUGGAAUGCCAGAAGCCUGCUAGCGAAUGGUCAGGAAUUUAAAAAAUACAUUUAUGAUCUGGAUGUAGUUUUAGACGUCAUUUGUGUUCAGGAAACAUGAUUGAGACCACAGUUAGAUUUUUAGGUUCCCUGGAUUCAGUGCUGUUAGAGAUGACAGAGAUAAUAAUCAAAGUGGAGGAGGAUGUGCCACAUUUAUCAAAGAUGGGUUGGCCUACAGAGACAUCACCUCAUCUAUAGAGAUAGAGUGUGUUGUAGUGGAGCUAUGUAGCUCACGAAAAGAAAUUUGAAAAUAAUAAACUUCUAUAAUCCAUGCAGGGACUUACCCAGUGACAUGUUUAAAUAAGUAGGAGGUACAGGGUAUAAAAGAGAAAUUUGGUGUGGGGAUUUCAAUGCGCAUAACUGUGGCUUGGUACCACUUGAAGGAAACUGACAUAGUUCUAAAGAAACCCAAGUGCAGAACUACACAAAAACAGAAGUAAGGCCAAAAUAGAAUUUUAAUUAGCAUACCAAAAAGGGGCAAGGAACAGUCCAAUCAUAGACUGUAUAAAGAAUGGACAGAGUCUGCCUCCUUGCUAGGUGAAGCCACUCCGAGAACAGCACCCUCUGUUGAUGGGCUGCAGUAUAGGUCAUAAAUCCCGCCUCCGCCAGCAAAGCUUAUGGGGUUGUGGACAAACUUUAGAAAUUUAUUACACAGAACAUAAUUUUUUCUCCCCCCUGCUUGUGAUGUUGACAUGUAGUUACAGUCAGACUGUUUUGUGCUCAAGUCCUCUUUUUCCUGUGAAGCUCCGUUUUUAAAAGUUAUUAGGGGGUUCAUGUUUUCUAUGAUUGACACCUGAUACAGCCUAUGGGCGUUCAGGGAUUGCGUAGCUCACCCGGGGGAUAUGCUGUUUGAGCCGAGCGUCAUCACAGCGACUCUCGUCAACUGCGCGGCCGACUGCGCGCAUCGCUACUGUGCAGCUCUGGUUUCAGGAAAUGAAGAAAAAUCACGGAAAUAUCGAGAGCUUUUUGGCUUCAAAUCCGUAUACAGGCGGUAGGUGGAACCAAGUUGUCCAUAGUAUAUACAGUCUAUGAGUCCAAUCCAAAGUCAAAACCAAAAUCCAGUCCAACCAGGCAGAAGUACAGUAUCAAAAGGCAAAAUCCAAAAUAGGGAACAGGCAGAGUUAAAAAAAAACAGAAAUUCAGUUCAACCAGGCAGAGGUACAAAGGAGACAGCCAAAGUCUGAAACAGAGGUCAGGCAGAGUUCUAAAUACCGGCAGGUUAGAUACAAACAAAAGUUGAAACGAAGGAGGCAGGAGCACAGACAACGGACUGGCAACAACAGCUCAGACUGAUUGGUCUUAAAUAUUGGCAGGUGAUAAACAGGUUACAGGUGUGAGCAGGAGAGUGUGGUCAAAAAAGAGCAAGCAGCUCCAGCAGUGUCCAUGUUACUGAGCAUGUCUUAAAUGCUGCAAGUACUAGUAUUCCAAAAAGAACAAUAAAAGGCAACGUAAGAGUAGUUCUGUGGUGGGACGAUGAAUGCAGUAGAUCAGUCAAAGACAGAAACAAGGCUCUGAGAGCAUAAGAAAGAACAUGUUAGUAAAGAACCCCCUAGACUACAAAAGAAAAUUAUUACUUAAUGCAGCCAGAUCUCCCCCUGCAUAAACCUGGUCAACCGUGUCGAGUCAGUCCGUUCGCUUACGUUCGGUCUGAACGAACAUGAACAUGAGCGGAUGGACUGACUAACGACCAAUUGACCGAAAUGACCAAAAUGAACGGAUCUUUUUACUGAACGAACCGUAAUGAUCCGGUUAACUGAAAUGAACGGUUUUGCCCACCACUUGUGCUGUCCCAAGUGUUCAAUGCUAUGUAAUGAUAGAUGGGCAAGUACACUUUGCACUUGGGAUGCAGUAAAUAACAGAAAACACUGCAGGACUUGGGGUCCUUUUGGUCCUUUGGGGUCUGGAGACUGAGUGCUGGGGAGCUCCGGGUCUAAAAGCUUGUUGUUUUUUUGUUUUGUGUUUUUCUGGUGAAUGACGGUUUUCAUAAAUAAUUAAGCCAAACACAGAACAUUUUAAAAAAUGUACCUCUUUGUCUUGUUAAUUUUAAAUUGUAUGAAUCUCUUUUAUUAUUUCAAUAUAUUUUCUUGCAUCUGUAAAGCACUUUGAAUUGCCAUGUGUAUAAAUGGUGCUAUACACAUAAACUUCCCUUGCCUUUUAUGCAGUUCCCCAAAACGAUAUGUGCAACCUCAUGGCUUCAAACUUAAUUUUCAUCAACGAUCACUCUGCUCUCACAAACUAUCCGUGGUGACAGCUAAUACCGCACGCAAAAUCUGCAUUAAAAGAGGACGGUCCCACCACUUUUGCACCUGUAAUCAAGUUUCAAGUUUCAAGUUUUAUUUGCCUUUAUUUUACAUGCCUAAAUGUACAGGUACAGUGGCAGUGAAAUGAAAGUGACAUCUGUGAUAGUGCCAAAGAAACAGAAUAUGAAUAGAACACAAGUAUGUAAAAAAAUAUAUAAAUAAUGAUAAUAAUAAUAAUAAUAAUAACAAUAAUAAUAAUAAGAAGAAGAAAAUCAAAUAAUAUAUAGAAAGAGAUCAAAUAAAAAUAGAAAUAAGAUAAAUAUCCACUCCUAUAUACAUCCUAUGUACAAUAACCGUAAAAUAAAAAUAAAAUUAAAAUAAUUAAAAAUAUUGACUCCUAUGUACAAGUAAACAAGAUAACAGAGGUAAACAGGUAAAGUGACCAGUAAGUUAUCUUCUGCAGUACAGUCUGUUCAGAGGGUGUUGUGAAGUCAGUUAUGGGGUGUGUGUUAUGAGGAGUUUAGGAUCCAAGUGGCCUGGGGGAAGAAGCAGCCUCUCAGUCCUGGUUCUAAUGGAGCGAAGCCUCUUGCCUGAGGGCAGCCACUCAAACAGUCUGUGGUUGGGAUGGUGAGUGUCUUUGAUAAUCCGUCUUGCCCUGGACCUGCACCGCUGGGUGUAGAUGUCCUGGAGGCCAGGCAGUGCAGUAGGGGUGAUGCGUUCAGCACAACGGAUGACUCGGUGCAGGGCCUUUCUGUCCUGAGAGAUGCAGCUGCCAUACCAGGCAGUGAUACUUGCAGAAAGCACAGACCCCACUGUGGCGGUGUAGACAGUUUUCAGCAGCUUGGUGGAGACCUUGAAUUUCCUGAGCCUCCUAAGGUGGAAUAGACGCUGCCUCGCCUUCUUCACCAGAGUGGAGGUGUGUGAAGUCCAAGUCAGGCAAACUGAGGGGGGUCCAGGGAGUCCGGUAGUGAUGAGCAGAUAAAGUCUUUGAUAAGUCUCUCAAAGCACUUCAUCACUAUGGAGUUUAGGGCAACAGGGCGGUAGUCUUUCAGGCAGGCAGGGUUGGUCUUCUUGGGCACAGGGAUAAUGGUGGACUUCUUUAGGCAGGUGGGGACGACAGAGUGGACAAGGGACAGAUUAAAUAUGGUCGUGAACACCGGGGCUAGCUGGUCAGUACAGGACUUCAGCAGAUGCCUGGGAAUGCCAUCUGGGCCGGCUGCCUUCCCGCUGUUCACUCGUCUCAGAGCUCUCCUUACGUCGUGCACCGAGAACGAGAGGGGGUGGUUCUCCAUGCCGGCCAGGACGCCAGCGCCAGCCACCGUGCUAGCGCUAGCGCCAGCAGUCUCAAAGCGAGCGAAGAAGGUGUUAAGUUCUUCCACCAGUGAAGAGUCCACAACAGCCACGGUGUUCACUCAUCUAGUAUAAUCCGUCAUCGUUCGCAGUCCUUGCCACAUGUCUCUGGUGUCACGGUCGCACAGUUGUCCUUCCACUUUGGUCCUGUUUCGCCUCUUAGCCGCUUUCACCACUUUCCUGAGCUUGUAGGCUGCCACUUUGUAAGGUGACAUGUUGCCGGUCUUCAGCCCCUCGUUUUACGCAGCGGUACGUGCAUUCAGAGCUUCCCAGAUAGACUUAUCCACCCACAGUUUCUGAUUAGGAAAAAACUUCACAGUCACCAUAGGGAUGGUAUCGUCUAGCAGUUUGCUGAGAAAGCACGUAACCACUUCCGUAAACUCGUCGGCGUCACCCGAGCUCUCGCGGAACAUGUCCCAGUCUACGUCACUCAGUGCGUCCUGCAGUGUGGCCUCUGAUUGGGCGGACCAGCGUCUGACCUCUUGCGAUACCGGGGGUUCACGUUGUAACCUUUUUUAUAUUUUGGAAGGGGGAAAAUGGCGUUGUGGUCAGCCUUCCCAAAAGCCGGUAGUGGUUUGGCUAUAUAUCCUUCCUUGAAUGAAGUGUAGCAGUGGUCCAGAGUGUUGUCUCCCCUCGUUGGACAUGUGAUGUGCUGGAAAAAGUUGGGCAGCCACGAUGAGGGCAGCCUCCAGGUGCUCUGCGAAGUGUCUGCUGAUGUAGUCAUGUAGGGUGGUGAGAGCAGUGUCCGUGUCCGCCUGCGGUGGAAUAUAGACGCCGAGGAUGAUGACUGCGGAGAACUCCCGGGGCAGAUAGAAGGGGCGACAGAGGAUUGCCAGAUGUUCGAAGUCCGGUGAGCACGAGCACAACAGAACAGUAACAUUCCUUGGAUCACACCAGCUGUUGUUGGUCAGGAAACACACUCCACCACCCCUUGAUUUGCUGGAGUCUUCCGUUCUGUCCAUGCGAAACACUGUGAAUGUUUCAGCUGGGCGAACGGCGUGGUCCGGCAACUCCGACGUGAGCCAUGUCUCCGUGAAACAAAGGAUGUUGCAGUUCCUCAUGUCGCGCUGGAAGUGGACCCGAGCCCUGAUGUCGUCCAACUUGUUGUCCAUGGAUUGGACAUUGGCCAGCAGGAUACUAGGAAGAGAAAGGUGGUGUGCUCGUGCACGCAGCCUGUUUUGACUCCGGCACGUUUCCCUCUGUAUUUUUUCCUGCGUGACUUUGGUGACCAUUUCCCCUGGUUAUGCUCCAUGCUCCGUAGGAUCUCCUUCGGCCAGGUAGAGCUCUUACUCAAAACUUCAGAAAAUGGGUAGAUAGACCUGCUAGCGAAGUUCAGUAGUGUGCUGUGGUCAUAUGUAAUUAGACUGAAACAAAGAGGGGUUAAAGAGCUAAGGAUAACUAAGAUAAAAACUAACAAAAAGCACAAUCUACGCAAAGCAGUCACGAUGGCGUCUGGACACGUCCGCGCCACCUUGAUCCCUGUGAUCAAUCAAUUGCGCACAUAAUUAGAGUUGAUAACCCACAACAUGCCCACUAAUAGCACGUGCAAUUUUUUAGUUUGCACACAAAAUUGAGCGCUCGCUAUUUGGAAUCUUAGUGGAUCAGGCCCAUAGACCGCUGUGUUUUUGCUAUCAUGCGGUCUUUGCAAAAGUUGGUGGAUCUACAGAAGCAAGCAGUUGGAAAAGUUCAUCUCUCAAGGGGGUGUCUAACUCAGUGUUACAGUGUGUUUGACCAUGACUUAGAUUUACGUUGGCAUAUCCCCCUUAAUCAAAUGGGCAUUAACAGGAGAAUGUAUAAUCGGAUAAUGAGUUUCUUCUCAGAUAGGAGAGCAAGAGUGAAAGUUGGGGCAGAAUUUUCAAAAGAAUACAACAUGGAAAGUGGUACCCCGCAAGGGAGUGUUACUAGCCCAGUACUGUUCCACAAAAUGAUAUGAUAAAUGAUAUUUUUACAAAUAUAGAGGUAGGUAUUAAUUCUGCUCUGAAUGCGGAUGGUGGGGCCAUUUGGAUGAGGGGAAGAAAUGUUAUACAUGUCAUGGAAAAAAUAAAGAGGCUUCAAGAUGUCAAUAAAUAAAUCCUGCUUUAUGAUAAUCACUAAUAAGAGAAAGAUUGUGGCGGAGAGGUUCAUCACAAUAACGUCGGCCCCUGUGUCGAUCCUGAACUUAACCGAAGUAUGUCCUAUUUUUAUCAUUUCUGACCAGUGGUCUGCACUGCCCUUGUUUAUCUUGCUCACUGCCCCAGGUAAAAGCUUUCCUCAUCCUCCUUACUGUCCUGAGAGACUUCCCUCGCUGACUUAGAAAAGCACAGUCUUUCCCAGUGGCCUUUUCUCCCACAUUUCCCAUAUUCUGUGUCUAAUGCUGGGCAUUUGGCUUGGGCAUUAUGCUUUUCUUUACCGCACCGGUGACAUUUGUUGUCUCCCGAGGCAGCUUGGUCCCCCCUGCCACUCAUCUGGUUAGCAGGCUGCUUCUCUCCUCUCUUCCACGGCCGCUGCUGUGUCGGCCACCUAUGACCAAUCUAUCCCUGAUAUUUUCAAGUUUUGAUUGUCCAAAGUCACAGUUCUCACUCAGCUCGUAGAGAGCUCUGAUGUAUCACUCCACCAUUUCUCCCUGUUUUUGCCCUUGUAGAAGCACGCUCUUUCAUGUAACAGGUUCUUUUUCAGUAUGAAUUAGGCGUUGUAUUUAGCGAGCACUGUGGCGUAAUCAUCUUCCUUCUCACCAUCAGCGAAGAUGAAGGUCUUGAAGAUAUUCUCUGCUUCACUGCCCAUGGCAUAACUGAGAUUGCUAACCUGGACUUCUCCUUCUUCGGCACCCAACUUUGUAGCCGACCGGUACCGUGAAAAUCUCUGUUUCUAGGCUGGCCAUUCCGAUGGUCGCUCAAAGUUGACGUUUUCCGUUGGGUUAAACUUCCAUCACCAUCGUAACGGUUCUUUUACUUAGACUUCUAACACCAUGGCAGAUAAACUAGGACUUAGUAUAGUUAUCAGGACUCCACAGGAGUCACGGUUUAUUUAUAACAAAGAGAACAGCUGUCAAAGACUGAGAACAACGACAACAACAUGCCCAUAUGAUUUUGAUAACUCCCCUGACUGCCGCUACCGGCUGGCUGGAUUUUCCAUGCUCAUCUUGUAUGCUUUGUAUCUUUCGUUUCUUACUGGGUAACGUUACACCUGCCAUUUGCCAGCUCCUCCCAUCUUCAGUGUCUUUGUGCUGAUUUUUGUUUGCUGCUUCCUCAGACUCAUUUUCCUCAUCCACUCCCCUAUUCGUUAUAAUACUACGCGUCUGUCCAUCUGGUUUUUGAGCUUGUUUCUGACCCUUUUUUUUAAUUAAAAAACGGUCCAUUUUGCGUUUCACGCUGGCUAGAGGAGCUGAUGUAGCCUGCCUGCAAAUGUGCGCUCUGGUCAAGUGUUGUAAACAAUGCCACAUGGCACGUGGGCUGUGUUGCCAGGUUUGACAAUGCCCCCUUUAAGAAGUACCAUUAAGGCUUAAAGUACUACUUUUUAUAAGGUGACCAGAUGUCCCCGAUUUCCGGGGACAGUCCCAGUUUUGGAUGACCUGUCCCUUGCUAAAGCUGUCUCUGGAAAUUUAAGCAUUUCAUGAAUGAGAAAAAAAAGUUUGCGUGUAGACGAGAACAACGGUUAUUACAGUAGCUGAGUAGGUAGGAAGCAUGAGUAAGCAUGUUGCGCGCAGUCCUGAACAACAUUUUCUAUGGGGGGUUAAUGCAUGGGGCAUGCACUGCUACUAAGUAGUAUCAAGAUGUUGUCUGUGAUCAUGCAGCUGAUAAUUCACGUUUGCAUUUUUGCAGUGCUGUAUGUUUAUGUAGCACAUUUCAAAAAAUGUAUUGGCUGUGUUACCACAUAGGAAGGAAACUCUGCGAGCAUGAUAAAUAUAGGGUGCGAUAGCGAGUCUUUUUUUUUUUUUUUUUCAUAUAUAUUGAGGCACAGUAAAAUAUGCGACUUUAAGCUGGGCCCUACCAGCCUGCCAAAUUGCAGGGGUUUUUGAGCAUGUCUAGAGGGUUUAAAAGUUGAAAAAGUUUUAAAGUUUAUAAUAAUGAUAAAUAAUUCCUGUAAUUUCAAAAGGGCUGCUUGCAGCGUUGGCUUGGGCCCUAAGAAAUAACUUCAAUUUCAAUAGGGCUGUGGCCUGCUGCUUGCAGUGUCAUCUUGGAUCCUAAUAAACUAGAAAUGUGAUUCCUUGAUAUGGUGAUGAAGAGCUGAGCCAUAGGUCUACACCUAACAAAAAAGACAGAGUCAUACCAAAGACUUUGAAACGGUACCCCGGGCCACCCUAGUUGGUAAUCAGCAUCAAGGGUUGAAUUACGGCAUCAUACUGAGGAUGAUGUACUUUGCAACUGCACAGUGCUACACAGGUGAACCCCAGCCUAAAACAUUGGCACCUUCCACAGCACUCUUAUUUACAGCAACACUUGGCCAGUUGUUGACAUCUUUGUACAGCUGGUGUACUUGCUGUCCCGAAGACCCACCAUUGUUCACCAUUCUUUUUCUAUCACUAGUCAGCAGGACUCUCUGCUUUUGGCUGACGCUAGUUUGCCUGAGCCCAAAUGCAGCCUGCAGACUUCUUCAGGAUGUAAAGGUUGCCAUCACUCAGUAAAGGAGGGUAUUGACUUAAUUUGCUGAAAUUGGGACAGGCUUCAGGGCAAAUGUCCUAUGUUUGCCAGGCAGUCUUUUUGCCUUUGUUGAGGAAUACUGAUAGAGUAUAACAACAACCUGUAAAGGCGUGAAAGAAUGGUAUGCUUUUGGUCCUCAUAGGUCCAGUAACACUGGACAGAAAUGGCCGCCAUCUAGAGGAUCCAGAUGGCAAUCUCAAAGAAUGGCUGCAGUCUUGAAAUUUCGAGUGGCUGUUCACAGUAUCUGGGCAAGUAAACUAAGUUCACUUUGAUAUACCAGUUAUCUAAUAAAGUAGCAGCCAUCUUGGACAUGGCUGCCAUCUUGUAUUUUUGAGUGUCUAUUGUCAUUUUUUAAGAGUUGCCCUCAGAGAAUUUUUGUGCCAAAUUUCAUGCUUGCAUCACUGUUUGAAGGUUUCUUUUAAAAUAUGCAAGUAUCUGCCGCACUAAAGUGGUCUUUGGCUCUUUGACAACUCCCCUGAUAAUUCUUUUAACUCCUCUGUCAAAUAACCCUCCAGGAGCACCUAGUCGUGGCCAGUUCAUGGUGAAAUGCUGUUGUUUCUUCUUCUGGAUUAUGGCCCCAACAGUGCUCACUGGAACAUUCAGAAGUUUAGAAAUCAUUCUGUAAACAAUGCCAUCAGUAUGUGUUACAACAGUAAGGUUAGGAAGGUCUUGAGAGAGUUCAUGGCUUUCAACCAUCAUAAAAUGUUUCUUGUGUGACACUUUGGCAACAAGACACCUUUUUAUAGGCCAUCAGUUGGAACUGAACCGGCUGAUUAUUUGCACUGACAUGGAGAAAAUUGUGGAGUGUUCAAUACUUAUUUUACCUGCUAUAAAUUCUUCAGAAAAAUACAGUACCAUCCGCCCAUCCAUCAUAAAUUCAUAUAUCUCAAUAUUAAAAUGUGUUUUUCUCCCUGCAGCACAGCAGAAAUCCCUCAGUUCAGACUGCCUUUUGAGGUUGUCCAGUUUGAAAUUGACUUGAUGAAGGAUUUAGGAGUCAAGGUUGGUUUUUAAGUUCACUGUGUUCAUACUGCAAUAUUCUAAAAUUUACUGAUUUAAAAAAAAUAAGUUCAGUCAAGAAGUCUUCUCUUGGGCUAAAGGCAUUGGAUCUUAUGAGCUGUGCAUUUGUAUGCUUUUUCUGUCUUUCUUUCUUAUUUUCUUUCUUUUUUGAAACCUCAGAUUAUAUGUGAGAAGGGUCUGGGUAUGAAUGGAAUGACCUUAAACUCUCUGAAAGAGGAGGGAUUUAAGGCUGUCUUCAUUGGGAUUGGUGAGUGAACCUUUAGAGACAGAUUGAUAUUUCAGCUUUGCAAUUUUUCAGUAUUUCUAAAUUAGUACAUUGCUAUUAUCUAGUAAAGUUUUUGAAAACACCUCUCUCCAUACUUGUACUUUGAUCUCUAGUUCACGUAUAGCUUCCUUCUGUUCUUGUGUGUCUCAUUUUCAAAGUUUGUACCGCUGUUUGGCUAUUUAAGUUUUGUCUAUAUUUAUGCUUGUGUAUGUCUUCAGGUCUCCCUCAGGCAAACAGGGCCAAGAUCUUCCAAGGUUUAACUAUGGAUCAAGGUUUCUUCACCUCCAAAGACUUUCUGCCCAUGGUAGCCUCAGCCAGUAAGAAAGGUACUGCAGUGAAAACACACCACUCACACAAACACAGAAAUAAAAAAGUCUCCACAGUUAGAAAAAAAAUCACUUUUUAUAAAACCAUUGUUUGUCACACUUUUGUCUGAUAUAUUUUAAGCUGCUGUAUUUUCUGCAUUGUGAAAGUAUACAUUUAUCGAUGAAGACAGUUGAGAGAAAUGUUAGAUUGUAUAAAUGUCAUAGUUGCGGCAGCUAGCUCACUGGCAGCUGCUGCUUCUUGUUGUGUUGUAAGAACGAAAGACAACUAGCAGGCAAUACUGAUUCACCAACCUUGCAUAGCCAGUUACUGAAAAAUAUAAACUAGUUACAGUUACUAGUUACCUUGUAAAAAAGUAACUCAGUUAGCAACUCAGUUACUUAAACCAAAAAGUAAUGUGUUACAGAUAAAGUAACUAUUUAGUUACUGUAAAACGCUCUUCCAAUGCUCCCAUUACAUAAAGGUGGAUCGAUUCAGUUCCCCUUUAGCUGUCAUUUCAGUUCUGUACUGACGCUGAACAAGACAAACUGUUGAUUAAAACAACCAUUUCAAUUCAUUUGCAUCCACAUCACUGAAUCUAAUCAUUCAAGCACUAUGAUCAAUCUGAGCUGAAAUUGUCAAAGUCAUUUCAAGUUUAGGAUUAUCUUCAAGCAGCAAGCGCUCUCUAAUCCCUACAUUAGAUGUUUUCUUCAUAAUUUGGUUUUUAACCUUAUUGUUAGAUAAUGUUCCAAACUCACAUGUAACAAUUAGCUUGUUCCUCUCUGCGACGACACUCACUUUCGGUACAAAAAUUGUUUCAAAGCCUUUAGUGCUUCUUCAUAGGAAUCUUUAAUCAAUGGCAGUGUGGAGAAGAUCUGCAGAACCUCUGCGCCAACUGUGUGCAUCAGCAGUGCAUGCUUCCUCUUACCCUCCACUUUGUCAAGCAAUAGGACAAGCACGUAGCAAUCAAACAUGUAAAUCUAUGUUUCGAAAGGCACCGUAGGCUCACCUGGGCUUUGUAAAAAUGCUGGAGGUGGUGAAAUUCCAAGCAGAGCCAUCUUCGUUGCCAUUAUCUUGUAUUGUAAGAAUGACAGAAAACUAGCAGGCUGUGCUAAUUCAGAGGAGCAUUCAUUACUUGUUGGGUCAGAUUCAAGUGCCAGAAUUUCCACAAAUGGUUUACAUAGGGUCAUACUGCCACCUACUGUCAUAAUAAAUAUAUGUUUGUGCAGGCACAAAACGGAUAUAUACACACUUCUUUUUUGGUAGUCCUUGUUUUAUGGCAGGUGACAACCAGUCUAAAGGACCACUACAAUGACUUAAUGGUACUACUGGGCACUAAUUUUUGGCACAAUAUCAAAUAUUUUUUUUUAGAAGAUGGUUAUUGUUCACAUUGUGACAGCCCUCACCAAGGGUAAUAAAAGCUACAAAAGACCCCUCUGUAUCUGUGACAGAGAAUGCUGAACACAUUAUUAUUAGUAACUAAAAUGCGGACAACAUCUAUCCUUAUUUAGAUAGCAAAACGCUUAACAAAAAAGCUGGUCCGGGCCAUAUUCUGUUUACAAAGACCCAAUGUAAAGAUGAGAUCAGAUUGAGCUCCAUCCUAUAAGAUUAGACCCACUCCCAUCCCAUCUCCCACCACAUGAGUGUAGCACUUCGGAGCAUUUAGAGAGGGGAAACUUCUUUUUAACAGGCAGAAACCUCGAGUAGAACCAGACUCAUUGUAGACAGUUAUCUGCUGAGACUGUGUAAUAUAAGAAACAUAAUCUUCGAUGACUACUAUUCGAUGACCUUCCAUUUUUGUCUCUCCUUUUUCCAGGUAUGUGCCAUUGUCGCUCUCAGCUGCCAGAGAUUAGAGGUGUGGUGAUUGUUCUUGGAGCAGGUGACACUGCGUUUGACUGUGCAACCUCAGCUCUUCGCUGUGGAGCCAAAAGAGUGUUUGUGUGCUUCAGAAAAGGAUUUACUAACAUCAGGGCUGUUCCCGAGGAGGUACUAAUCAGGACUGGAGUGAUUGGUAAUUUGUGUUUAUUAGUUGGAUGUGUACAUGGAGAAUGCUGAACACAUUGAUUUCAUUCUGUCAGAUGGAGUUAGCGAAGGAGGAGAAGUGUGAGUUCCUGCCCUUCCUGUCUCCUCGAGAGGUCAUCAUGAAAAGUGGUCGGGUUGCUGGGCUUCAGUUCUGCCGCACUGAACAGACAGAGGAUGGUCACUGGCUGGAAGAUGAGGACCAAGUGGUCAGACUGAAGGCCGAUUAUAUCAUCAGUGCCUUUGGAUCCAUACUUGAUGAGCGGAAAGGUAAUUUAUAAUUGAAACUGAAAGAGUAUUUAUUUUUUGUGUUUAUGAUAUUUUUUGCUGUCCUUAAUUUUUGUAUUUUAGGAGGUAUUCAUUUUUACAUGCAGGUGGAGGUCAAAAAAAGGUAUAUUAUGAAAUACAUUUUUCAUUAGUUAUGUAGGAAAUUAAAAAAAUUCCAAACACAUUGCACGUGAAGUAUAACAUUAGAGGCAUUUUUUAAAAAGUGGUACUUGUGGCCUGCAGAAAAAAAAAGAAAAAACAAAAUUGGCAUAUUGCAUUUUGACUUUUAGUAAUUCAUAUUUAAACAGAAUUUAUACUACACACACCAGCAAUCCUAGGGAAGACUGCUGACUUGACAUUGACAUCCUCAAGGAGGGUAAGCUUCAGAGAGUCAUUGAUGAAAAGCCUGGCUGAGUUCUGUAUUAAAGCAGGUUAAUGGAAAGUUGACUGGAAGGAAAAAAAGGUGGGAAGAGAAUGUGACCAAGUAACAGCCUUGAAAGGAUUAUCAAACAAAGCAGAUUCAAGAACUUAAGGGAGCUUCACAAGGACUGAGUCUGAAAUCAGAGCAUCAAUAGCCUCUACUAACAGACGUGUCCAGGAAAUGACCUACAAAAGUUGUAUUCCUGCUGUGAAGACAUUCCUGAACCAGAGACAACAUUGUGGGAGCAUCAUCUGAGCUGAGAGGAAAAAAAAUGGACUAUGACUUUGCGGUUCAAAGUCCUGUUUUCAGAUGAAAGUCAAUCUAGCAUCUUAUUUGGAAAUCAGGGUCUGGAGGAAUAUCAGACAGACCCAGAAUCCCAGGUGCUUUAAGUCCAGCAUGAAGUUUCCACAGUCUGUGAUGAUUUGGGGUGCCAUGUGAUCUGUUCCUGCUGGUCUACUGUGCUUUAGAGUCAAAGCAGCCAAAAGUCUACCAGGAGAUUUAGAGUCGUUAAUGCUUCUAUUGGCUUUAAGUAGAUACAUAUUCCCUGUUCCUGCAGGACUUACCACUUGCCCACAGUGCCACAACUAACAACAAAUAAUUUACCGACCCUGAUAUAUUCUAAGCUUGAUUGUCCGGCUAACUGCCCUAAACCCCAGAGAGCUUCUGUUGGAUUUUUGUCAAUAAGAAGGUGAGAAACAGCCAACUCUAAAAUACAGACCAGCUGAAGGAGCUACAAAGCAACCUCAACAGAGCCACAGACUGAUCACCUCUGUGCCACAUUGGUGCAGGAAUUUGCUGAUUUCUGAUAAUCAUGAGCUGUUUGCCAAAUCAUCAAAAUUAAAACAAAAAAUUCUUGGAAUAACUAACUUAUGGGGCUCUAUUUUCGUGCCUCGACAGAGACGUGCCGCAGGCGCGGCAUAAGUCAGGUCCGUCGCACCGACAAGGCAUUCCCAAGCACAAUUUGGUAUUUUGGUGAGCGGUGCAGCCCGGCGUAAGUAUCCCCCCUCCCUAACUCAGCUCCUCCCGGUAAGUCGUUGCGAGGGAGGAGAGAGGGCGUGGAGUGGGUUUAACACAGCCGAGACCAGUUUUCACCAAUUACAUAAGCUCCUCUCCUUGCCUUUAAAUCCGCCACCGACGAGGCGUAUUACUAUUUUCGUGAAGUAGUCAGAGAGAUCAAGAUAUGUAUGAAGACAGUAAUGCCACAUGAUGGCGACAGAAGGCAGCUCCUCAACAAGUGUCACUAUAAGCGUUGCAUUGGGCGUCCUCCACACUCUCUCAUAUGAGCACAGAUGGAUUUGGUGUGUGUAAUGUUGGACCCAGUGGUAAGAAAAACACCCUUUUCCAGUUAAGUUCUCUAGUUAAGACACUCACAUAAAGUUGAAUAUAUUCAAACCUCACGUGACAAAGGUGGGUUGUGCGCACAGAUCACAACAUAAACUCCAAAAAUGGCAUUAAAAUCGGAACCAUCUGUGCGUAAAUGACGCAUCGCGCUCCGUGGCCUGGCUCUAUCUGUCAUAGAUGUUGGCAUAUAAAAUAAAUUUGACUCACAAAACUGAAUAUUAUAAUAUCCGUAUGUCAGCUUAAAGUAGAUAACUUAUCUGAGCACUGAAACAAAUCAUCUGUUCAGCCGCAGCUGCAGCAGGACGGAGAGAGGACACGGAGACAUGUCCAGGUCGAGCUGCGCGAGAAAUAAGAAGAGGAAGAAAGAAAAGGAGGGAGACAAAUUAAAUAUCUUGUUAACUUCAUCAUGUGUGUUUAUUUACUAGAUAUUUAAUUUAAUUUAAUGCGGUUUCAGCUGUGUUGAUUCGGUCAGGUUGUGUGUCCAAACGCGUGCCAAACGUGCUCAUCAGAUCAGAUAUAGAUCAGAAUAUAUCUAUAUAGAUCUAAAUGUAUGUGCUGACUCAGAUUAUUAGUUGUUGAUGAUUAUUUAUUGCAAUGAAAUGUGCCUGACACGGUAGAAACCUGCCUGUGAGGCAUCGGUGACAUAUGCCGAUACGCCGCCGGUCUACCAAAAUACCACUAGACCAGCUGCACUCCGCCUGCGCUGAAAGCUGACCAGGUUUGAAUCGGUGAGCUUUCAGCGCACUUUACACGCAAAUGUCACUGCGUCUGCUGAUUCUGUCGACACCUCCCCCUGCCAUGCCACCACGCCCAGCUUGGCGGAUCUCGGUUCACCUCUGUGCGCCUCAGUUCACGAAAAUACCAAACUGGCUGUACGCCGGGCUCCACCAGACGAAAAUAUAACUGUGCGGGGUCCGCCACCCUCCAUCGCCUCCCUGGCGUACACGAAAAUAGAGCCCAUGAUGACUAUGGAUGAUACAAAAGUUAAAAAAGAAAGAAAAAGGUUAAUUAAUUUUUUUUACCAUAUUCUAAAAUGCACCUGUAUAUACUUUACGUAUAAGCAUUUCCAAGGCGAAUGUCUAUGAACUUCAUUUUGUUUUCCUUUAUGCCAAUGUUUUAAUUUAAUCAGUUCAAGCAGAAGGAAUUUCAUAUAAUGUAUGUAAUUAAAAUUAAAUUUAGCCUGAAUUUUUGCUGAAGAAUUCACUGGGUGAAAAUGAAACAUUACUGGGUCAAAGAUAUGUUUUCAUACAUGUUAUAAAUUACUAUUUUGUUAAUCUGUAGUGACUGAGGCCAUGGCUCCUGUGAAGAUGAACCGCUGGGGAACACCAGAGGUGAACACAGACACCAUGCAGACCAGUGAGCCUUGGGUGUUUGCCGGGGGAGACAUUGCUGGCUUGGCAAACACUUCAGUGGAAUCAGUAAAUGAUGGCAAGCAAGCCUCCUGGCAUAUUCACAGAUAUAUGCAGGUAAAUAUAUCUGUUCCUCAAAGAUUUACCAGAAUAAGGCUCAUUGUUUCUUUUAUUAAUAAACACUGAUUUAUUUAAAAGCUAGUUUAAAGUUUUGAAACAUUAGUUAGCACAGUUCAGGACUCCCUAUUAAUGCAAGCAAGCCAUCUAUUAAGUUGUGCAGAGUUUAGAGUAGAGACUGGUCCAGUAUCUGCACUUUUCCUCUAAGUGUGCAUUUCUUGAAAGUGCACGAAGGAGUGCAAGUGUCCAAGAGUCCAAAACCCUUAAAGGCUGGAUUGGGACCAGCUUGAAUACAUCACUUCUCUUAGUAACUUCUGUUUUGGUUUGGGAGACCAAAUUUAGAGCUGGCUAUUAUUCAUAGGUCUGCUGCUAAAAGUUAAUCAAAAUCACCACCAGCAUAUUACGGGUGAUUAAAGGCUCAAGGUGGCAACUCUGAAGAGCACUGAUAGAGAACUUAAACACUCUAAGGUCUUGCUUCCCUUUGCGUGGAUAAUUUGAGAGGCACAAGUGCAGAAAUGCAGAUAUAGGGACAGAGUCAUUGAUGUAUCAUCUAUGGUCUUCUUUUUGUCAACUCUGAAGGUCCUUACACACCGGGCGAGAAUUCGCCAGGCGAAUUAUUCGCCUUUUUUUAAAACAGCAUAAAGUCAAUGCAAGCUUCCACACCGGCAGCGAUUUUUCCGCGGGGCGAAAGGCCGCUAUUAUUUUUUCGCUCCUGUGUCGAAUUUUUCGGAUAUUCGCAGGCGAAUAUCUGGACCUGCUAGACCUCUGGCCAAUCAAAAGUCAUGUUGUUGAUGACGUCACAGACCCAUACGGCUGGAGGAGAGGGAGAAGUUUGAGAUUAUGAAUACGCAGAGAAAGGCAGCUGGGGUGCAUCCAAAACUCUUUCUAAUUACUAAUGAAGUAGUUUCCUCACAAGAUGACACUCUCUUGUCUUCCACCCCGCAUCACCUCUCCUCCGUGCCGCAAAGCGACUUUAUUAAUUCGCUUUGCAAAAAAUAUACGCAUAUUCGCUUCGCGGCCGGUGUGUAUAGGCGAAAGCGAUUUUUCGGACCGGUGAAUAUUCGCAAUUUUCGUCUCGCUUUUUCGCUUCGCUCCGCAAAUUCGCCGGUGUGUAAGGACCUUUAGGAUCACUGGAGUUAUGAGCAAUCAGCCUUGCCCUUACAAGAAAGAGACAGAUUGAGGCCAAAUUUUAAACUUUUAAAAAAGAUUAUUCACAGUUGCUGUAAGUCAAAUUAUCGAAUGUCUCCUUCCUGCAGUCCCAGUAUGGACAGAAAGUGGACCCAGUUCCUAAGCUGCCGUUGUUCUACAGUCCCAUAGAUCAAGUGGACAUCAGCAUAGAGGUUUGUGGGAUAAAGUUUCCGAACCCGUUUGGCCUGGCAUCUGCUCCUCCCACCACCAGCACAGCCAUGAUCAGGAGAGCUUUUGAACAGGGCUGGGGCUUCGCUCUGACCAAGACAUUCGGACUAGAUAAGGUAAAGUUUACAUGCACAUGCCACAUCUCUGUCGAGAUUUAAGUUUGUUUAUUUUGAAAAUAGGCCAUAACAUGAAGCAUGAAAAAGUGGCAAAAAAGUGGCCAUUCCAAUGUCUGGGCACUGAUUUUUAAAUGCAUUUUAUCUAGACUUUACCCUUAUAGACUUUGGGUUAAAAGUUCUCCACAAUAUAUCUUGCAGUUUUUUGUCACAAGCCAUAUAUCUAUAUAAAUAUAAAUUAAAAAAAAAAAAUUCAAUGGUGCUAAAUGCCCUUGUUUUAUUUAUCAACAUCCACUUUAGCAACACAAAAUCUCUCACAAAUUUACCUUUAUAUAUAUGUCUAAUAACAUUGUAGACAAGAAUUCUUACAUGAAUUCUUACUAUGAGAUGUGAAUUUAGACCAUGAAAUUUCAUAGCAAAAUUAUAUAGAAGUAACAAUAAGUCCACUUUUUUUUUUGUAUUAGUGCAAAGAAGAAGGAGUAAACUAGAAAAAUUGCAUUUCCUUGCAGAAAAUGCGUGGAAAUGCUGAGUGCUGAAAGCCGAAAAAGCAAUGCUAUACUGACAAUAAAAAGUUGAGAAAGGUAUGAAUGGAAAAACUGUUGAAAAGGUGGAGUAGAAGAAGAAGAAAUUGUAUGAAUGGAAGAACUGUAGUAUAGCUGAAGGUAAAUUAGUUGGAUUAAUGUACAAAUUGUCUUAUAGCCUAAGUGAAAAAUGUAUAUCAUUGAUGUGAAUUAACAGAACUGAUAAGGAUAAUUGAAUUUGAAAAACAAAUGCCUUAAAAUUAUGUGUAACAAUGUUCCAGUUAAAUGUACAAAGAGUAAAACAGAUUUUUGCAGUCUGCAGCAUCCAACCAUAGUAACUUGAGAAUGCAGAACAUUACCAUCUAUUGCCAUGCUUCAGUUACUGCCCUACAUACGAAUGUAGAAAGUAUGAAACAGCUGAAGUUAAAUGAAUUGUAUCAAUGUAGAAAGUAAAGAAAAGCAGAAGUAGAAGAAUAAGAAGUAGUUCGUAUGUUAAAAGAGUUAAAGACAAGAACUAAAACAACAAAGUAAAUAUUGGGGGUGUAUUUUCUACUGACAGAGGGACAGUAAUGCACACAUGGAAACAGUGUGUGUGCGCGCGCACGGCUGAGCCUGUAAGUCAUAUCCCAAAAAUAAGAUGAUCUUAGGAGUCCUGAGACUCCCAUGAACACAAUGAUGUAUUUUUUUAUGUCCAAAGUGUAAAAAUUGUGGCCACAACAGCGAGUUAAAAAACAGCUUCGCUGUAGUGAUUGUCAGGGUUUCUUGGCCAAAAUUUAACAUGGGAGUUAAUGGGCAGAAUCUGCGCUCCGAAGGAAUGUACUCACCUCUUGGCAAGCGGUACAAUUUGAUGACUUCAGACCGAUUUUGUGAGAAGCAGAACUAGUGUACCUCCAUUUUGAUGUAUUUUUUAUGGUUGUGGAGUGAAAUAAUCACGCUUGGUUUAGUGAAUCCAAAACGCAGUCCCUGCUCUGGGGAUGAUGUCACCCGCUCUACCGUUUCCAAUACACACUCAUUGGAAAGGCUGAAAAAGCCAGAAAACUUCCUGUUGCUCCAAGCUAAAUUGUGCAAAAACGGUAGAAAUAGCAAAAAGGGGUGAAUACAACAUUUGUAGCAGACAAGUUGCUGAACAUUUUAAAGCAAAAAUGAGGUCUGUAGGUGAAAGUAUGCAGAAGUUAUAAGGGUGAGAAGGUGUUAUAGCUGUAAGCGGAGUGGAGAGAUUUCUCCAUUCAUUUCUAAUGGAACAAAUUGUACGGAAAAAGUGAAAUAUUGCAAAAAGUAUAAAGGUUAGAAAGGUGAAAAGUGAUAGCAAUAAUGUCCUGAAGGAGUUCAUUAGUAUAAAGUAUGAAUGGUUAAAAUAGCACAAAGUGGGAAGGAGUUUAAAGGGGCCAAAAAAAGGUACGGAAUAAUAAUAAUAAUAAUGAUAAAAUAAUAACUAGAAAAAUUGCAUUUCCUUGCAGAAAAUGCGUGGAAAUGCUGAGUGCUGAAAGCUGAGAAAGCAAUGCAAAACUGCUAAAAAAAUAGAGGAAGGUUUAAAUGUAAAAUUGGUUAAAGGGCUGGAGAAAGAGAAGAAGUUGGAUGAAAGUGAAAAUUGCUGGAGUACAAAGAGUAUGAAUGUGCUUCAUAAAUUAAAAUUGCAUUCAUGCUGAAUAAGGCUAGAAAACUGUCUGAAAUUGCAAAAAAAAAAAAAUGGAUAAGAAAGAAAAUUACCUUAAAACACAGAAAAGUGAGAAGUGACAUAAGUUUGAGUUGUAGUACUAGAAGUAGUAUGAUAAUAGGUAGUUGUAGUAGUGAUAUUAGUAGUCAUGUAAGCAGUAGAAGUAGUUUUAGAAUAGAAGAAGUAGAAGUCAGAGUAGUAAAGCUCGUGGUAGACGUAAGAGUAGAAGUAAAAAAAAAUUGUAAGAGAAGCAAGAGCAGUGGAGGUAGAAGUGAAGAUACAAGUUAAAGUGAUAUAAGUAGUAAUUGUAGUGGUAGAACUGGGAUUUUGUUUGAAGAAUUAAAACAUACAUAAAUAAUGAGAAUAAUUUUGAAAUGGGAAAAAAAUUAAAUAAUUAGAAGUCCUAAAGUGUUAAACAGGUUUGAAGUAUCAGAAAGGUUUGAAUCAGUUUGAAUGAGUUUGGAUUUGUCUGAAGAAUUUAAUAAUGCAUGAAUAAUGAGAAUAAUUUUAAAGUGGGGAAAAGUUAAAUGAAUAAAAAUCCUGAGUACACCCCAUAAUGUCCUCAAUGAGCUGAAUUUUUAGAGCCUUGAAUGGUUUCUGUAGGUCAAAGUUUGUGGAAGGAGAUAGAGGCCCUGUGCCCUGGUGAAAGGUUUUAAAUGUAACCCCCAGUGCUCUGUGUACUGGGCCUGGCUUCAUGUGUCUCAUAUGGCCGCCAGAAGCAGCCUUCCACACAGGUGUGUGCCUCCAGGUGCACUAAUUUGUUGCCAUGGCGAAGGAAGAUGCGACACUGCAGCAGGAGAGAGGAGGCUUAACGCUGUCACAUGCGCACACACAUUGUCAGACUGUGUGUCUUGUUAAUCAGAACUGGUAGUCCUCGCUUUGUGGGUCUUUUCUCAUGGACCUCACAAAGCAGCAAGUACAGGGUGUGUGUGAGUGUGUGUGUGUGUGUGUGUGUGUGUGUGUGUUUGUGUGUGUGUGUGUUUUAAUUAAUGCAUCUUAACAGGUGUCAGAUAUCAAAGGCAUUAACUGACCUACAGUUUGAAUGAGAAACUGCUGAACUGCAGUGAAUUUAGGGCCUCUGAACUUCUUCACAUAGCGUGAUUUCAUUAAAUUCCAGAAUGAAAAUAAGAACAUCGUACGAAUCCUCCUCCCUUCAUGAACACAAUGAUGUGUUUUUCAUGUCUGUACUCCAAAAAAUGUGGCCACAACAGCGAGUUAAAAAGGUCUGAGCCUGAGUGAUGAUCAGGAUUUUCUGGGAGAAAAAUUACAUUAGGGUUAAUGGGAGAGAUUUCCGCCUAUUUGGACAGUUGGUCACCUGCUAGCCAAGGGGUACGAUUUAAUGAUUUGAAACCUCUUUUGUGAGAAGCAGGACACAUAUACCCCCAUUUUGAUGUAUUUUUUAUGGCUGUGGAGUGAAAUUUGUGGGCGUGGGAGCGAUAUGUUCGAGCGAGGUCUAUUGAUCAGAGAGGAGGUCUGCACUCUAGCUUUUAAAUCAUCACUCUAGCUCUUCCAAUACACACCCAUUAUAAAGCCUGAAAAUUUGCUGAAAACCAUUAGGUGCAUAAAGCUAAAUUGUGGAAAAACUGUAGGAGAUAGCACAAAAAAGUCGAUACAACAUAUUUAAAGGAGAAGAUUGUGAACUUUUUAAAGCAAAAAUGAGGUCUGUCGGUGAAAGUAUGCUGAAGUUAUAAGGCUGAGAAUGUGAAGGUGUAAAAGGUAGAAUUUGAAGAUUUCCCCAUCCAUUUUUAAUGGUAAAAAUUUUGCACAAGAAGUAAAAAAUAUCAAAAAGUAUAAGGGGUAGAAAAGUGAAAAAUACAUCCGCACUUUUCCUGAAGGAGAGGAAUAGUUUAAGUUUGAACGGUUGAAACCGUUGAAAGUGCCAAAAAAGGUACGGAAGAAUAAUAAUAACUAGAAAAAUUGCAUUUCCUUUCAGAAAAUGCGUGGAAAUGCUGAGUGCUGAAAGCUGAAAAAGCAAUGCUGCUAAUAAAACAUGGAGGAAGGUUUAAAUUUUAAAGCUGUUGAAGGGGUGAGAAGAAAUAUAAGUUGGAUAAUUGUUUAAUUGGUUGAAGGACAAAUAGUAUGAAUAUGCUCUAUAAAGGGAAAUUUUAUUCAUGCUGAAAGAGGCUAGAAAAAUGUCUAGUUUGAAUGAAGAAGGAAAUUGCCUUAAAAGGCAGGAAGGUGAGAAGUGGCAUAAGUUUAAGUUGUACUAGUAGUAUGAUUAGAAGUCAAGUAGUGAUACUAGUAGUCAUGUAAGCAGUAGAAGUAGUUUGAGAAUAAAAGAAGUAUAAGUCAAAGUAGUAGAGAAAGUAGAAAAAGUAGCAAUAGCAGCAGUAGAGAAAGUAGAAAUAGGAGCAAUAGCAGUUGAAGUAGAGGGGAAAGUACUAGUUUAAUUGACAUUAGCAGUAGUUGUAGUACUAGAGGUGGGAUUUUGUUUGAAGGAUGGAAUAAUGCAUAAAUAUUAAAACUAAUUUAAACAGGGAAAAUUUAAAUAAUUAAAAAUCCUCAAGUAUCAGAAAGUUUUUAAGUAUUAGAAAGGUUUGAAUCAGUUUGAAUGAGUUUAAAUUAGUUUGAAAAAUUAAAUGAUAAAUCAUCACUGAGUGACUUUAAAAUGUGAAAAAUUUAAAUGAAUAAAAAUCCUGAAUACACCCCAUAAUGUCCUCAAUGAGCUUAAAUUUUAAAGCACUGAAUGGUUUUUGUAGGUCAAAGUUCAUGUGAGGAGAUAGGCGCUGAAGUUUUUCAAGCGCUCUAGUAAAGGGUUUUAAACGUCACCCCCAGUGCUAUGUGUACUGAGCCUGGCUUCAUGUGUCUCAUAUGUUCCAUUGGAAGAAGCUUUCCAGUCAGCUGUGUGUCUCCAGGUGCACAAAUUGGUUGCCAUGGGGUCUGUAGAUGCAUAACUAUAGCAGGAGAAAGAAGGCUUGAUGCUGAGAAAAAAAAUCCCAAACUAUGCCCUGAAGCUCAUUCUCUGUAAUGGCUACAUUCAUGAUAAGAAACUUGUGAGAACCCCACGACUCUGCUGAAAAUAUUGAUACAAUAGAUUAACAAAAUCCUAAAUACACCCCAUAAUGUGCUCAAUGAGCUGAAUUUUUGGAGCCCUGAUGGUUUCUGUAGGUCAAAGAUUGUGGUAGGAGAUAGGGGCCUAAGUUCGUCAAGUGCUCUGGUGAAGGGUUUUAAAUGUAACCCUCAGUGCUGUGAGUGUGUGUGUGUAUUCUGUCAUCAUGGGUAUGUCAUAUCAACUUUCCAGACGGCUACCCAUGAUGACAUGUCGUACUGUUCUGACCCUCAACACUUUGUUUAGGCUCGUCUUGACCCUCGCAGAGACUAAAUGUCGCAACAGACAGAUAGUUCUGGUCCCUGAAAAGACAGCCUUGCUUACAACCUCAGGGUCAUGAGGCUGCAUGAGAAGGCCAACCUAGAUUAUUUUCAGCUUCUUACUAAAAGAUAAUGACUCUAUAUUUCUUAACCUAAAUGUAUGAAGAGAUUCUAUUACACAGUCCCCCCAUUUGAAAAUUCUUACUAUCAUAAAAACCUGAUCACCAUAUUAAACACUAACCAUCCUUACGUGAUUAAAAUAAAACAUGUACACUAAAUUCUAAAUGCUAUGUGUGUGAUUUGCUGCAUCUAAGACUUAAUAAUACCACAUGACAUGUGACACAUUGGAUAUGACAUGAAACAAAAAUCAAAAUGCAUUUACCAGUUAUAUGAAUUAUGCAACCUUAUCAAAUUGUGAUACAAUUCCCCCAAUUAUGGAAAAGUUAUAAAAUUGUGGUAUCAGCUCUCAAGAAGUGUAAUAAUCAAUGUUCAUUGGGUUGAAUAAGAGCUCAUAUUGAUGUUCAAUUUCUUCACCAUCAUACCACAGCUAGGAUCAUUUCAAAUUAUAUCAGCGCAUAAAUCUGAAAACCCUGCGCGGUUGUUUCAACAGGGAAAGAAUCAUACGGCCCUGCGCCCUUGCAACCAUCUAUGUUCUGGAUACGCUGACAUAAAAACCUUUGCGUAGUAAAAUUCUCAUCUUCUGGUAAUACCAUUAAUUUCAUUGUAGCAACCUAUGACAAACCUCUUGAUUAGUAUGUGAUUAACCCCUUGAUCAAUGUGUGAUUAGUGUAGUCCUUUAAACUCUGCGAAUGAACCAUGUUCAGUUCAAUAUCUCAGCUCACUGGAUAUGUUGUUUGUGUUGCUCAAAGUCCAUGGCUUAUCUUCAUCUCCUUCAAAGUCCAGGAACUGUUCAGGUCCCUCAGUCCCUCCUUCAUACAUCACACAAAUUCAAUCAAUCAGUCAAUCAAAUUUUAUUUAUAUAGCGCCAAUUCACAACAGCCGUCAUCUCAAGACGCUUUUCAAAGAACAAGAGCAGGUCUAGACCACGCUCAUUGUUUGAUGAUCAAGAACCAACCUAAGAUGGGUUUUGGCCCAUCUCAUCUAACAUGAGUAGCAGUGGCAAGAAAAAAAACUUGGCAAGAAAAAGAAACCUUGGGCAGGACCAGCCUCAUGUUAGACAGCCACCAUGCCGCUGCUGGGCUGGGGAGGAAUGUAGAGAGAUGGAGGGAGAGAGGGAGAGAUAGAGAAAAGGGCAGGGGGAGAGAGAGAGAGAACAAGAUAAGGAGAAGGAGGGAGAGAAUGAGUAAGGAGAGUGGGAGGGAGGUAGAAGGAGUAGAGAAUGAGGGUGAGAGAGACAGGGGACAUCAGAAACAACAGCAACAACAACAACAGCUCAUGUAAUGGUGAAACAAAAUGAAUUCAGUUUACAGGGUUAGGACAUGAGUAAUUAUGGACAAUGUUAAAUUAAUUAAAUGUGAAUACAGUCAGCAGGCCUAAUAGUAGUCAACUCUAGUUUUAUGUUAUUAAUGUCAGUGAGGCUGAUGUCCAUGUCUACGGUAACAGUCCAGAGGAAUCCAAGAGAAGAAGGAGCUCAGGGCCUGAGGUGGACAAUCAAAGACGAUGCGGCUAACAGUCCAGAGGAAUCCAUAAAUGUUUAGCCGCAGUAAAGCAUAGCUUUGUAAGUUAGCAAUUCAUGCAGUGAAAGAUUUAUCACAGUGCUUUUGAUCAUGAAAGCUCAUAAGCACAAGUAGUAAAGCAUUUUCCUAUAGAUUAGUGUCAGUGCAAAUUUUGUUGAUCUAAUUUUUUCUUGAGAGACUAACUUUCUUCCCCAAAAUGAUGUACCAAAUCAUGCAAUAACAUUUCAAAAAAGUUUUGACUCCAAGAUCUUUUGAUGGUGUUGCUUCCAUCCAUCAACUGAAUCUGUCAUCUUUACAAACAUGUAACAAUUCCCUUGGCAGUUUUAAUGAUGUCCACAUUGUCUAUGAAUAGAUGUCUAAAAGCGUCUCUCUGGAGCUGGGAAAGUGUCCCACUAAUGUUUUUUUUGGUCUCUUCAAUUGAUCUGAAAACACACAUCACAAUGACUCAAGAGUUUAUCAACUAUUGUCAUGUUUUAUUUCUCUCAUUAUCUACCCCCUUGCACAGUGUGAAUCACUGUGCAAGUCAGAUCCUGAGUUGGUUUGUUAAUACUACUGUAGCAAAAUAGUUAUUUGACUUAAAAACAUUUUCUGUGGCCUUAUUGGCCUUUGACAGCUUCCCAAUACUUGUACAUUAGGUGACACAUCUGUGAGGAGUGUAUGCCAAUUCAGCACAGCUGUAUUUGAAUUUAUCAGUAUUAAACUAACAGAAUCGGAAUGUUAAAACUAACAAUUAACUCUUUCCAUCAUCCACAAAAAUCACACUGUAGUAAGCCACCACUUUCACAUUGUCUGGGCUGGGGCCCCCCACCACAUCUCCAGCCAGAGGCAUCCCUGGUCUGGGCAGUUGUCAAAAAUGUCCAGUCUGAUCACACCCCCAGCAGGCCUUUAGAUGUCACACAUCCAUCAGAAUUCCACUCUCUCCCUCUGCCGGGAUAUAUCAUCUCUAUGGAGUAGGGUUCUGUCUGAGGAUAAACAUUCACAACAGGUGAUCAAACAGUUGGCAUCUGCACGGUCUGCAUCGCUGGGUCUCUUUUGCAGUGUCCCCCUUAGAGGUGGCUACCAUUGCAGCCUGAGUCUGUACUUUGUUUCUGCUUCGCAGUUCUUACAGCUGUAGCUGUAUCAACUUCCGCUGAAUGUUCUUUUCCUUGCUCUUUCAGUCUCCACUCUUCAUCUGGCAACACCCUCCACAUCACAUCACAAUAUGCAUUGAACUCACUCCCAUCUAUCAUGGGAUUCGUCAUCCAACCUUGUUUUGCCUUGUGCAGAAACUCCUCCAUUGUCUUAGUUCCCAGCCAAGAAUGCUUUCAUGUCUGGUGUAGUCAACAUUUUCCCUACAGUUCAUCCUCAAAAGCUUGUAUCCAUCUCCCUGCACCCUGUUCAGUUUGUGGUAGUACACAUAGCUAGCCUGUGUACCCUUUAUUAAGACUGAAAACAUACCAUCAGUGCAUUUUCAAGUGAACAUAAUCUAGGCCUAUAUCUAAGAUCAUACUUUGUACUAUUGGGUGACAGAGUUCACGUGGCAAGUCUAUGUUAUUGUUACCCAGAUUAAACCAAUAUGACUGUUCAGCAUUAUCAGCAUUAUCAUUCAUAUAACAAUUACUUACGAUCAUUACUUGGGGAAUCGGGCAAAGGUUUGUUGUGGGCUUUGUCUCCCUCAGCAAACUCAAAAUCACAUAUUAUAUCAACUUUCCCUAACAGAGAAGGAUAAUUUCCUAUGUUUUCUGAUACUGGAUUUGGCUGCAGAAUCUCUUUUCUGUUUUACCUAUUUUCCAUGUUUGUGACUUUCUUUUUUCCACCUUCUCCUUAUUGCUUUCUAGCUCUGAAAACCCAAUCUUUAAUUUAUUCAUAAAAUAGUGUUGGCCUUCACUUUUGAACAUGUCCAGUACUUUUAGUUCCAAAUCUCUUGUUUUUGUGUUUUUUACUUUUAUCUUUGUGUUAAUGGUCUUCACUUCGCUGCUCCAAAUCCUCACACACAUUCACAUCAGAUGUGCCUCCUCUAGGUUAUAAAAAUUCUAACCUCUUGACUCAAUGUCCCCAUUUCUUUGUAAGUUUUUGGAUAUCAUUUAAGUGUUCAGGAGCUCUACACCCUACCAAUGCAAUUGGAGUUAAACUAAUUUCCCUUUCUGGUCAUGGUUUUUGUAGAAUUUAUUAUUUCUAUUGAAUUACUUUGAUCAGCAGUGUUCCUGUAAACCUAUUUUUUCUUGCUAUGUUUUUAUUUUUGGAAAGAAAACUAUUAUUAUUAUUAUCAUUAUUGAUUGAUUUUAAUUCUUUAUUUCGUGUUAAAGUAUUCACACUAUGGAAAACAUCACUUUACUUCUCUGUCCCUUUUCACAACUUAAACAACUUUCAGUUACCCUUUGUCUGAUCUCUAAUCCAGAACACACAGUCACCCAUUGCCAAAGAUAAAGGGAAAAAAAAGAACAAUACAGACCCGACACAAAGUCAGGAUCUUUCUCUAUAUUUAGCACCGUUUUUCCAAGCCUUGCCUUACUUCAAUCACAGUCAAAGCCAUAAUAUUCUCAAUGUCAGUCUUUUACACACUCACUACUCAAACAGUGCACUUGCCACACCACAAUCUUAACUUGCAUCAGCCUUCAAAAUGCAACACUUCAACACUUCUUCAAAUGAACACACACACCAAAACCUGAUCCCCAGCAGUUUUGUGAAAUUCUCAGAAAUUACACAGUACAAAAGCUUUUGCAUUAAAUUAAGUCUCACAGCAAUAGUCAGUAUUGUUAUUAACAGUUUCAACAAUAUUUAAAAAACCACAGUAUUUUGACAGAUUCAGCAGAUGAAGCAACCCUUAGAUUUGAAGUUUUAGAAGUUUUGCACUUGUGUUACCUCAUUUCUUUUUGCCCUUUUUGUAUCUUUUAUAUUUUCACAAACAUUAUUUUAGCAGCUUUAACACAGAAAAAUUUUUAGGGAGCAUCAGACAUGUGCAAGCAUAAGCUAAAACCUUCAUAUCAGGAGUGUUCAUCAUGAUACUAGGAACAGAACCUCUUUCCUAGGAGUAUUUAACCUUCUAUGUCUCAACCAGUGGCGGCUGCUGGUCUUUCAAGGAAGGGAAGCUCAUUUUUCUGGCCAACAUCAUAAUUGUGUUUGUUUAUUUGUAUGUAACAGAACAGAGUCGCCAAACACAACGGCAGUAGUUUUUAACAAAGACAAAAGUCGCUGAGGAUCGGUAAAGUCUCUGGAGCAGUUAAGAACAACGGAAUGAAUAACUUGGAAAAUGCUUUGGUAGAUGUUUUAUUCUUCAAGAUCGCUGAUUCGCUUGUUUAGCUGUCAAUCAAAAAAGGAUUUCGCCUCAGACAGCUCAUCCAAUCAUGGGUGCAGAAGCUCGGAGUCCGGGAGAAAGUCGGGACCGCCCUCUCGCCAUAGAACUCCAGAGACGCCGAGCGUCCGAUGGGCGGGACAAAGCCCAGCAUUUAUCCAAUGAGCGUCUAGUUUCGCUGCUGGAACAACCCACUUUGAGCUUCCACAUUGAAGUCAGCAGAAGCCCAGCGUCCGGCUGUUUAAAGCGCUGAGGCGCUGCGAGGAUGAAUGAGAACGAAGUUGUGCAGAUAGGCUUCUUAUCACACUGUGAUAAGAAGCUGAUUCUGAACAAAAGAUGAAGGCUUUCUUGCGCGUAUUUAGUUAAUGAAAUGUACACACAGCAGUACGUAUUUCACCACAUUUUCUUUUUUUGGGGGGGUGACAUUUUAAGGGAAGCUGAGCUUCCCUUGCAGUCUUAGAGCAAUCGCCACUGGUCUCAACUGAUAGCAUGUCUGCAAUGAGCACAGUAAUCACAUAAACAACUAUGAACUAAACAAAAGUGAGGAAAACACAGCAAUCUUUGACUAACAUAACACACACACAGAUGCAGAGUCUGGCUGUGAACACUGCCAGGGAACUUGGUUGACACAGAAUAAAACAGACACACAAACAUCCGCUCAACCCACACACAGUGUGUUUGUCUUAAGUCUUAAGUGUUUUGUACUUUUUUAACAUUCCUACAAUUCCUGUGUUGAGGGUCAGUCCUCAGUUUUUAUUGUUGAUUCUUGUUUUGGUUUUUCCAAUUUGUGUGAUUUCUGUACAAUUGGUCAGAAGAUAUGGUACAUGCUUAUGCAAUUGGGAUCCCUGAAUGGGCUUUUCAGCCUAUCCUUAUUGACCUCUUUUUCUAUCUCCUGCUCAUCAAGCCAAUCUGUAUCUGUAAUGUAAGUCCAAGUAUAACACUGAUUUUGUGAGGUCUUUGCCUUUCGGCAAAAGAAAUAAAAUCAGAUAUGUAUUAGUGACUCAUUCUAAUUAUUUGGCCCUCUAGAGUCUGGAUCAGACUUUUCUGAGGAAAUAUGUCACUUUCGUUCUCCUUUUGGCUUUUUCUUUAGCCUCAGCGGAACUCCGCAUGACAAAUCCUCCUUUCUAGUGGAAUUUUCGAGAAAGAAAAUCCACGUAUGUAUUACUAGAUGAAUCUGCUCGUCCAUCGGCUACCACCUUUCAGAGCUCAUAAAAGAAUGACCUAAAACUCACAGUUUUCUCAACAAUUAUCCAGACCUCCUUAUCACCAGGCCUUCAGCCUAAAAAAAAACAGAAAACACAUCAGAACCUGGGCCAGGCUCUCUGCAGACCGGUCUCCACACAACUACUGGCCUAUGCUCCUUCGCACCCAGUCUAGCGGUCUCCCCAUAAACUACUGGCCUAUGCCGCUUUGCACCCAGUCUAACUAGCUCCACACAACUACUGGCCUGUGCCGCUUAGCACCCAGUCUAGCUAAUUCCACACAACUACUGGCCUGUGCACCCAGUCUAUCUAGUUCCACACAACUACUAGCCUUGUGCUUCUCCGCACUCAGUCUAACUAGCUCCACAUAUAACGGUCUUACACAACCCACUGCAGUUUACCCUAUAUUCAGCUGAUAUAUAUAUACAAUUUUAAUUGGCUUCCUCUCCCAAAUUUAGCACAUUUUGAUCCGCUGACUGCAUGCAUGCAGUUUUCUCAGACUGUCUUCAUUCCCACUGUCUCCUCUUAAUUCUAUUCUAGGUUUUUUUGAUUCGAAGAGGACAGAGAACAGUAGUCUGCACUACCUCACAGGGAAAAGAACACUCAAAUAAAUUUUAGGAGAUCUCCUACCUUUUUCUAAGAAGUUCGCAGAGUCACAGUCCCUUGUCCCCCGAUAUGAAUUCUGGCUAAGGCUCACCAUUAUGUUAUGGAAAAUCCAGCGUAAACUUAAUGCUUAAACAAUGCACAGGAGACAGGAUGAGAUCUGACCGUCCAAGUUUCUAAACAUCCUGCUGACAUUUAGUUGAACCUAAGAAAAAUUCAUGUACGGUAAGAACAAAGAAGGGGUAAUUUGACUUAUUUUACAAGUUUGUCUUGUAUGAAAUUAUCACCCACCUGGAGUCUAUCAGGGUUUUCAGGGCUAGGAGGCUAGGAAAUGCUCCUGCUGACAUCAGUUGCCCAUUUAGCUGCUUUACCCCUGAACAAAUAAUUCAUAACAUAGGUUAUCUUGGCCCUCUCGAAAAGAUAGCUACUUGGCUGCUGAUCAAAAACUAAAGAGCAGCGAAUUAAAAAACCACUACAACUACCUGCCUCCACCGUGUAGGGUUCAGGUGGAGGAACAAAAAGCUUUACUCUUUACUAGGAACGGAGGGCUGAGAAAAGGCUGCAGUAAGGGGGGGGGGGGGGGGGGGGUCUUCCGAUACCCGGAGUUUGGAAACCUGAGUUCUGAGUGAUUGGAGAACGUCCAUUAUUUCCUGAAGCAUUUGUUUAUGCUGUCCAAUACAAAAUCCUUGUGUGGAAAGGGCUGUUUGGAUGGCGUCUGGGUUUGCUGGAUCCAUGAUUGGCCAGAGUAUUCUGUGAUGAAUGAGUGUAGUGAUGGAGCCAGAAUGCAAAACCAGACAGGGGAAGGGUUUAACAGGUUUUAUUGAAAUUUGUGUAUUUCCACUUGAAGGAGAUGGGGUCCGGGAUGAGAGGUCCAGGUGAGAGGGAGAGUGCUGGGUGGCAGGCUGGCAAGGAGACUGGAGGGAGGCACUGGAAAAAAAAAACAGAAGAGAGCCAGGGUUUAUAACUAGAAAAAAUUUAAAAAAUCUUCAAAUGUAGAUUUAGAUAUCUCAAAACAUGUCCUGGAGCCAAGUACCGCUGCGUAAAGGCGAAAAUACUUUGGCGCUGAGGCAUGGGUCUGAAGCAGUCUUAAAGCCGGCUUGAUUGUGGAGCACAGACUGCUUGUGAUCAGCCUUGGAGCACAGGUGCACGCCUCUGAAAGCAGGCGAUAGACAGCAAGACAAUCCCGCCCAAAUUCAUCCAGUCAAACAAAACAAAGAAAAAUUCCAUGCUCACCACAGCUGGAUCUUAUUUCUAUCUAGCCAUUCCACUUAACAAGUACUGCAAGCAGGUAGACAUUUGCAGCACUCCUGUUAUCUACAGCCAUCAGUGUCAAUUCAUCCAAAUGAACAAAGAUUUCACUCUGUCCCUGCAGGAUCUGGUGACCAAUGUGUCUCCUCGUAUUGUGCGUGGUACCACCUCAGGUAACGUGUACGGUCCAGGUCAAGGCUCCUUCCUUAACAUUGAGCUCAUCAGUGAGAAGACAGCAGCCUACUGGUGUCAGUCUGUUGCAGAGCUGAAGAUGGACUUCCCCAAUAAUGUAAGUUUCUUUUCCUGGCAGCUGUUUGUUUCUUCAUAGUAAAUGUAAGCUUCUCCACUACACACAAGUGCAUUCAAUUGUGAAAUCUGUUUGUAAGCCGGUCAAGACUUUUACAAUAAUUUGAGAGUGUAGUACUGAUAAAAUACAUUGUUUAUUAAGCUAUGCUGUGCAAUACUCUGUUAAACUGUACAACACUCUGUGCAAUAUCCUACAGUGCAAUGGUGCAAACUGGUUUUGUAUACACUUCCUUCUCAUUGUGCUUGUACAUAGUUAAUUUCUCAAACACUGCAUUUUGUAAAUAGCUUUAUUUCUAAUAUUCUGCACUUUUGACAAAAUGUUGCAAUUUCUUAUUUAUUCUUCUUUCAUUCCUACUUCUGUUCUAGUAUUAUGACCCCCCCACCCCCUAAUAAAUAAAUUAUCCUGAUUCUGAUGAUCCUGACACUGAUAGCAUAAUUUAAAAAGUUGGAAUGUAGUCAAAUGAGUUCAAGUUGCAAAACAAACUGCAGGUCUGUCUAUAGGGCCAUUGAUUUGUGCAUUACACCACUGCAGCUGUGAAUGAAAACAGUUUAAUCAGUUUCAGAGCUCUUCUCACCAAGACUGUCAGUAUCUUGGCAGCAAAAGUUGUCCCAUGCCCAUGAGUUACCUUACUAAAUACAGUAACAUGUAACUGUACUGUAGUUUUCAAAUGGCUGUGCAAAUAGUGUAUAGUGCCCUCUUGAGCAUUUUUCUUGGAGAGUAAACUGUCAUAAUGAAAACAUGACAAAGCCAUUUGAUUAUCUUGUUCAUUAACAAUGGAGUCAGGACUUUUCAUUUUGAUGACACAGAUGCUUUUAUUGACAUGAAUACCUGCUUUUGAGUACCAAACUAUCCAUUUUGAGCAAGUGACACAAUAAUGCAGGUUAUUAUUAUUAUCUGCUACAGGCAACUAGCAGUUUUGCAGUUUGUACUUAUUGUUUUAAGAAAUGUACUGACUGUUGUGCAAAUUUGAGAAAUGCACCAAAGCUACUGAGAAAAACUGCAACUACAGCAGAUCUGUCAGUCCAAAUGUUAUUGUACCAAAUACAGACAUUCAUCUUGGGUCUACUUUAAGGGUUGGGCUCUGGUGUAUCGCACUGCUCUGCCUAUAGUUAUGCCGGUGCUGCCAAGUCAUCCCCCCUCCCUUAAAUUAAAUUGGUUAUCUGUGUCUAUGGCUUUGACGUGCACAUGUGAAAGGCACUUCCUGAAAAAACAGGACCUUUGCGUUUUCAAAUUACCUUUGGUAGGGGAGCGCAGUGGAGCUCUAAUACCAAAAUGGUAUACACAUUUUAAUUGUUCAAGUCUGAAUUUAGUUAGUUUGAUAGAUAUAAUAAUGAAUAAGUGUCUUUUUGACUCAUGUGUAUCUCAAACAAAUAUGAAAACUAACCUUUGUCUAACUAACCUUGUCCUUCUGUAAGGUGGUGAUCUCCAGCAUAAUGUGCAGUUACAACAAGGAGGACUGGACUGAACUCGCCAAGAUGGCAGAGGUGAGAAGGAUUAUAUGCCAAUAACAAAAUUCUCACAGUUAAGAGAAUGCGACAAAUCAAAGUAAUGUAUGUAUUUAGAAAUCAGGAGCAGAUGCUUUGGAGCUGAACCUAUCUUGUCCUCAUGGGAUGGGGGAGAGAGGCAUGGGACUGGCCUGUGGACAGGUAAACACACACAUGUGUAGACAGUGCAUCAUAUACUUUGAAUAGGCAUUCUGCAUACAUACAUGUACACGCUGUCUUGCUUAUAUUACAGCAGCCACAGUCUAGUGUAACCUCCAAAAUGUGAUUAUUUUUUGUGUUUGACAUGAAGCUGUUUUCUUGUGUCUUAAUCUUUAGGACCCAGUGUUGGUGCGUAAUAUCUGUCGCUGGGUACGUGCAGCCAUUUCUAUUCCUUUCUUCGCCAAACUGACACCAAAUGUUACCAAUAUUGUUGACAUUGCCAAGGCUGCCCAUGAAGGUAAACACACUUUCUUCUUCCUUUCCUUUCUUCUCUGUUUUCUUCUUCUGUUUCUCUAUAUCAUUGUAAAAUUCAAAUGAAAUUGUGUUAAUGAGGCAGACAUGGAACAUGUGCAUUGCUGUAACUGUUGAUUUAUAGGUGGAGCAGAUGGAGUUACGGCCACAAACACAGUCUCAGGUAUGAUGGGACUGAAGGCUGAUGGCUCCCCCUGGCCAAGUAUUGGAAAAGGCAAACGCACCACAUAUGGAGGAGUGUCUGGUAAGGAUAUAAAUCAUAGACUGUAUACAGUAUGGACAACUUGUCUCCACCUCCUGUCAUUGGAUGAAUUUGAAGCCAAAUUGCUCUGAGUAUGUCCGCGAUUUUCUACAUUUCCUGGAACUGGCAUUUGCACAGAAUCAUUUGCUUUGCUCAAACAGCAUACCCCCCAGAUGAUCUACUCAGUCUUCAUACACCCAUGGGCUGUUUCAAAUGUAAAUCAUUUAAAACAUAAAUCCCUUAUAACUUUUAAAAAUGGAGCUGCCAGAAAAAAGAGGACUUGAGCACAAACCAGUCUUACAAUAACUACAUAUCAACAUCCAAACCAGGGGAAAAAAUUUUAUUCUGUGUUAUUAAUUUCAAAAUUUUGUCCACAGCUUUGUUAAGUCUGCUGGAGGAGGCUGUCUAUGACCUAUCCUGCAGCCUGUCACUAGGGGAUGUUGUUUUCCCAGAGGUUUCAACCAGCGGGGAGGCAGAGAAUGUCCAUUUUAUAUACAGUCUAUGAUUAAACUCAACCUAAACUCAACUCCUUGAAACUGAUCAUUACCAGUUUAGUUAGUAUACAGUAAUACUUAAGGGGGGUAUCUAUUAGGGUUGAAGUGAUACUAAAAUUUUUGGUUACGACACACGAUAUUCAACUCACGGUAUGAUAUAUAUCACAAUAUUGGAUUGUGCGUUACCUUGUCCAGGUGGUGACAUUUUAUGUGCGUUCGUAGGUUGUUUGCAUUUCCAGUAUAUUUUACUUGUGUGUCACAGCUUGCAAAUAGCAAAGCUUUUAUGUACAUUGACGUUUUCCUUCUUCCUUUUAAAAUAGAAGUGCUCCCACACAUCUGGUUUUAACUAGGGAUGCACCAAAAUGAAAAUUCUUGGCCGAAACCAAAAACUGAAAGAAAUUAUUAUGCCAGUUAUUAGCACCAUUACAUUGAUGUCUAUGACUGUGUACUAAUCUUACUAAAAUAAAGGCAAAAUUGAUAUCAAUAUUAUAAAUUAAUAUUAAUCAAUAUCAAAUACUAAAAUAAUAUUAAUUUAUGCAAUUGCAAUUUGAGUUUUGAGUUUUGAAGUCAGUGUGUUGCUGCAUGUUCUGAGUGGUCUAUAGCUUUAGAUGUGUAGUAAUUUGAAUUUAUAAUAAAUGUCCUAUAAUUAUAGAGUUAAAUUAUGACAUUUAUGCACUCAUUGAAAAAGGCACCACCCAUUCUUUGCCCAGGGAAAAAAGAAAGAAGACAAAGUUUAAUUUAGUAAUGAAACAUUGAAUCAGUCUUAAACAGAUUCAAAUCAAUCUUAUAUCUGAGAGCGGAAUUCUCAUUUCAGGGACUUCGCUUCUGAAAGGACCACUAAAAGAUGACAACUUAAAAUUAAAAUGGAUACUUUAUUGACAAAUGCUAGGUGAUGACAUAAAUUCAAUAAAUGAUGAUCAAAUAAUGAGAAAAUAAAAGCACACUUAAUGGAUGAAUGGAGGAAUGGUUUGAAUUCAGCUAAGACUGGAGGUUAAUGAUAGUGAGUGAAUAAGGAGAAAUUUAACCUAACGGUGUUACUAGGAUAAAUUUUGAAAGAGGAAUUUGGAGAAACUGAUCCAUAACUAAGAAUGUAAGCUCUGAACGCAUGACAACAUCACCCUGUUCUUCAAAGAAUGUCGAGGGGUUUGCCUACUUAUUUGAUGACGGUUCUCAGUGGGCAGUCUUGGAGUGGAUCAGCUGAAGGUCCAGACUACUGGCUCUGGUACUUGGAGCAGACCUUUACCGACAAUGGAUCUUAUGUCACACACAAGCGCGUGACACUGACACCCUGUGGAUCCUUCAGCGUUCCUCUUUCGAUAUUAUCUUCGGGUGUCACUUUAGCGAACCAAACAAAAUAACAAACUUAGACUUUGAUAUUCUAUGCGUGCAGCUAAUUACUAAUGCUGUAAAGAAACUUGGGCAUGGCUUCAUCCAAUUUUCUAAAAGGCUGAAAACUUAAGGCAAAUUAAAAAAGUGCAGGGAAAAAUUACAAGACGAUGAAGGCGAAGACAAAAACGCCAACAAAGGGAAAAAAAAAACACAGGAGAGCAAGUGGCGUAAGCUUAGCACUUUUAAGCCAUUCGUAUGGGGCAUGAACUGAAAGAGGGGGGCACUCGUGCACCCUUUGUUCACAAUGCAGGCCCAUUGGCUGGCAAGUGAAUUAAAUUUAAUGGGGUAUUAAUAAGUGAGUUAGAUCUAAUUUACUCACCCACUAUGAUUGAUGCCAUUUAUCAAAUGACAUACAAUCUAGUUUCACUUCACUGUUUCUCAUGAGCAGAUGCAUUGAACCAUGACAUUUAAUGUAAAGCAAACUUUGAUCAGCCGUUUUCCUGGUAAUCUAUAACCUGAGGAUUAACAAACUCUGUUAAAGUUAGAGGGAGAUAGGACUCAAAUUAUCUUUUCUAACAGAAACACCAUCAAGCAUGAGAAACACAUACUUGAUAACACUUAAUUUGAAUAUAACCUUGUCAAUCAAUAAGUAAAUGAUUAAAAUAUAUAUUCUGGUGAGGUAGACAAAACAUAGCAUUUAAAUGUUCAAAACAUUCUUAACUCAAGUAUAAAAGAGUUUUCAGUUACUAUUUCUAAUAUUGCUAACCUAUUUUGGGAAUACCAUCCACUAAGCUAAAAAGUAUAUAACAUGCAACAUAAAUUCAAGGAAUACAUAUUUGGAUUCUGACCAAAACCAUAUUCAGAAAACACCACUAGGAGGAGCUCUUGGUCCAUGGAAAACCUGGAAUAAAUUUUUGAAGUUGACAGUUUGGCUUAUAGACAUGCUAAACAAAUGAGACAAAGAUUGUUUCACUGCUGAUGUGGUGUACAGAUAGAAAAUCCUGGUUAAGUGUCCAUUAAACCUGAAAUUAAACCAUUUGCAGUUAUUCUCUUCAUUCUGCACCUAAAGAGAGUCACAGGAAAAACAAGCCACUCAGAGAAUUUAUGGCUGGGAUCUGUUUCAGGGAUAGGUGCUCCAAAUGCCCUCUUGGGUUGAGUUCUCAUGACCCCCGGGAUCAUUCUUAAGGCUGAGGUGUCAACUAUGGGCUAUCCCAGCCAAGGUGAGAAGGUGAGAAGGUGAAUGUUUAUUUGGUCUGGGAGUCCUGUUGUUGAUCAGUAACUUUGUCUAUUUGAAGUGUAAAAUAUUCACCAUUUGCCUUUUGGGAGAGCACCUCUUGGUUCUUUCCAGGGGGUUGUGAAAGGCCAUUAUUUUGGUGUGAAAAGUUACUCCCUAUCUCUCUCUACUGACCAGGGGACUCUGCAUUCCUUUGAGGGUGAAUUAAAGGUGAAAAGGCAAAAAAAUCUGGAAACAGCAGUUAAUCCAGGGAGGGUAGUUGCGUCUUGUUUAGAACUUGCUACUGGCUAGAUCUACUCUACCUGUUAAGCCUACUAAAUAUAAGCAUGCAAGGUUACGGGAAACAGUUCAAUCAAGUCGUUUACCUGGUCUUUCCUCUGGUUGUCUACGGAAUCGUAGCCUAGCACUACAUUGAUCUAUCUUGUACUGCAAGGACCUUCCACAUUUGGCGUAUAUGAAUGCUAACCUGAAGGUGAGGAGGUACCCUAAUAUUAUAGUGGUGGCUAACAGGGUGUCUGGGGUGGACCAGACAUAGACUAUGGGUUAAAUAGGGGCCUCUCUUGAGAUCUCAUGUCUACAAGUAUAUUAUCAUCAGGAGUUAAAUCAGUGGUCUGAGUCCCUUCAUAUUGGAUCUCGGAGAUGGUUUUAAGAUCUAACUGGAGUGCAUGCUUGCUGAAAAACGCUGGUACUUCAACCUCUGUUUCAGGUUGGUCAGGGUUAAGGUAAUGGAGGGCAAUGUCAUCCACAUGGAGAAUGGCAUUUGGCAGCACCUCAAUCCACAUGGUCUGAUCAAGUAAGGGAAUGCUUGUGGCAGUGUCGUGUUGGUCAUAAGUUACCAACACGUCUUAGUCUUAGUGGGGUUGUUGACUAGCCAAUGGUGACCCACCAUUUCUGCUUGCAUCACAGACACCUGUGCAAGGGGUUUGGCUGUGGUAGGGCAUCAAGUGCUGGACGUCAUGGGUGUAAGACCACAGUUGCCACACCUUGUCGCCCACCUGGAGUUCUUGUUGGGAGGCUUUUUGGUCAUGGUAAGACUUGUGCCCUUCUGCACUUUUACUGAGAUGCUCUUGGGUAAAGGCAAAGGUUGCCUUCAGGAGCUGGUGGAAGCCAGUCAUGUAUUGAUGGGUCGUGUAGGCUGUCGCACUGCUGGCCUCACCCGGCUGAUAGAAAAGGUGCAGAGGCAGCGUCAUCUGUCUGCCUGUCAUCAGCUAGAAGGGUGAGAACCCAUUUGACUCAUGUUGAGUCGCCCUGGUGGCCAUUAGGAACAAGGGAAGCUUAACAUCCCAGUCCUUGUGGUUGGCCAACACGUACUUUUUCAAUAUAGUUACCACUGUUCGAUUUGCUUGUUUGACCUGUCCAGACGACUGGGGGUUGUGGCUGAUGUGGAAGUUGGCUUUGAUACCUAACAGUUACCACAGUUGUUGCAUGACCUCUGAUGUGAAGUGUGUCACUCAGUCAGAGUUGACACAACUUGGGAGUCCAAACCACGAGAAGACAUGGUUCAUCAAGAGGCAGGCUGUGGUCUGGGCCAUAGCCUACCCACUUGGUAAAUGUGCAGACAACUGUGAGGAAGUAUUUCUUCCCUCUUGCUGACUCGGUGAAAGGGCCCAUCCAAUCGAUCUGGAGGUCUGACCAGGGACAUGAGAUACCUCUGCAUUGUAGAGGUGCUCUGUGAAGUGGAUUUGCCAGUUGGAAUUGGCAGCAAACCAAGCAUCCUUUGAUGUAAUCAGCUAGAUCUUUUUGCAUUUGUGGCCAAUAGGCCACCUGCUGGAGUACGUUGAACAUGGCUUUGUUUCCCCUGUGUCCUGCGCAUGGUGAGUUAUGGGUGUAUGUUAACAUCACCCCCCUGCGGCUGCGAGGCACCACCAAGGCAGGUGAAGUGAGUGCAUCGGAGACAAAAACAAGGAAGUGCUUGACAAAUUGAAGCGAAGAACACGCAGGAAAGAGAUGGCGCAGGUCAGGGAUGGAAUUAAGCAGAUCAGGAGCCAUAGUGGAGUUAGAAGUGGAGUUAGGCUCUGAAAGAUUGGGCUCUGGUGAUGGCACAAACCACAGGCUCAGACAGCUGGGGAAAAACAGAGGGCCCAAAUUGCCAGUGUGAGCCAGUUACGGCUCCCUGUUUGGCCGAAAAGUCAGCCUGGUCAUUGAACAUCUUGUCUGGGCCAGGGACACAAGAGUGCCCCCUGACUUUCUACCAGUAGACCUGAAGAUCAUGUUUAGUUAAGUAGUCACAUGCCAGGAACAGUUCUUUGUUUUUGACCGGCUUUCUGUUCAAGGUCAAGAGACCAUUACGGUUCCACAGGAGCAGAUGGCACGAGAAACAGACAUGCAUAGUUAGAGUCUGUACAGAUCGUCAAGGCGUGGAUUUUGUGUUCUACAGCAAGUUGCAAAACAAUCAGAAUGCUUGCCAUUUCAGCGUACUGGGAUGUUUGGGUCCCCAGUUUGAAACUGAGCGGUUCACACAGUGUGUUGCCGAACCAGACGACGCCUACGCUCGGACAAUCGUGUCAUGAUGAUAUGAACAACCAUCAACAUAUGUUGUAAUCAUGUCUUUGCAGAUGUUGUCGUCAAAGUAUCGGUGGCAAGAUUGUUGGUGGUUCCUGGUCACAGUUCGGGGACCCUGUGUCCAAGCCAUCUGUCAAGCAGCUUUGGCAUGCUGCGAGUUCCAUACCGAGAGGUGUUUUGGGAUUUUGUGCAUAGUGCACCUCAAUGUCAAAGCUCUGAAGGGCCAUAAGCCAAGAUGCUACAUGAGCAUUGGUUACAACACUGUCUCUGACCCUUUGGCUGUUAAGGAAGGUUACUGGUUGGUGGUUGGUUUCCACAAUUACCUUUUGGCCUCCAAGAUAAUUCAAAAAGGGCUUUACUGCCCACACAGUGGCAAGAAGCACUUUUUGGUGCUUUUGGUGCAACAAGGUUUUGCUAGCAUAUGCUACGACCGGCUUAUCUGAGUCAUGGAUCUGGUACAGUCCUGCAAUGAGGCAGUGACUACAGAAGCCGACCUGUAGAUAGAAUGGUCUGUUGCAGUCUUGGUAGGCAAGACAAGAAGCUGCACAAAGUCUGUCUUUCAAAGCUUGCAUGGCUUGCUGUUGGGACAGCCCCCAAGUGAAUGGCACCUCCUUUUUCAGCAAGUUGGUGAGGGGUUUUGCCAAGUCUGCAUAGUCCUCAAUGAACUGCUGGGAGCAGUUGCACACUCACAUUUUGACAGGGAUGUCUUGGCACCGGCAUUUGUGAGCUGGUGUUGGGAUGCGGACAGUGUGGAUAGAGGUUAAGCCACAGUCAAGCGAGUCUUUUGCAAAAGAGGCUCAAUGUUAGUGCCAAAGGUUGCAAAGUUUUUCAUGCUCCUCCUUUCAAUUUAGGGCGUCAGUCUUGGCCAAGAGUUGUUCCACUUUGGUGUCAAAGUCUGGAUCUUGCUCUGGUGUUGGCAUGGUUGGGGAGGUAGAGGUUUCUACCCCUGGAAGUACAGGGGCCGUUUCUGGCUCCAAACUGACAUUUAGGACUUUCACUGUGUGCAGAACCGUCUGUGAGUCCUCAGAGAGGUCAACCUGACAGAUGGUGUCAUGGUCCAGUGGUACAGUUGGCAAGAGCGAUAUAGCCCUGGAAGGUAGGGUAUGAAAGACCUGCUCUGGUGAGUGGUCUGAGAUUAGUGAACGAGGCAUUUUUCCUAUUACAGGAAUCCUCAAUUUGAAGUUGUAGAAUGAAGUGCUGAUCAGCAGGAUGGAUUUUGGGAUCAGAAUAUUUUCCAAUGUCGUGUUUUGUACAAGCAAGUGUGUGAAUCUAGAGUGAAGCUCUAAGAAAGGGGUUGCCUGAGUAGACAGCCUGAGUUCAAGAAAGAGCAACAAUGGUAGGAAGAAGGCUUGAGUGCGUGACAGCUGUUGUCCACGUUGUGGGUCCAAGCAAAUGGGCACGCCUUUAGUCAUUGCAGGUAUGAGAAUGUUGUGUUCAUUGGACACCUGACAGGCUUCAGGGAUUGACUGUCCUGAUUUGAUGUGAUCGGUAUCAGGAGUCUGGGUUUCUUAGAUAGGGUGUGUCGUUGUUUGGCGAAGCCUUUCACAGCCAGUUCACAGAGCUGUCUGCUGUCUAAGGUUCAGGGACAAGCUGCAACGCCAAGGUGAUGACUCGUGGUGGGAUGGAGGUUUUGAAUGCACAAGGUUUUGAAGUUCAGGUCCUCUUCCAUUUCAGGUUCAUUUCGACUACCAAAGUAAGCCUGGCGCAGCUGACCGUAGUAUGACUGGGGAGAUUCCUGUCUCUCCUGUUUGACUAACAGUGCAGCGGCUAAACCAGUCGGUGUUAGUGAGUCAGAGAACUCAUCAAUUAAUGCCUGACACAGCAGGACAUAGUUGUUCUUGACCCAACAGGGUUGUUGUCCAAUGAAGCUGCUAACCUCUCGAUUGGAGGUAGCUUUGAUCAAGUAGAUUUUGUCAUCAACAAGAGCACCUGGAAACUUCCUCAAGUAGAAGCUGAUGUCUUUCAAGUAGGUGUGUCGAUCUUCUGGACCUUGCGACUGGGUUCACAGCAUGUGAUAUUACAAUCCAUGUUGUCAAGAUCUCUGUCUGAGGGAUAUGCAGCUUGAUGAGCAGCGGGUGUGGACUGAGGUUGGUAGCUCAGAGAUAACCUCGUAGGGUCAAGGGAGUAGCGGUCAUGCCAUUGUAAAUGAUACCCAGCAGGUGUUGGUUGGGAGAGGAGCGACUAAUUAUCCCCAGGGGCCUGUCCGGUGUAAUUAAUCCUUGAUUGACCCGGAUGUCCUUUGGAGAUACGACCCAGUUGAAAAGUGGGGUAUUGGAGCACCUGUUGAUCACCUAGUGAUCUUUGGCCACUCUGAUCUUGAUGAUGUUGGCCCAUACUAACUUGUCUUUGAGUCUCUAAGAGCAGUUGCUUUAAAUUCAAAGAAUGUCUCCCUUAGGCUUCAAGGGCCACAUUUUUUUGCUCUCGAACUUGGCCUUCCAGUCCCUCGCCUCAGCUGAGGACUGAUCUAAGCUGAUCUGUAUUCUUGACUGAGGAAGAAGAAGAAGCAGAAGAAGAAGAACUUUAUUAAUCCCUGAAGGGAAAUUCAGUUGUCUGUUGUCUCACUUGACAUGUCUCUUAAAGUUAUCUACAAUUUACACAAGAGUUAUAAAGUCUGAUGGCUGUUGGUACAAAAGAUCUUCUGAAUCGCUCUGUCCUGCAGUUAAGAGAGAGGAGCCUUCCACCACCACCAGCCCUUUGGUCCAUCAAGGUGUUGUGAAGUGGGAGAUUCAUGUGCUUGAGAAUAGUCUCCACCUUCCUCAGCGUAGAUCUCUCCACCACAUCCUCCACCAAGUCCAGCUUGAGUCCAACCACAGAGCCAGCCUUUUUCACCAGUUUGUUAAGACGUCUUGCAUCUUUUGUUUGAUGCUUCCUUCCCAACAGACUCCAGUGUAGAACAGAACACUUGCCACCACAGACUGAUAAAACAUCUGCAGCAUCUCACUACAGAUGUCUAUCCAUCGGAGUCUUCUCAGGCAAAAGAGGCAGUUCUCAGCCCCUCUCUGUAGAUGAAGUCUGUAGUCUCAGACCAGUCCAACUUAUUAUCCAGAUGUACACCUAGGUAUUUAUAUGAUGUCACCACUUCGAUGUCCACUCAACAGGUGUUUACUGGCUGAAGAGGGGGUUUGGAUCUACGGAAGUCUAUGACCAUUUCCUUUUUCUUUGUGGUGUUGAGGAGGAGGCAGUGUUUGUGACUUCAGACACUGAAGGCUCUUAUCAGUUCUCUGUAUUCAGUUUCUUGUCCAUUUCUGAUACAUGCCACAAUAGCAGUGUCAUCUGAUUAUUUCUGGAUGUGGCAGGACUCAGUGCUGUAUUUAAAGUCUGACGUAUACAGUGUAAACAGGAAUGGUGCCAGCACUGUCCCUUGUGGAGCCCCUGUACUGCUCAUUAAUGUCCCAGAAACACAGUUCCCCAGCUUGACAAACUGUGGCCUUCCUGUCAGGUAAUCUGUGAUCCAGGAAACACAGGAAAGAUCCACUCCCAUCUCUGUGAGCUUGUCUUUAAGUACGGUAGGUUGGAUGGUGUUGAAUUUACUUGAAAAGUCAAAGAAAAUGAUCCUCACAUAAACCCCAGGUUCCUCCAGAUGAGACAGGGCACGGUGAAGCAUGUAGAGGACAGCAUCCUACAUUCCAAUGUGUUCUUUGUAUGCAAACUGCAGGGAGUCCAGUUUGUCUUUGACCUCAGACCUCAGAAGGCAUAGAAUCAGUUGCUCCAGGGUUUUCAUAAUGUGUGAAGUGAGGACCACUGGUCUGUAGUCAUUGAGUUCAGCAGGACAUUUUGUUUUUGGUACUGGCACAAUGCAAGAUGUUUUCCACAGAGUAGGUUCCCGCCCCAGCUGUAGACUCAGGUUGAAGAUCCUGUGGAGAGGUUGACACAGUUCUGCAGCACAGUCUCUAAGCAGCCUCUGGACCAGCUGCCUUCCCAGGACAAAGUCUUCCAAGCUUCAUCCUCACCCCUGUUUCGGUGACAGACAAGGACUAGUGUUCUAGGAGGGAAGCAGUUGAAAUGGUUGAGACAUUUGAAUGAGAUAGAGGAGUAAGGGGAGAAGUUUAAGUGGAGAUUUGUUGCCGAGAGGAAGGUGGAGUAGCAGUGGAAGUGGGUGUGACAGCAGUGUCAAAUCUGUUGAAGAACAGGUUGAGUUUAUCAGCUCUUUCCAGAUCACCCACCACUGGCUGUUUUUUCUUUUUAUUGCUGUUUCCAGAGAUGAUACUGAUUCCUCUCCACACUUCAUGGAUGUUGCUGUGUUGUAGAUUCUUCUCUAUCUUCUUUUUGUUCUCCAGCUUUGCCAUCUUCAGUCUCCUCUUCAACUUUUGUUGCACUUGUUUGAGUCAUUCUUUGUCACCAUCUUUAAAAGCUGUCUUUUUCUGGUUAAGUAUUGCUUUUAUGUCUCUUGUGAUCCAUGGUUUGUUGUUGUAGAAACAGCGAACAGUCUUUGUGGGUAUAACUGUGUCUCUACAGAAGUUGAUAUAUUCAGUAAAGCAGUCAACUUGUUUGUCAAUGUUCAUACUAUCCACAUCUGUUUCCAGCAGCACAUUCCAGUCUGUUGAUUUAAAACAGUCCCUUAGAGCUUCACUGGCUUGAGGUGUCUAUCCUCUGAUUUUGACUUUGGUCACAGGCUGCCUCAGUACAAGUUAUGAUCUGACUUGCCCAGUGGUGGUAUGGCAGUGGCUCUGUAGGCUUCUUUGACGUUGGCAUACAGCAGAUCCAGGGUUUUGUUUUCUCUGGUAGGACAGUUCACAAACUGUGAAAAUCCAGUCAGGUGAGAGGAAAGGAUGACAUGGUUGAAGUCUCCUAAUAUUAUUAUUAGUGCCUCCGGGUGUUGAGUCUGUAGCCUGGCAACAAUAUUAUGCAAAAGAUCACAUGGAAUUUAUUCAGUUGAUUUGGGUAGGAUGUAAACAACUACUGCUAUGAUAUGACUGACCAUAACAUGUUCCAUAACAUAUUCCAACAUGUUCUUGGAACAUAAUAUAGCCAAAAAGCAACUGCCAACAGUUCAAUAUCUGGACAACACAACCUAUCAUUGACAGUCAUGUGUGAAGGGUUACACCAUCUCUGGUUGACAAAUAAAGCCAGACCCCCUCCUUUCUUCUUGCCACUCACUUUCGCAUCUCUGUCUGACCUUAAGAGAGUGAAGCCAGGUAGCUCCACACUGGAGUCUGAGUUGUAGUAAAACACAGGAAGCUGCACUCACAGAAUUCUUCCUCAGUCUUCACCAAUAGCUCCAGCUCAUUGCUUUUGUUGGGCAGAGAGUUGACAUUUCCCAUGAUGAUUGAUGAAAGAAAGGGUUUAUAUCGCCACCUCCUAGCAUUCAGCUUUGUCUUCACUUUUGCACCAGCACAGCAACCACAAUAACACCUCCUGAUGUCCUCUGGAAUUGUAUGUUGUUGUCUAGAUUUGCUUUUCCUCAAUGAAAGGAGCUCUCUCUUGAGUAAACUCUUCGCCCAAGAGAAGUCCAUCAGCAGCCAACAAAAUGACAACAAAAAUAUGAAAAAAAAUCUAGCAAAAAUUACAGAUAAUACAAAGAGACCAGACUUGCAGCAACCUCUCAGUUCAAGCACAUCAUUCAGCUCCAUUUCUUUGCAAGAAUUCUUGAAUUAGUAUCCAUAAGCUCAGCUUCCCUUCUCUCAAGGGUGUCAUGCAAGUUUGAGAUUUGGUCUCUUAAAGAAGAGUCUUCUUGAUCUGGUGGGUAUGGAGGCUCUGUUUGCAUCUCAGCCAAGCAGUCUUGAGUCUGCUUUAGAGUUCUUUCGGUGUCCUCCAGCUCCACUUUGAGAUCACCAAUUUCGUUCAUUUGUGCCUGUAUGUGUGAUUUGGCACUGUUGAUGUGUCUCAAUCUUCUAGGUGAUGGCUGCUGGAGCUGUCCCACUGGGUAUCUUGACAGCUGCUAAGCUCUACUCUAGGCACUACUAGCUUUGUUGGGCCUUGUCUAAGUCUAAGUGUAGAACCUUUGAUGGUGAAAUCAGCAAUCGGAGUCAAAUCAGGAGAUGAGGCUGUCCAAGUUGCAUCUAAGACACUUUAUUUAGCAUGUGAAUAAACAAAGUCAGUGAGAAUAAACUCUGCAGAAUUCAGACUGUGGUAACAGAGAAAAAUCCCCUUCUUAUAUACCAUUUCCAAUGGGCGUUCACUUCCAAUUUUGGUACCAACCCUUUUUCUUUAUGUAAGUUCUUAAACCCUCAUUUCUAAUGGUGUCUGGGCAAGGCUGAUAAGGCAAAGCCUCUCCCUGCUGAGCUCAGCCAACAGGUGUUUGUUUUCUAAUGGUGUCUUGAGACUUCACUAGACAUAAACAAUACAAGGCCCUUCAAUCUGGCAUCAGGGUGCAUUCCAUACAGACCAUUAUUUAGCAUCACUAUGACCGUAAAAGUACCCUUCUCUGGUUUCCAUGAGAAGGCCACCUGCACACUACCUAUCAACAUGCUUAAAACUGGUUCAACUUUUCCACAAGCACAGCCUAAACGUUUUCCUAGUCAGGAUGUCUCUUGCAUGCUUGGCAGUGACUCCGGGCUUUAGCUCAUAGCAUAAAUUCAGAAUAGCAGGUGCACAGCUUGUUCCAAGAGACAGAGUAGUUCAUUUUAUAACAUUUAAUAAAUGACUCUACAUCGUCUAUGACUUCAUUCUGUCUUUUGAGUUGGACAGACAUCACAAUAGCCAAGUGUGCUAAAGCUCUGGGGAGGUCUGUGCAACCCAAUCAAUCUCAUCAGCCAUUAUGUUUUCAAGCUCGCUGGCAUCGAUGCCAUUAAUUUCGGCUAUGUAGCCUGGGAGUAGCUGCUGAGUCAGAGUGGACAAUGCAGGCUGUAGCUCAUCAUGGAAUUGUUGCCAACUAGUCUCUUUAAGUUCUGCCAUGUUGGCCAAGUAGUCAGGGGCAAAAACAACUCAAACGUCAUACAUGAACUUGAUAAGAUACUGUAUCAUUCUUUGAUAGAUGAUUGAAUUUUUGUAGGAAAGUGCUCCUCCCAAAAGUCUAGAAAAUGACUGUCAAAAUGUUUGUAGGUAAUGCCAUCAGACCGAUUGCUCUCAGAGCAGUGUCAGCCAUUGGCAGAGCCAUUCCUGGUUACCCUAUUUUAGCCACAGGAGGAAUCGACUCAGCUGAUACUGGACUACAGUUUCUUCAUGCCGGGGCCUCAGUCUUACAGGUGAUUAUGAGGCUCUGACACCUUUUUGCUGCAUUUCUUAUACUCUGUUAUCACAUACACGUCUUAAAUCAUCAUUAUGUUCCAGUUAUCAAAGAUAUGGUUUCAUAUCAUAAAUGAUCAACACUAACUUACUAUUUUUACUGUACUACCUCUGAUGUCUACGGAGCCCCUAAGGGGACAUGUAGGAAAAAUUUAUUUUUUGAAUUUUAUCGAGAUUUUUUGCGUGAUCUCGCAAAACUAUUGCGAGCUCUGGCACAAACACACAGCAUUACAUUCAUUCAUUUAUUCAAUUCAAAGCUUUGCACACUAAAGCCUUAGGUUGUCUUUAAUAGCUUUGCCUGUUUUACAUCUAUUGUCCACUUGAUGGCACAGUAGAGCAAAUGAAGCACAAUAAUAAAGCUUCAGCCCAGGAGUCGAGUAAUUGGGUAUAAAACUUCAAUGCUUCAAGAGGCUUCAUCUCACCAUCACUAGCAACAAACCUCUUCCCCUUCCGUGUGCGUUUCAUCAUUUGGGUUGACUGGACACCGCAGAAAUACACUGACCUUUAACCUUUUGACCAAUAACCCUUUGACAACAAUGCAAGGGCUUGCAAAUGUUUUGCAAGAUCUCACAAUAGUUUUGCGAGAUCUCGCAAAAAAUCUCGAAAAAUCUCGAUAAAAUCUUUUCCUUCAUGUCCUCUUAAGGGCUCUGUAGAUGUCGUACUAGUCUCUGUUUUUUUUUUUCUUGGUUUGUCUGUUGUUUUUUUUGUUGUUGUUUGUUUGUUUGUUUAUUCUUCAAAAUAGACCUUUAGUCCAAAAAAAAGUGACACCGUGUGAAAUGAUGGAACAGAUGUUGGUGGUUUGCAAUUAACUAAGACCACAUUUAAGUGCUAAAUAGACGACAUUUCAAAAGUUGAAACUAGCUUUUUUUCCCCUCAUAAAUAUAUUCUAGUUUUUAGUUUGAUUCCUGCAACAUGUUUAGAAAAAAAAAGAUGGGAGCAACAAAACACAGAAAAGUUUUGCAAUACAUUAAAAAAAUAAAAACACCUAAACGACCGUCUUCUGUCUGACAAGGCUGUUUUUCAACAGGUUAGUGAUGUGACUGGGUAGAAAAGGGCAUUUAGACAGGCUGAGUCUCACAGAGGUAAAAACUGGAGGCAAUUUACUUAACUAACAAAGACUAUAUGAGCAAAACAUUCAAUUUUGAAUUUUGUUCCCCUGUUUUAAACAGCAAAUAAUUCACUGAUUUCACCAUUUCUUAAGUAUUAUUGUUUAAAUAUCAAGAGAUUCUGGAAAAAAUCUGUGCAACAUGGACAAGGCCAAAAGCUGAAAAGCCACUGAACAGCCUGAUCAGCAGGCUCUCAGGCAGCACUGUAUCAAAAAUCAAUCCAUCAAUCAAUCGAACUUUAUUUAUAAAGCGCUUUUCCAACAAAGAAUGUAACGCAAAGUGCUUUACUGUUGAUUUAAAACAAAAACUAUUCCCACACACACACACACACACACACACACAGAUACCUUACCCCAGCCAACAAUACAAUCUCAUCCAAAGCCAUGCACACACACACACACACACACACACACACACACACACACACACACCAACACACCUGCACAGAUGAACCAGUUUUGAAAGCACCACUAGAGGAGCCGUCAGCACCAGGAGCAGAGAGCCGCCCACAGCCACAGGACAACAACACAGGGCCAGAGGAGAGAUUUGGCAGGUACCAACCUCCACCAGGAACCCCUUGACCUGGUACUGAGGGCUCCCUCAGAGGGGGUCCUAAAAAUGAUGAAAGGAUAAGAACAAGCGAAAAAUAAAAUAUGAAUAAAACACAGACCAUCUUAGUGACAAUAAAUACAAAUAAAAUAUAAAAUAAGAAACCUAGGCUAACUAGAAUAAAUGGAGAGAAAACAAAUAAUAUUAAGCAAAAGCUGGGCUGAAAAGGUGGGUCUUGAGCCUGCUCUAUAAAAUGAGAAAACUUGUUUGUCGAUUUGCACAUAAGAGCCUUUGGCACUAAAACCUUCACUGGAUUAAUGAAUGUAGCAGAAAACUCUGAUUUGAUAAGAUGCAGGUAUGUAAAUCAUAUAUAUAUAUAUAUAUGUGUGUAUAUAUAUAUAUAUAUACAUUUAUAUAUAUACAUAUGUAUAUAUGAUUUUCAAUCAAUUGUAAAUUGAUAUCCCAUUCAUCAAAAAUCAGCAUAAGUCUUGCCAUUUUUUACUGGAACAAUGACCUUGUCAGUAAUUAAAGAAACACAAACUAACAUCCACAUGCACAAGCACAAUGUUCUGAAACAUGUAAAAUUCCUCAUGGCUGUUAUUAAUGUUUUUUGGUUGUUUUACAUCUGAUCAUCAAAGGUGUGCAGUGCUGUACAGAAUCAAGACUUCACAGUGAUCGAGGAUUACUGUGUGGGUAUGUAACCGAGCUUUUGUACCAUUUAUCUCAUAAUCUUCUUGAAUGUGUUUUUGAUAUACAAUACAAUACAGAACAAUACAACAAUGCAAUACAAAACAAUAACUUUAUCUACCCCAAAAGGGACAUUUAUUUGUCUGGACUCUCAAUAAAAUUUUCUCUGGUAGGACAGUUCACAAACUGUGUAAAUCCAGUCAGGUGAGAGGAGAGGGUGACACAAUUGAAGUCUCCUAGUACUAUUACAAGUACCUCAGGGUGCUGAGUCCAUAUCCUAGCAACAGUGUCAUGGAGAAUACAUGUAUACAUCUAAGUAUUGUGAUAAUAUGAGUGAAGUCUCUUGGAACAUAAUAUGGCUAAAGAGCAAUUGCCAACAGCUCAAUAUCUGGACAACAAAACUCCUUGACAGUCAUGUGUGAAGGGUUACACCGUCUCUGGUUGACAAAUAAAGCCAGACCUCCUCCUUUCUUCUUGCCACUAGCUUGAACAUCUCUGUCUGACCUUAUGAGAGUGAAGCCAGGUCGAUCCACACUGGGGUAGGGGUUGUUUUGAGUCCACCAGGUUUCAGUAAAACACAGGAAGCUGCACUUACAGUAUUCUUCCUCAGUCUUCAUCAAUUCAGAGGUAGUACAGUAAAAGUCUCUCAGAAUUAAAAGUUGGAGGAGGUUCACUUCACUAAAAGAGACUGUAUGAGCAGAGACUCUAUGAAAGAAAGGGCUUAUGUCUCUAUUUUCUACCCUUUAACCUUACCUUCCAGUGUUUCCCCUAGCUUUUUUGCUUUGGCGGGGGGUUAGGGGAGGGGGAGAGUAUGACGGAGACAUACAUCACCCCGUAUGACGUAUGUGUAUGUCAUACAGUGUGGCGGUAAAUGAGCUAGCACUGUUUUUGUGGUUAGGAGAGAUGCUUAAGCUAGCUUCCACAAGAGAAUGUCCGGCAUCAGCAUAACUAUGUACCGUCUUUUUAAAGAAUACAGAUAUUUUCAACUGGGGUGCUGAACAGCUGGACAAUUUGGUGCUCCGUGAACAGUUUUUUUUUACUGUUUUGUUGGCAGCAAACACAAUGGAAUGAAGCCAGAACCCCAGGUUGUCAAAACCAUCCUGCGCAAAACUGGCAGGGUAUGAGCGGCAAGCGCUCGCAAACAAGAAUACAAGAAUCAGUGGUGCUAACAUGCCAUGCCUCUAAGCAUUUCAGCACAUGUGUAUGUUGUGAGCAUAUACAGUCUAUAGUUGUGAGAUAGAGAGAGAUUUUAUAGGCCGUUUUGAUAAAAAAUAAAUUUAUAUCUUAAUCUACGACUUCAAUUUCUGGGUUGGGAUCUCGUUGGCAGGGCGGGGCACCAAAUACACUACAAGGGAAACACUGCCUUCACCUUUACACCAGCACAGCAGCCACAAUAAUGCCUCCUGAUGUCUUCUGGAAUUGGAUGUUGUCAUCCAUAUUUGCCCAAUCUUAAUAAAAGACACUCCUCCCUUGAGUAAACUCUUUUCCCAGCAGGAAUCUCCAUCAGCAGCCAAAAAACAUGACAAAAAUAAGAAAAGAAUUGGGUAAAAAAUUGCAGAAAAUUCAGACAGCACAGACUUGCUGUUACUUGGUUGAGUGCAGCUUCUGGAAUUAUGCUAUCACAAUAAUAGUGCUGGGGGAUAUCUGUGACAAAAAGUCAUCUUUUUUUAACCAAGUUUGUUUUAAAACACCUGCUUUUCGUGCAGGUGUAAAGGGUUACCUACACAACUCUUUGUAUGGGCUUAACUUGAGGUGACCAGACAUCCCUGAUUUCCGGGGACAGUCCCCAUAAUGGAUGACCUGUCCCCGGCUAAAGCUGUCCCCUGAAAUGUCCCUGAUUUAAGCGUUUCAUGAAUGAGAACAAAAAUGUUGUCCCCGGAUUUCAUUAUAGAAAUCUGGUCACCUUAGCUUAACUCUACUGAAUUUACCAUAAACUGAAGUGUGUCUCUAGAUUGAAGUGCUUUGAGAUGUAUCAUGAUGAUGAACGUUUUUGUUCAGGUCUGAAGGCUUUAUUGUACCUGAAAAGUCUGGAGCUGAAGGACUGGGAUGGUCAGUCUCCUCCAACGGAGAGACAUCAGAAGGGGAAACCUGUCCCCAGAAUUGAAGAACUGGUUGGAAAGGUACCACCACAAGUAUUUAAAUAGAGUUAUUUAAAUAGCCAUACUGUCUUGGGGAAGAGGUGCAGCAAAGGGUGGGCUGUUUGAAGAAAUUCGCUAAUUCAAGUGGUGCACCCUAAUAAAAGGUUUCGUGUUUAAAAGUCUUUUAUAGUUUACAUCUUAUAGCUAUUUCAUUGCCAGAAAUUAGAAAAUAAAUAAACAACUUUUCUGAUGAAACAAAUUCAAAUCCUAUUAGCAGCCAAAAAUCUCUGCAAAUCUACACCAGUAAGCAAUUACAGAAUAUAGAAAGGGUUUUUCUUCAUUUAAACUGAGAUAGUUAUCCUUCUCAGAAAGUUAAAUACAUGCAAUCUAGAUAAUUUAAUUUUGAGACAGUGCUUGGAUUAAAGCAUACAUGUAUCAUCUAACUUGCCAACAGAAAUUAGAAGUUUUGAAAGUAGAGCACUAAUUGAACCAGUUUCUUAUUACACUCCCACCUGCUACCACUUCUGACCAAUCCCACUCAUGAAAAUUCUGACAAUUUAUGUUUAUGCAGUCAGAAUAACUGGCGAUCAUUGUGUCUUAUUUAAAAGAAUAUGAACAUGAAAGUAUUCAGCUUAGUAAAGCAUCAUUAGUCAUAGGUGUGCACUGAAACUUUGUUCAAAGUUUUUUUUCUCAAGAUGAGGGGACAGAAUGUUUGAUUUAAUUAAUCAAAGAUCUGAUAGUCACAACUCUGUCCCCCCAAAUCUGAGUGCAUUUAGCAGAGAAAUGCAUAGUGAUGUCCUGUGCACACAUGUGCAUGACUGCCACCAGUCAGCCUUUAAAGAAUUUUGUCAGUUGUGCCAUCACUGGUUGUUUUCAUGGUUAUAUCAUCAGACUGAAGGACUAAACAUGGCUAAACUGGUUAUAAAGCAUUUUAUUGUGUGUUUAACAGUUGCAAUUCAGUCAUAGUAGAAGCACUGGUUACACAACCCCAGAGAGGAAUCACAUGUUAACUGAGCGCGUGCAUACACUACUCUUACAUGUGUCAUUGGUGUUCUUAAUAACUUAACUGUGGCUUAUUGACACAUUUCUUUGUAGCUUUUUGUUGAAUCUGUGCAUUAGAAGAGCUCUAGGGCUCUAUUUUCGUUCGCGCCGGUGAGGCGGCGGAGGGCGGCGAGCCCCGUGCAGUUGUAUUUUCGUCUGGCGGAGCCCGGUGUAAGGCGAGUUUGGUAUUUUCGUGGACUGAGUCGCACGGAGGCGAGCCGAGAUCCGCCAAGCUGGGCGUGGUGGCGUGGCAGGGGGAGGUGUUGACAGAAUCAGCUGGCGCAGUGACAUUUUCGUGCUCGCCACCGGCGUGUAACGUGCGCUGAAAGCUCGCCGAUUCAAACCUGGUCAGCUUUCAGCGCAAGGCGGAACGCAGCUGGUCUAGUAGUAUUUUGGUAGACCGGCGGCGUAUCGACAUACGUCACUGAUGCCUCACCGGCAGGUUUCCACAGUGUCAGGCAGAUUUCAGUGCAAUAAAUAAUCAUCAACAACUAUUAAUCUGAGUCAGCACAUACAUUUAGAUCUAUAUCGAUAUAUUCUGAUCUAUAUCUGAUCUGAUGAGCGCGUUUGGCACGCGUUUGGCACGUGUUUGGGCACACAACCUGACCAAAUCAAUACAGCUGAAACUGCAUCAAAUUAAAUUAAAUAUCUAGUAAAUAAACACACAUGAUGAAGUUAACAAGAUAUGUAAUGUGUCUCCCUCCUUUUCUUUCUUCCUCUUAUUUCUCGCACAGCUCGACCUGGACACGUCUCCGUGUCCUCUGUCCGUCUUGCUUGCUGCUGCGGCUGAUCAGAUGAUUUGUUUCAGUGCUCAGAUGCGUGAUCUACUUUAAGCCGACAUACGGAUAUUAUAAUAUUCAGUUUUGUGGGCCAAAUUUAUUUUAUAUGCCAACAUCUAUGAAAGAAAGAGCCAGGCCACGGAGCGCGAUGCGUCAUUUACGCACAGAUGGUUCCGAUUUUAAUGCCAUUUUUGGAGUUUAUGUUGUGAUCUGUGCGCUAAACCCACCUUUGUCACGUGAGGUUUGAAUAUAUGCAACUUUAUGUGAGUGUCUUUAUUUGUGGAAAAGGGUGUUUGUCUUACCAGUGGGUCCAACAUUACACGGAUUUAAAGGCAAGGAGAGGAGCUUAUGUGAUUGGUGAAAACAGGUCUCGGCUGUGUUAAAUCUACUACACGCCCUCUGUCCUCCCCGUCUACGACUUAUGCUGCUGGGAGGAGCUGAGUUAGGGAGGGGGGAUACUUACGCCGGGCUGCGCGGCUCACCAAAAUACCAAAAUGUGCUUGGGAACGCCUUGUCAGCGCGGCGGAUCUGAUUGACGCUGCGCUUGCGGCAGAUCUCCGGCGAGGCACCAAAAUAGAGCCCCUAUUGUUCACCAGAGCUUUCUGUGAACAACUGAGCAGAUAUGCCACCUCAAGUCAGAGUUGUCUGAUUUGUGCCCAAAGUCAAUCAGAUUUAUACAUUUGUCACAACUAACAAAGUCCUAGUCUUUUUUGUCAUUUAUAUCAUUACAAGUGAAAUAUUCAACUAAAUAUCAGACUUGCCUUGCUUUGUCUUUGUUUUAUGGAAAAAACAAUUCAAUUCCAUUUAUUUAGGAUAGCCACUUGAGAUGCAGCAUCUUGCAUUUCCACAAACAAUAAUUUUUUACAUCCUGUGCUAAUUCCAUCAUCAUUGGCACUUGCUAUGUAAGAGACCCGCAGAGAUUCUUUUUACUGCUUGCUCCCAGCUAUACUAAUGUUAAAACAACCCGCUUUUGUAAGAUUUGCAUCCUCUAGGAUCCCGAUCAUGCCUUAGAGAUAGUGAAACAACCUCCUUCAUGGGUUUUGUUCAUUAACUUUGGUGUUAGUGAAGAUGCUGUCCUUUGAGCCCUGAGAGGAUUGCCUUUCUCUGAAGACCUCAAAUGUUUUCCCAUAUAAUAAUUACUGUCAGAGUAAUUAUUUGUAUAUGCAUAUUUACCCUCAAAAUUGUCCUAUCCCAACAACUGCCAUCUCCAUUAUUUCUGAUGUGACACUCAAAAUAUGCCUUUAAGCCUGUGUGCGUGUGUGUGUGUGCAGAGCCUCCCUAGCUUUGGUCCAUACCUCGUGGAGAAGACUGAGGCUGUCGCAGAAUACAAAAAACAGCUCAGAGACAGCAAUACCACUGACGAGGUUGACACCACCAUCAGCCUGGUCAAAGCUCCCAAAAAACCUGUUCCUGCUGUUAAAGUAAGACACACAGAGACUCUCAAAGUUAACAUAAUGUUCUUCUCCUUAAAUUAAAAAUCAUAUUUUAAAAUAGUUUGAUUGUGUGUAUAUGUGUGUUUGAUGCCUGGUAUGUUUAUUUUGUAGGAUGUCAUCGCCAGAGCACUGCGCUACAUUGGUGCAUACCAGGAACUUGACAAUACAGAGCAGGUGCCUUUUUCUCUGGCAUUACAUGUUGUUAUGAAUUCUUAGCGCAGCGACCAAGUACAAAUUGUAGCCCGAAUCGUUCAGUUGGUGAUACAAGCGUGAAAGUAAGUAUGCACAUUCUCCAUGGGUCACUUGACUGGAAAAGUGUCCCACCAUUUUUCAUGAUGGCCGCCACUAAGUGGAACAAUUAGGUGAUGUACUUGUUAAAUUGGUGAUAUAGCCAUGAAAAUUUGCAUGAAUAUUCUCCAUAGGUCACUUGACUAGAAAAGUGUCCCAGCCGUUUGAACUUUCAAGAUGGCCACCACCUACGUGGAACAAUUAGGUGAUAUACAUGUCAAAUUAGUUGUAUACAUUGCACCCGGAAAGUAUUCAUACCACUUCACUUUUUCCACAUUUUGUUAUGUUACAGCCUUAUUCCAAAAUGGAUUAAAUUCCUUUUUUCCCUCAAAAAUUCUACACAAAAUACCCCAUAAUGACAAAGCAAAAAACUUUUUUUUGGAACAUUUUGCAAAUUUAUUAAAAAUAAGACACUCAAAUGUUGCAUAUACAUAAGUAUUCACACCCUUUGCUAUAAAACUCAAAAUUGAGCUCAGGUGCAUCCUAUUUCCACUGAUCAGCCUUGAAAUGUUCCUCCAACUUUAUUGCAGUCUACCUGUGGCAAAUUCAGCUGAUUGGACAUGAUUUGGAAAGCCACAGCUGUCUAAAUAAGAUCCCACAGCUGACAGAGCACGUCAGAGCACAAACCAAGCCAUGAAGUCGAAAGAAUUGUCUGUAGACCUCCGAAACAGGGUUGUAUUGGCACACAGAUGUGGGGAAGGUGCAAGGGGGGGAGAAGGGCCUUGGUCAGGGAGGUGACCAAGAACCCGAUGGUCACUCUGACAGAGCUCCAGCGUUUUUCUGAGGAGAUGGGAGAACCCUACAGAAGGACCACCAUCUCUGCAGCACUCCACCAGUCAGGCAUUAAUGGUAGAGUGGCCAGACAGAAGCCACUCCUCAGUAAAAAGCACAUGACAGCCCGCUUGGACUUUGCCAGAAAGCAUCUGAAGGAUUCACAGGCCAGGAGAAACAAACUUCUCUGGUCUGAUGAAAUGAAGAUCGAACUCUUUGGCCUGAAUGCCAAGCGUCAUGUCUGAAGGGAACCAGGCACCGCUCACCACCUCGCCAAUACCAUCCCUACAGUGAAGCAUGGUGGUGGCAGCAUCAUGCUGUGGGGAUGUUUUUCAGCGGCAGGAACUGGGAGACUCGUCAGGAUUGAGGGAAAAAUUAAUGCAGCAAAGUACAUCGAAAUCCUUGAUGAAAACCUGCUCCAGAGCGCUCGAGACCUUCGACUGAGGCGACGCUUCAUCUUCCAGCAUGACAAUGACCCUAAGCACAUGGCCAAGAAGACAAAGGAGUGGCUUCAGGACAAGUCUCUAAAUGUCCUUGAGUGGCCCAGCCAGAGCCCAGACUUGAACGCGAUUGAACAUCUUUGGAAAGACCUGAAAGUAGCUGUGCACCGACGCUGCCCAUCCAACCUUACUAAGCUUGAGAGGAUUUGCAAGGAAGAAUGGGAAAAACUCCCCAAAUCCAGGUUUGCCAAGCUUGUUGCAUCACACACAAGAAGACUGGAGGCUGUAAUCGCUGUUUUAAAGAUGGCCGCCAUCUCAUUAGAGCAGUCAAAUAAUGUAAAGUUGGUGAUAUAAACAUGAAAAAUAGUAAGACCAUUCUCCAUGAGUAACUUAACAAGAAAAUACUUGACUGGGUUUCGUCCAACUCCUUGCCCUUGACCUGUCCAAUUUGGUAAAACCUGCCAGGAGUGUCCUCCCAAUGGCAUUGCUCUUAGAGUUCAUGAAAGUAUGCAAGCUCCCUUACCACAACAAGCUAACAGUAACAAGGGAGCGUUUUUUUUUUUUUUGAUUGUUUUUUUUUUUUUUUUACUUUUUUUUUGAUUGUUUUUUUGUACCUUAUUUGUAACUUGUUUCUGACAAGGGAAAAGUAAACAAGGGGAAGUAGUCUUGGCAAAAAAAAAAAAAAAUCCACACAUAGCUUCAAACAGGGGCAACUACAUAAACAUGUGCAAGUGAGUCCAUAUUUGACGCACUUGCAUUGUCCAGUACAUUCCUUAGUUAAGGUGACCAGAUGUUUCCGAUUUCCGGAGACAGUCCCCAAAUUGGACAGAUUUCAUUACAGAAAUCUGGUCACCUUAUUCUUGGUGCACCCACAUUUUGUCAACUCCCAGCAACUCUCUGCAACAGGAGGAAGAGGAGUCCAAAAGAUUCUCCAUUCAUCAUCUUCUCUUACCCAUCCCCAGUCCAAUAGCAUUCCUAGCUUUUGUUUCAUUUCCUGUCCCCACACAUAUCCAGCCUCAUAAGCUGCACAUUUGGCGUGCUCUUUCAGUGCUGCUUGAGUUGGUGGGAUCAAGUCAUACAGUCUCUGCUUCCUUGCAAAAGAGAUCAAGCCUCGCCUCAUUGGCAGUUGUGCUCUUGUACAUCACCGCAACAAAUCUCUCAUCAUUUGCAGGUUGCUGUCAUCAAUCGCACUGAGUUUUGCAAAAGUGUUUGAGACUAGACAACUAGACUGGACAACUAGAGACAACUAGGUUAUGAUGUUUUAACAUUUUAACAAACCACAGGGUGUAUUCCCACUCCAAUUGUUGUUCUCUGGUGGGGAUACACUCUGUGGUAUCACCGCUCCAACAGGGGAACCACACACCUCUUUCGCAUGCGCACGCAAAACAUUUGCGUUUUCUAUGUCAUUUUCUCCAUAUCCCUUUAGGGGCUCCUACAUAAACAUAUGUUUGAAUUUAAAGGAAAACACAAAAUAUUAAAAAGAACUCUUAAAUGGUCACCAUCUUGAAAUUUCAAGCAGCUAGGGUCAUUUUAUUAAGUUACUUAUGGGGAAUGGUCUUACCGAUGUUUAUGUUUAUAUCACCAACUUUACAUAAUUUAACUGCUCUAAUGAGAUGGGGGAUGCUUGUAUCACUAACUGAAUGAUGAUGUUACUUAUCAGCUCCACUAUUUGUGUUGAGAUAGAGAUAGAGACCCUCAAAUGUUUAAAAAGCCAAAAGACAAUUUUAUUUUUGAUUUCUCAUGAUAUUGUUGACAUUUGAUUCGACCCAAAUGGUUUUCUAAUGACCACUGUAUGUAAAAGAUUUAAGAACUGAAUGUGGUAAUUAUCUGUGGUCAAAAGGGAAAAUGCAGCCUCUAAUAGUACCGUUCUGUUAUUUCAAGGUCAAAGCAUUAGUAACAUUAAUGAGUGCACUAACCUUUACUUUUUGUGCAACCAAUUAGUCCUGUAAAAGUGUUUCAAGACUGUUUUUGAACUUUUCUUAAGGUUAUAACCAGCUCAGUCUUGACAAGAAGAGAAUAUAAAGGUUAUUUUGUCAUUUUCACAUGAAGGGUCCUAAACAAUUACUCAAGUAUAAAAUGACUACGUCUGCAAUAACAUUGACCCUCUCCUUUGGUUCAGGUCCAGGCUCUGAUUGAUGAGGAGAUGUGUAUUAACUGUGGUAAAUGUUACAUGACCUGCAAUGACUCUGGAUACCAGGUAUGUUUGUCUGUCUGUUACAUAAAUACAGUCCUGUCUCCUUUUGUUGACUUUUAUGUUUCUUUCACUAUUUUAAGACAGAUGUGGCACAAUAAUGUGACUUGUUUCAUGUCAUUUCAGGCCAUAGAGUUCGAUCCAGAGACACAUCUCCCCAUGGUGACUGACAGCUGUACGGGCUGCACUCUAUGCCUCAGUGUCUGUCCAAUCAUAGACUGCAUUAAAAUGGUUACCAGGACAACUCCUUAUAAACCAAAGAGAGGAGUGCCAAUCAGUCCUAUCUGCUAAAGAAAAGAAAAAUCAAAAUGAUAUUACCACAUAUCUUACAAAAUAAAGAUCAAUCAUUAGAUAUGAUUAUAUGAUAAAUGUAUUAGCCUCAUCAUUUUACAGACAUAUAAAGUGGCUGUCAACACAGUAAACAGUGAAAAUACUGAUGCAAAUCAUUUGGAUGGAUUUUUUUUUUAAAGAGUUAAAAAAGGUAAAGUAAUGUAUGUAUCUGAUAGAAAAAAAUUGAGUAGAAAUGUAGAUUGGUGCAAUUUUGUUGAAGUAAAAAGGAUUUUUACACCACAUUUUUACACCACAGAUGUAGUCUUGCAAACACCAACCAAACGAGUUGACAUUCAAAGUGUUGAUCUGCUCAUUAAUAAAGGUCUAAUUUAACUAAUUUAAACACACCAACACAAAGUGAUUAUAAAAUGGAAAAUUUUGAGAUCAACUAUUAAAUGUCAAAGUCAAAAUAAAAUGGUAUGACAAUGAAAUAUGUCACUGAUUUUAAUACAACUGAGACAGAAAUGGCCUAGGAAAUCAAAGAUUUUGCCUUGUUGGCAUCCUAAUAUUAACAGUCAUGUGAUUUAUAUUUAUCUUGCAUACAAUGUAAUGAUAAGAAUAUCCAUGUAUGAUUGAUAUAUGAUUGAAAUAAAGUUUCAUAUUCUAAAAAA